AUUCCCAGCCUUGCCUCGGGUGUAGGGAUUGCAAAGGAAAAGCAAAACUACACGGCUACAACACUGUGUAGUUUUGUUUUUAACUCCUUUUGAGGCUCAGCUGUUCUCACACUGGAUUUUCUAAUAAAAAUUCUGGAUAGAGAGUUGACUGAAGGUAUAUCGCUUCUGGGCUUUGUCCCACACUUUGCUGGCACCCUUGUAGAUACUGGGUGCCAACAACCAUGACUACACAGGCGCCAACAUUCAUACAACCGCUGCAAAGCGUUGUGGCACUUGAGGGUAGUGCCGCAACGUUUGAGGCUCAAAUUAGUGGUGUUCCAGUUCCUGAGGUGAGCUGGUUUCGUGAUGGCCAGGUUCUUUCCGCUGCUGCUCUGCCCGGCAUACAGAUCUCGUUCAGCGAAGGCCGCGCUGUACUGAUGAUCCCUGCCGUGACAGCUGCACACAGUGGACGAUUUUCCGUACGAGCCACCAAUGGUGCCGGACAAGCCACUAGCACUGCCGAACUGCUUGUUACAGCGGAAACUGCGCCUCCCAACUUCAUUCAGAGACUACAGAGUAUGACCGUGAGACAAGGAAGCAGAGUGAGACUGGAUGUUCGCGUUACGGGAAUCCCUACACCUGUGGUGAAGUUCUACAGGGAGGGCGCUGAGAUUCAGAGCUCCGCCGACUUCCAGAUCCUUCACGAGGGCGACCGUUACAGUCUGCUGAUCGCUGAGGCUUUUCCCGAGGAUUCUGGAACGUACUCUGUCAGCGCCACCAACAGCAGCGGCCGCGCUACUUCUACUGCUGAACUGCUCGUCCAGGGUGAAGAAGAAGCUGUUCCUGCAAAGAAAACCAAAACUAUUGUGUCCACUGCUCAGAUACCUCAGAUUCGACAAACUCGAGUUGAGAAGAAAAUAGAAGCUCGUUAUGAGGCUGCUGCAGCUACGAUGGCGAUACGUGUGGAAGAAGGUGCUGUUGCUGAACACCUGCGACACAAAACCCCCCCACGUGUUCCCCCAAAGCCAACGUCGAAGUCUCCAACUUCCACACUAGUGUCAAAAGUAGCAGGCACACGUCAACAAUCACCUUCUCCUGUCAGGCAUGUCAAGGCACCUACUCCAACGCCUGUGAGGUCUGUGUCUCCCUCUGCAAGACUGUCAGUGUCCCCUAUCAGACCUGUUAAAUCUCCAGUAAUGACCCGAAAACAGCCCACUCCAAGUACUGAUGUCCUCCCUCCCUGGAAGCAGGGAGAUUAUGUUGCUGAAUCAAGUUAUACCCGCAUGAUUGCUGCUGCUGAACGUGUCCAGACCUCUGCUACUCGUGUUCAAAUGGAGCAGCGAUGGGAGGCCUCCUAUGGGGCACAGCAGCAAGUGACUGGAGUUGCAAUCAAAGAGGCUGAGGGAGGGAAAAAGGCAGAGGCGGUGGCCACAGUGCUUGCUGCUGUUGACCUAGCGCGCAUUCGAAAGCCUGCACAGGCCGAGGGGGUUCGAACUGAAGAGGAGAUCGUAGAGCGUGACUUAAAACAGCAGGCCCUGACCAAACAGACCUCCAAACAGCAAGUCACAACUGUAACAAUGAAAACUGAGGCUGUUCAAACACCCCCUCCUAUUGUCCUUGCUGAAGACAGUGUCAGUGUUUCUCAGAUCAAGAGAAGUAAGGAAACUCCCAUCCAUGUGGACCCUGCGCUUGCACCAUCCCCAAGUCCUCAUUUCACAGUUUCUAAAGUUACUGUUCCUAAACAUGAUCAUAGUUAUGAGGUCUCAAUAGCAGGUUCUGCUAUUGCUACACUUCAGAAAGAGUUAUCCUCUACUACUGCUUCUCAAAAGAUCAUCAGGCCUGUGAAGCCUCCUUCUCAUAAGAUUGUGGAGACCAGAGUGAUGUCAGAACAAGUCCUGCCACCAUUUAGAGAUACCAGUGAGAGAUAUCAGGCAUCUUUCACCACAUCCAUGCAGAAAGAGAUAGGGCUUUCUUUUACAGGAGGGAUGGAGCAAACACAUGUCCAGUUGGAGAAAGAGGUGGUUGAAGCUGCAGCAGUCCCCUCACCUGCACAAGAAGCUGUGGUUCCUCCCACUCUUGUAGUCGGUUUGAAGAAUGUGACUGUCACUGAGGGAGAAUCGGUGACUCUGGAGUGCCAGAUAUCCGGUCACCCAGCUCCAAGCAUCAUGUGGUUUCGUGAGGACUAUAGAAUUGAGAGUUCGAUAGACUUCCAGAUCACUUAUGAAAAUGGAUAUGCUCGUUUGGUUAUCCGGGAGGCCUUUGCAGAGGACAGUGGUCGCUUUACUUGCACAGCUACCAGCGAAGCUGGAACUGUCAGCACUUCCUGUUACUUGCUUGUGAAGGUGUCAGAGGAGAUUGAGAGCAGAGAGGAAAUAAUCACUGCUGUCUCUGCACACAUGGAAACUUUAGAGGAGAAACGCAUUAGUACUGAAGUCAAAGAAGAAAUAUUAGAAGUGCCUGCUAGUGCAGAAGCUGUGGCACCUUUCUUCGUGAGGAAACCCACAGUGCAGAAGCUUGUGGAAGGUGGCAGCGUCAUCUUUGAAUGUCAGAUAGGUGGUAGUCCCAAGCCUCACAUUUACUGGAAGAAAGCUGGAGUUCCCCUUACGACUGGAUACAGGUAUAGAGUAACCUACAAUAAGGAAACGGGCGAGUGCAAACUGGAGAUUUCCAUGACCUUUGCUGAUGAUGCAGGAGAAUAUUCUAUCUGUGCCAGGAAUCAGCUGGGAGAGGUCUCUGCAUCAGCCAGUUUACUUGAGGAAGAGGAAUAUGAAGCCUACAUGAAGAUGCAUGAAAUGACUAUAAUGACUGAAGGAAUCAUCAUGGUGCAAGAACCUAGAGUAGCAGACGUCCCUCCAGUGGUCAUGACCGAAUAUGAGAGGGAACAGAUUCUUAUGCAGAAGAGGAUGACGCAGCAGACACAGAUGCUGAAGACAUUUGUAACUGAACAGGAAUUCCAAAUCUCUGCUUUUGAGGAGAGGAUAAUCCGUGAGAUUGAGCUCCGCAUUCUGAAGAUUACUUACCAGGUGUUAGUAACCGAAGAUGGGGAGGAGAUGGUCAUGAGUGUAGCUGAACACGAAGCUGUCGAGCCAGUCUUUGACACCCCUGUAAAGAAUUACAGGAUUUUGGAGGGAAUGGGAGUUACUUUCCACUGCAAAGUGUCAGGAAAUCCUUUGCCUAAGAUUGCUUGGUACAAAGAUGGCAAGCGCAUCAUACACGGGGGACGUUAUCAGAUGGAGGUUCUACAGGAUGGGAGAGCCAGUCUCCGAAUUCCUGUCCUGCUGCCAGAGGAUGAAGGUGUCUACACUGCUUUUGCUACCAACAUGAAGGCAAAUGCAGUCAGCUCUGGAAAACUGUAUGUGGAACCCACUACUGUAGUUGGAGCUCAGCCGUACUUCCCCCAACCAGAGGCUAUCAGGAGAAUCAGUUCUACUUCUCCUCGCUCAUUGAGUCGCUCUCCUGGACGUUCUCCUGGUCGCUCUCCUGCUCGCAGACUGGAUGAGACCGAUGAGAGCCAACUGGAAAGAUUGUACAAGCCUGUAUUUGUUGUAAAGCCCUCCUCUUUCAAGUGUUCAGAAGGGCAAACUGCCAGAUUUGACUUGAAAGUUGUUGGUAGGCCCAUGCCUGAAACUUUCUGGUUCCACAAUGGCCAGCAAAUAGUGAAUGACUAUACCCACAAAAUAGUGGUGAAGGAAGAUGGAACUCAGUCACUGAUUGUCGUCCCUGCCCUGCCUCAUGACUCUGGAGAGUGGACUGUGGUUGCUCAAAACAGAGCUGGAAAGGCCUCUGUCUCAAUGACUCUUACUGUGGAUGCUAAGGAAAACUUGGUCAGACCCCAGUUCAUUGAGAAGCUGAAAAACAUUAGUGUUAAGGAAGGGACUUUGGUUGAGCUGGCUGUCAAAGCUAUUGGAAAUCCUCUUCCUGACAUUGUCUGGUUGAAAAACAGUGACAUCAUUUCCCCACAAAAGCACCCUCAUAUUAGGAUUGAAGGCACCAAAGGAGCAGCUAAUUUCAAGAUUGCAUCAACAACUGGCUCUGAUAGUGCCUGGUACACAGCCACAGCAAUCAACAAGGCUGGGCGAGACACUACCCGGUGCAGGGUCAAUGUGGAGGUAGAGUUUGCUGAACCAGAACCAGAGAGAAAGCUUAUCAUUCCGAAAGGAACAUACAAAGCCAAGGAGAUUGCUGCACCAGAGCUAGAACCCCUGCACCUCCGCUAUGGUCAAGAGCAGUGGGAGGAAGGUGAUCUGUAUGACAAGGAAAAACAGCAGAAGCCACACUUCAAGAAGAAACUCACAUCAGUCCGGCUGAAGCGAUUUGGCCCUGUACACUUUGAGUGCAGGCUUACACCUAUUGGUGAUCCUACAAUGGUGGUGGAAUGGCUUCAUGAUGGCAAACCCCUGGAGGCUGCCAAUAGGCUCCGCAUGAUAAAUGAGUUUGGUUACUGCAGUCUCGACUAUGAAGUGGCAUAUGCCAGAGAUAGUGGUGUUGUUACUUGUAGAGCAACAAAUAAGUAUGGAGUUGACCAAACUUCUGCUACCUUAAUUGUGAAGGAUGAAAAAGGCCUUGUGGAGGAGACUCAACUACCGGAGGGUCGGAAGGGAAUGCAGAGGAUUGAAGAGAUGGAACGUUUGGCCCAUGAAGGUGCUCUUGCUGGAGUCACAGCUGAGGAGAUUUCUGAGAAGACCAAACCAGAGAUUGUACUGGUUCCUGAACCUGCACAGGUAUUGGAGGGUGAGACAGCAAGGUUCCGUUGCAGGGUGACUGGUUACCCCACACCUAAGGUUAACUGGUACCUUAAUGGACAACUAAUCCGUAAAAGCAAGCGGUUUAGGCUCCGAUAUGAUGGUAUUUACUACCUUGAGAUUACUGACAGCAAAUCUUAUGAUUCUGGAGAGAUCAAAGUUGUGGCAGAAAACCCUGAAGGUGUGAGUGAGCAUUGUGUGAAGCUAGAAAUCCAACAGAGAGAGGAUUUUAGAUCCAUACUUCGCCGUGCCCCUGAAUUGAAAGCUCCUGAAUCUGGGACUUCUCCAGAUCGUGGCAGAGUGUCCUUUGAAGUUCAAAAGGUUGACAAGCCUGUUGACACUACUCAGCCUAAAGAGAUAAUUAAGCUAAGGAAAGCAGAGAGAGUUGUUCAUGAAAAAUCCACAGAAGAGACGGAGGAGCUGAGAAGUAAAUUUAAGCGUCGCACAGAGGAGGGCUAUUAUGAAGCAAUCACUGCUGUUGAGUUCAAGUCUCGUAAACGAGAUGAUUCCUAUGAAGAACUGCUGAAGAAAACAAAAGAGGAACUUCUUCAUUGGACCAAAGAUGUCCCUGAAGAAGAAAAGAAAAAGGAAGAGGAAAGAGGGAAAGUGACUAUUCCAAAGAUUAAACCAGAGAGAGUUGAGUUAUCUCCUAGCAUGGAAGCUCCAAAGAUCAUGGAACGCAUCCAGAGCCAGACCGUUUCCCAGACUGAUGAAGUCCGCUUCCGUGUCAGAGUGGUUGGUAAACCUGAUCCAGAAUGUCAGUGGUUCAAGAAUGGUGUUCUCCUAGAGAAGUCUGACCGUAUUUACUGGUACUGGCCCGAAGACAAUGUGUGUGAAUUAGUAAUAAGAGAUGUCUCAGCUGAAGACUCUGCUAGCAUUAUGGUCAAAGCCAUCAACAUUGCUGGGGAAGCUUCAAGUCAUGCAUUUCUUCUGGUUCAAGCCAAGCAAGCUGUUGUCUUUACUCAAGAACUUGAAGAUAUCAUUGCCAAAGAGAAGGACACCAUGGUAACAUUUGAAUGUGAAACCAGUGAGCCCUUCGUAAAAGUAAAGUGGCUGAAGAACAACAUGGAGAUUUUCUCUGGUGAUAAAUAUAGAAUGCACUCUGACAGGAAGGUGCAUUUCCUCUCUGUACUGAUGAUUGAAAUGAAGGACAUUGCAGAAUACACUUGUUGUGUUGUUGAAGAUGACCAUAUUAGAACUACUGCGAAACUCACUGUUGAGGGUGCUCCCCUGGACAUUCUGACAGCGCUGGAGAAUAUAGAGGUUCCUGAGACCUACUCUGGAGAGUUUGAGUGUGAAGUAUCUCGUGAAGAUGCUGAGGGUACCUGGUAUUUUGAGGGAAAGGAGAUCACUCCCAGUAGCAAAUAUGUUAUGUCAUCUCGUCGAGGACGCCAUUCUCUUUGUGUAAGAGACGUGAAAAAGGAGGACCAGGGAAAAUACAGUUUUGUUGUUGGUGACUUGAAGACAGCUGCCUCCUUGACGAUGAAAUUGCGACCUGUUACGUUGAUGCAAGGCCUAUCGGACCUUUCCGUCUGUGAAGGUGACAUCGUACAACUGGAAGUAAAGUUCUCCCAGGAAAAUGUUGAAGGCAUCUGGAUGAGAAGUGGCCAAGCCAUCUUGGCCACUGAUCGCAUUCACAUUGUCAUUGACAAGCUUGUUCACAAACUUCUUAUUGAAGAUGCCCAAAGGAGUGAUGCUGGGAUGUACUCUUUUUUUGUUCCUGCUCAGGACAUAACUUCUUCUGCAAAGCUUACUGUUCAGUCUAUUGGUAUCUUGACACCGCUUAAAGAUGUGACCUCAGUUGAAGGCACUAAAGCUGUGCUUGAGGCUAAAAUCUCUGCAGCAGAUAUCAGCUCAGUAAAAUGGUAUCAUAAUGACAAGCUGAUUGUGCCAAGCGAGAGGGUUCAGUUUGUUGCUAAAGGGUCGAAACAGCGAUUGGUCUUUAGCAGAACGUUUGCCUCAGAUGAAGGAUGCUAUAAGCUGGUUGUUGGCAAAGCUGAGACCAGCUGCAAUUUAACAAUUGAGAAAAUUGAGAUUUUGAAGCAAAUGGAGGACCAGAUGUGCACCGAAACCCAAAACGUCACUUUUGAAGUAGACUUGUCUCACUCUGGUAUUGAUGCUGUGUGGACCUUCAAAAAUCAGACUCUUAAAGCAGGAGCCAAGUACAAGAUGGAGGCCAAGGGCAAGCGCUAUACCUUGACUGUCAUAAACACAAUGAAGGAUGAAGAAGGGCUGUAUACCUUUGCAGCUGGUGAAAAGACAACAAGUGCAAGGCUAAGUGUAACAGGUGGUGCUGUUAAAAGACCUCUCCAAGAUGUGACUGUAGCGGAGUCCCAGACUGCUGAGUUGGAGUGUGAGGUUGCCAACCCCACUGCUGAGGGCAAAUGGCUGAAGGAUGGCCAUCCUGUAGAAUUCAGUGACAACAUCAGGAGUGAGGAAUUUGGAGCUGUUAGAAAGCUUGUGAUCAUCAUUACAAGACCUCAGGACAUUGGGGAAUACACUUACCAGGUUGCAAAUUCUACAACUACAGGCAACCUGAAAGUUGAAGCUGUGAAAGUAAAGAAGACACUGAAGAACCAGACUGUAACUGAGACCCAGGAGACAGUUUUCAGUCUUGAACUCACCCAUGAGAAUGUUAAGGGGUCACAGUGGAUUAAGAAUGGUGUAGAGAUCCGCCCCAGUGACAAAUAUGAGAUCAGAGUAGAUGGCAUGGUCCACAGCCUGAAGAUCAAGAACUGCACAACACAAGAUGAGUCUGUCUAUGGAUUCAAACUUGGAAGGCUCUCUGCAAAUGCAAGGCUUAAUGUUGAGACAAUUAAGAUUGUGAAGAAGCCAAAGGAUGUGACCUCUCUCGAGGAUAGUACAGCCUCCUUUGAGCUAAGUCUGUCUCAUGACAACAUUCCAGUGACAUGGAUGUUUAACAGUGUUGAGCUGAAGCCCAGUGAAAACUGUAAGAUUCUGUCUGAGAGAAAGGCUCACAAGCUGAUAAUUCAGAAUGUGAACAAACACAAUGCUGGAGAAUACACGGCCAUCAUUGGGCACUUGCAGUGCAGUGCCACUUUAUAUGUUGAAUCCUUACGGAUCACAAAAACCAUGAAGAAUAUUGAGGUCCCCGAAACCCAGGUGGCUAGCUUUGAAUGUGAAGUGUCACACUUCAAUGUCCCAUCCACUUGGCUGAAAAAUGGAGUGGAAAUUGAGAUGAGUGAGAAAUUCAGAAUUGUAGUACAGGGAAAACUUCACCAGCUCAAGAUAAUGAACACCAGCAGAGAAGAUUCAGCAGAAUACACUUUCAUCUGUGGAAAUGACAAAGUUUCUGCCACUCUAACAGUCAAUCCCAUUUUGAUCACGUCCAUGCUCAAAGACCUCAAUGCUCAGGAGAGGGACACAAUCACCUUUGAGGUGAAUGUAAACUAUGAAGGAAUAACUUAUAAAUGGUUGAAGAAUGGUGUAGAGAUCCGUUCCACAGAGAGAUGCCAAAUUCGUUCUAAACAACUUACUCACUCACUGACCAUACGGAAUGUACACUUUGGAGAUGUUGGAGAAUACCAGUUUGUUGCUGGAUCUGCAGCAACUUCAGCCAACCUAUAUGUUGACGCGCGUGUUAUUCAAAUUACAAAGCACAUCAAAGAUAUCAAAGUAAUAGAGAAGAAGAAGGCUGUUUUUGAAUGCGAAGUUUCUGAGCCAAAUAUCCAAGUGACAUGGAUGAAAGAUGGACAGGAGUUGGAAUUAUCUGACCGAUACAAGGUUUCUACUGAAAAAUACCUGCACAGGCUGUUGAUCCAGACUGUCCGUUUGUCUGAUGCUGGAGAGUACUGUGUGGUAGCUGGUUCUAGUACUUCUAAGGCUCAGCUCACUGUGGAGGGCCGUGAUGUCCGGAUCACAGAUCUUGUGGAGAAAGAGAUUACUGUUGUUGAAAAGCAGAGGGCAACAUUUGAGUUUGAAGUCAAUGAAGAUGAAAUUGAAGGCCGUUGGCUGAGAAAUGGCAUUGAGAUUAAUUUUUCAGUUGAAGAGCGGUUCAACUAUGUAGCCAUCAGAAAAAUUCAUCGUUUAACCAUCUCUGAAACAUAUCGCAGUGAUGCUGGAGAGUACACAUUUAUUGCUGGCAGGAACAGAAGCAUGGUUACACUCCAUGUCAACAUACCUGAGCCACCACAGAUUAUUCAGCACAUGAAGCCCCAGUCUGUUGAGGCUGGCAAACCUGCCCGGUUCUCCGUAGUCGUGACAGGCGUUCCUCAGCCACAGGUGUUCUGGUACAAAAACUCCCAGAUCCUGUCUUCUGGGUUCAAGUGCAAGUUCUUACAAGAUGGGAAUGAGUACACACUACUUCUCGUUGAAGCCUUCCCUGAGGAUGCAGCAGUCUACAGCUGUGAGGCUAAAAAUGAAUCUGGAGAGGCCACCAGCAGUGCUGCUUUAAAUGUUGAAGUUCCUGAGGUGAUUUCUCCUGAUACUGGAACUCCACUGUCUCCUCCUGUGGUCCUUUCUCCUAUUUACAACACCUCUGUUAAAGAAGGAGAGUCGGCUCGCUUCCAGUGCCGUGUCUCUGGAGAAGACUUGAACAUUUUCUGGUACUCUAAAGACAAGGAAAUCAAGCAGUCCAACAUCUUCAGAAUGUCCCAGUUUGAUGAUAACUGCCAAUUGGAGAUUGCUAGAGUUUAUUCUGAUGAUGCGGGAGAGUACACUUGUGUGGCCAGAAAUCCAGCUGGAAUGGUGUCUUGUGCUGCCUUUUUGACUGUUGAUGUGAUCAAAGUAGAAGAAGAGAUGGAAGCCAAAAUUGAGGAGGAAAUCAAAGUGGCACCUGUUUUUAAGCACAAAAUCCAACCUUUGGAAGUCAGUGUUGGCAAUCGUGCCAAGUUUGAGUGUGAGAUAGAGGAAGCACCCAACGUGAAAUUCAAGUGGUAUAAGGCUGGCAUCGAGGUGAGAGAGAGUGAGAAGUGCAAGAUCUUCAGUCAUCACCUGACCACCUCGAUGGAACUUUUAAACCUAACCAAAGCUGACACUGGAGAAUAUACAUGUAAAGCUACAAAUCAACAUGGGAGUGACAGUUGUUCAGCUUUCCUGAAUGUGUCUGAAGUUUUCCCACCAGUUUUUACUACCAAGCCUGAACCAAUGACAUUAUAUGUGGGAAAACAAGCCAGCAUUCAGUGCGUAGUUACUGGCUCUACACCACUGAGUGUUGUGUGGCAAAAGGACAAUGUUUCCAUUUCUUCGGGAGAAAACUACCGUGCAUCUGUGGACAAGAACAGAUAUACACUUGAAAUUGUCAAACUUCAAGUUGCUGAUCAGGGCACUUACAUUUGCAAAGCAUCAAAUAUUGUUGGAACGGACAUGUGUUGCACAGAACUGAGUGUAAUUGACAAGCCCAGUUUUGUAAAAACCUUGACACCAAUGACAGUAGCUGUGGGCAACCCGCUACGCCUCGAGUGCCAGGUAGAUGAAGACACAGGAGUGGGUAUCACUUGGACCAGGGAUGGCAGGAAAUUGCAUAACUCUAUGGAUCUUAAACUUACAUUUGAGGACAAGAUUGCAGCUCUUGAGAUUCCACAUGCAAAGCUUAAAGACACAGGGACAUACACCUGUACAGCUGCAAAUGAUGCAGGAAGCAGUAGCUGCUCUUCGACAAUAACUGUCCAAGAACCCCCAACCUUCCUUAAGAGAUUGGAACCCAAGAUCCUGUGGAAACAGGGUGCUACGGCACGAAUGCAGUGCACUGUUAAGGGCUCACCUGAGCUCCAUGUCACCUGGUUUAUGAAUGACAAAGAGCUGACCACUGGAGAGAAGCACAAAAUCACAUUCAAAGAUGGUCAAGCCACCCUAGAAAUGUCUCAUCUUACUGUGGCUGACAGUGGACAUUAUACGUGUGAAGUGUUAAAUGAAGCUGGUUGUGAAAGCUGCAGUAGUUCUGUAACUGUAAAAGAACCUCCUUCUUUCAAAAAGGAAUUACAGACAGUAGAAGUAGUAAAGGGGACCACUGCUUUAUUUGAAUGUGAAGUAAGUGGCACAGCUCCAUUUGAAGUGAGCUGGUAUAAGAACAAGAAACCAAUUUCCUCUGAUAAAAAGUAUAAAAUUGUAUGUCAGGACAACAUAGCAACUUUGGAGGUUAAUUCAUUUGAAAGUGCAGAUAUCGGGGAUUACCAGUGCGUUGUAUCAAAUGAUGUUGGUAAAAUCUCCUGCAAGUCAACAGGCAGAUUAAAAGAGCCACCUUCAUUCUUCAAGAAAAUUGAAAACACUUCUGCCAUUUUGGGAAAUUCUGUUAGACUACAAGGAAGUCUAAAAGGUUCAGCCCCAAUCACUGUCAAAUGGCUAAAGGAUUCUGAAAUUCUGAGUGCUGAAGAUGAUGCCAAUGUAACAAUGACAUUUGAGAAUAAUGUUGCUGUUCUUGCUAUAAAAACGGUGAACGUAACACACAGUGGCAAAUAUACUUGCCAAGCUGAAAACGAGGCUGGGAAACAGCAAUGUGAAGCUACUUUGUCAGUUGAAGAACCUGCUCAAAUUGUGGAUAAAACACCAUCUGUUAGCGUGACUGCAGGCGAGCCGGUGACUUUAGAGUGCACGGUGUCAGGAAGCCCAGAACUCAAAGUGAAAUGGUUCCGAGAUGGCAAGGAGAUGACUGCAAGCCGGAAGUAUAAAAUGAUGUUUAAGGACAAUGUAGCAGUUUUGAAAAUUCUUGCAGCAGAAAAAGGAGACAGCUGUGAAUACACAGUAGAAGUGGCAAAUCGUGUUGGCAAAGAUCAGUGCUCGUGUUCUGUUACUGUGUUAGAUCGAAUCAUUCCGCCAUCAUUCACAAAAAAUCUUAAAAAAAUUGAUGGAAAUAUUGGCAUGAAUGUCAGUAUGGAGUGCAAAGUUUCUGGGUCUCAGCCCAUAACGAUUUCGUGGUACAAGGAUGAGAAAGAAAUAAAAGCCAGCGCGAAAUACCAGAUGGAUUUCAAAGAGAAUACAGCAGCUUUGGGAAUCUUUCAGUUAGAGAAGUCUGAUGCAGGACUGUAUACCUGUCGGGCAACAAAUACCGCAGGAUACAAAGAAACCAGUGGAACCAUGUCUGUGAAAGAACCUCCGGCUUUCAUCAUUAAACCUGAUUCCCAGGAUGUAAUCCCGGGAUCUACCGUGAUCCUAAAAAGUGCUUUUACCGGAACACCACCAUUUACUAUCAAAUGGUUCAAAGGGGAUGAGGAAAUGUCCACCGGAGGAACAUGUUUUGUCAAGAAAGAUGCAUCUUCAACUUUCAUGGAACUGCACUCGGUGAAACCCACUGAUUCAGAUAAUUACACUUGCCAAGUGGCCAAUGAUGCUGGGAAAGUGACUUGCACCGCUAUCUUGUUUGUGAAAGAACCGCCAAAGUUCGUAAUGAAGCUUGAGUCUUCCAAACUUGUAAAAAGUGGAAGUACGAUUAUCUUGGAAUGCAAAGUAACUGGCAGUCCCACAAUCAAAAUUAAGUGGUUCAAGAAUGAGACUGAAAUCACUUCUGAUGAUAAAUACCAAAUGACCUUCAGCAACUCGGUAGCUACUCUACAGAUUGUCAAGAGCGCUGUUGAUGACAGUGGCCACUACAUUUGUGAGGCAUCUAGUGAAGCCGGUUGUGACCGAUGUAACUGUGUAGUUACAGUCAAAGAACCACCAACAUUUUUGAAAGCCUUUGAAUCCAAAGAAGUUGUGAAAGGUUCUGAUGUUGUGUUGGAAGGAAAUAUCUCAGGUUCAUCUCCUUUUGAAGUUACCUGGUAUAGAGACAAUAAGAUAAUAAGAAAUGAUAAGAAACACAAGAUAAACAUAUUUGAAGAUGCAGUUGCCCUCCAGAUUCUGAAAUGUGAAGUCGGAGAUGUUGGAAAUUAUCAGUGCAUAGUUACAAAUGAAGUAGGAGAGUCUUCUUGCGACUGUCAGGUGGCAUUGAAAGAACCCCCAAGUUUUGUGCAAAAAAUCGAGAACAUAAAUUCUGUUGUAGGCAGUGAAAUAACAAUGCAGUGCUCUUUGAAGGGAUCUUUGCCAAUUGCUAUUUUGUGGCUAAAAGAUGAUCGUGAGCUUAAAGAAGAUGAAAACAUAAAGUUUUUUUAUGAGGAUCAAACAGUGCAGCUGCAUAUCACAAAUAUUCAACUAAAACAUGAAGGGAAGUACAUUUGCCAGGCAAAGAAUGAAGCUGGAAGUCAAAAAUGUUCUGCCUCGUUGAUUGUUAAAGAACCAGCUCACAUUACUGAAAAAGCAAAGUCUAUUAGUGUUACAGCUGGGGAUCCAGCCACACUGGAGUGCAGAUUUUCAGGAACUAAAGUUCUUAAAGCCAGGUGGCUUAAAGAUGGGAAGGAGUUGACAACUGGUCAAAAGUACAAGGUUCAUCACACAGAUAAGAAUUCAAUGUUAAAGAUUCUUUCUGCUGACAAGAGAGAUGGUGGAGAAUACAUUUUUGAGAUUUCCAAUGAUGUUGGUAGCAGCACUUGUGAAGCUACAGUCACAGUUUUAGAUCAAAUAAUCAAGCCAUCUUUCACAAGGAAACUGAAAUCAGUAGACAGCAUUAAAGGGUCAUUUGCCCAUCUGGAGUGCCUGAUCUCUGGUUCUCUCCCUAUAAAUGUAUGCUGGUACAAAGAUAAUAAGGAGAUAACAGCUGAUGACAAGCACAAAUGCACUUUCUUUGAAAACACAGCAUUUCUGGAGAUCAGCCGACUCGAUAGCUCAGACUCUGGCAGUUACACAUGCAUUGCCAAAAAUGAAGCUGGCAGUGACCAGUGCUCUGGCACGUUGUUUGUUAAAGAGCCCCCUAUUAUUUUAGAAAAGCCUAACUCUGCUGAUGUCUUGCCUGGAUCAAGAGUGCAAUUCAGUGUACUGUUUAGUGGUACUCCACCACUGACCAUUAAGUGGUUCAAAGACAGUAAGGAGAUUUUAUCCAGCUCCCAAUGUGCCAUUCAGAAGGAUAAUACCUCCAGUUUACUGGAGUUGUUCUUUACGAAGACAUCCGAUUCUGGAGAGUACUCGUGUGAAAUCUGCAACGAUGUUGGCUCUGAAUUUUGCCAAGCAGCGCUCUUUGUGAAAGAGCCUCCAAAAUUCACCAAGAAACCCGAGAGAAUAACGGUAACAAAAAUUGGACAAACUGUGAGAUUUGAAUGCCAGGUGGUUGGCACACCUGAAAUAGACAUCUACUGGUUUAAAGAUGGAAAUGAGAUCAGUCCCAGUGACAAGUUUAAAAUGUCAUAUGAGAACUCCUUGGUGAGCUUGGAGAUAUUGUGUACUGAAACUAAAGACAGUGGAGUAUAUUACUGUGAGGCACGCAAUGAAGCAGGUAGUGAAAGCUGCAGUAUGGAGCUGAAAGUGAAAGAGCCCCCUGCUUUUGUACAGGAAUUAACACCUCUCGAAGUCGUAAACGGCUCCGAUGCCUCUUUCAAAUGCCAAGUUACAGGCACGCCUCCGUUUGAGGUGUCUUGGCAAAAAGAUGCUAAAGAAAUCACACCUGACAAAAGGCACAUAGUUUUACAGAGCAAUGGUUUUGUCAGCUUUGCAAUACUGAAAUGCGAGGCAUUAGAUGUUGGUGACUAUCAGUGUACUGUCGCAAAUGAGGUGGGAAAAUGCUCUUGCGCAGCUGCGCUGCGCACGAAAGAACCGCCAUCAUUCGUGAAGAAGAUCCAGAAUGUUGCUGUUUUCUUGGGAAAAACGGCUGAAUUUCAGUGUGUUGUGGCGGGUUCACCUCCACUGACUGUGCAGUGGCAAAAAGAUGAAGACUGGCUUGUGGAAGAUGCUAAUAUUGAACAGAAGUUUGAGGACAAUACUGCCUCUCUAAGAAUUAUGGCUUGUGAGGCUAGCCAUAGUGGGAGAUACACUUGUCAGGUCACGAACGAGGCAGGGCUUGUGAAGAGCUUUGCGACCCUUGUGGUGCAAGAACCACCCCAGAUUACAGAAAAACCCGAGAUGAUAAAUGUGACAGCUGGCGAUCCUGUCAGUUUCGAAUGCAAAGUGUCUGGCACUCCAGAGCUCAAAGUCAGAUGGCUAAAAGAUGGAAAAGAGCUGACAUCCAGCAGACACUACAAACUCAGUUUUGAAAAUAAUAUCAGUAGUUUUAAAAUUCAGUCUGCGCAGACUGGUGAUGGUGGAGACUAUAUGUUUGAAGUUGCUAAUGCCUUUGGAGUGUGCCAUUGCAAAGUCACUUUAGUUGUACUAGAACAAAUCAUUGCUCCUUCCUUCCUCAAACCACUGAGGGAAAUGCAUGAAGUUUUGGGAUCUUUUGUGAAAAUCCAGUGCACAUUCUCUGGUUCUCUUCCAAUUUCUGUCGAAUGGCAGAAAGAUGGUAAUAUAAUUUCUGCUGGAACAAAGUAUAAACUUCUUCAAGAAGACAACUAUGUGUCCUUGGAUAUAGAGCACUUAGAGAAAGCUGAUGGCGGUGAAUAUGUUUGCAAAUUGACAAACAAAGCAGGAACUUGUGAAUGCAGGGGUUCGCUGAUAGUAAAAGAGCCACCAGGUUUUGCUUUAAAACUGGAACCUCAAGCCGUUCUUCCUAAUUCUACGGUGCGAUUUAAGAGUACUUUGAAAGGAACACCUCCAUUUACAGUGAAAUGGUUCAAAGAAGAGACAGAACUGAUUACUGGACCCUCAUGUUUUACUGGAUUGGAGGGGUCUUCAUGCUUUUUAGACCUUUAUACUGUCGGAGUGCCGCAAAGUGGGAUUUAUACUUGUCAAGUUAGCAACGAUGCUGGUACAGCAAGGUGUACUGCUGAAUUACUGGUGAAAGAACCUCCAGAAUUUGUACUGAAACUGCCACCCACUAAGUUUGUCAAACAAUAUGAGGCACUGCGUCUUGAAUGCAAAGUGAUUGGCACUCCCUUAAUUCGAAUAUUGUGGUACAAGAAUGAAAAUGUAAUUGCUGAAGGUGGAAACUACAAGAUGUCAUUUGUAGACUCAGUGGCAGUUCUCGAAAUUCCCAUCUCAAGAUUUGAAGAUGAUGGCAUCUAUACAUGUGAAGCUCAAAAUGAUGCUGGAAGCAUUAGCUGUAGCACAACACUCAUCGUGAAAGAUCCACCAUCUUUCAUCAAAGUACCCACAUCUGUGGAAGGCACACGAGGAAGAGAUGCAAGUCUUGACUGUGAGCUAAAAGGAACUCCACCUUUUGAGAUCACCUGGUACAAAGAUAAAAAGCCCGUCAAGGAGAGUAGAAAGUACAAGUUUGUUCUUGAGGGUUGCUCAGUUACUCUGCAUAUUCUCAGUUUGGAUGCCUCUGAUGUUGGUGAAUAUCAGUGCAGAGCAUUGAACAAUGUAGGAAGUGACACCUGCAGUAGCACAGUUAAACUUAGAGAGCCACCUGUGUUUGUGAAGAAAUUGUCCAAUCUGUCAGUCAUUUCUGGUGAAGAGGCAACAUUUAUUGCCACUGUCAAAGGCUCCCAACCAAUGACGGUGUCUUGGGUGCAAGACAAAGACCAUGUUCUGAGAGAUGGUGACAACAGAAAAAUUACCUUUGAAGAUAACCAAACCACCCUAAGAAUUUUUAAGGCUGAUGAAACCUGUGCCGGCAAAUACACAUGUCAAGUUAAAAAUGAUUCCGGAGUUGUGGAGUCUGUUGCUAAGUUAACUGUGCUAGAACCUGCAUCAAUUGUGGAUAGACCUGAGUCCUUCAGUGUCACAGCAGGAGACACAGCUGCAUUAGAAGUUACAGUAGCUGGGACACCAGAGCUUAAACCAAAAUGGUUUAAAGAUGGGGUAGAACUGUCCUCUGGCAAAAAGUACAAAAUUACCUUCUCAAAAAUGGUGUCUACUCUAAAGGUCCUUUCAGUAGAGAGUCUUGACUCUGGAGAGUACACAUUUGAAAUUAAAAAUGAAGUUGGGUGUGACCUCUGCAAAAUCUCUCUGACUGUCUUAGAUAAAAUCAUACCCCCAACGUUCAUACGGAAGUUGAAGGACUCUCAUCUGAUCGUGGGUAAGCCUGGCCAGAUGGACUGUAAAGUCUCAGGUUCACCGCCUUUCAUUAUUUCUUGGUACCAUGAUGGAGAAGAGAUAACAAGUGGACCAAACCAUGAAGUUGCCUUUUGUGACAACACUUGCACCUUGAAUAUGCCCAUUCUUAAACUCUCUGAUUCUGGGGUUUACACAUGUAAAGCUGUAAACACUGCUGGGGCCAGUGAGACAAGUGCUACUUUGUAUGUAAAAGAACCACCUUCUUUUGUUGAACGACCACAACCUUUGGAAGCACUGCCAGGCACAGAUGUUACCUUUUCAGCCAUUGUCAAAGGAAGUGCUCCACUUAAACUGAAAUGGUUCAGGGGUAGCAAAGAGAUUAUAUCUGGGCAAGGAUGUGAAAUUGCCCUUCAAGGAAAUAUUGCUACUCUUAAGCUGUUCAAGAUUGAUAAGUCCCAUGCAGGAGAGUAUACAUGUCAAGUAAUUAAUGAUGCUGGGAAGGAAAAUUGCCCUGUCAGUCUAUUUGUAAAAGAACCUGCACAUUUUGUAAAGAAGCUGAAGGACCUGGCUGUUGAAAUAGGAAAAUUGCUGUUUCUUGAAUGCACAUAUGCUGGAAGCCCAGAAAUACAAGUGAAAUGGUUUAAAGAUGGUCAUGAGCUCUAUUCCUCUUACAAAUAUAACAUCACAACCACUGAGAGCUCCUGCAUACUUGAGUGUCUCAACUGUGACAAAGAUGAUAGUGGGAAAUACUCCUGUGAAGUUUCCAAUGGAGCUGGAAGUGAUUCAUGUCACACUCAAGUGUCCAUUUUAGAACCACCAUACUUUAUUGAAAAUUUGGAACCAAUGGAUGUGACUGUUGGAGAUGCAGUUUGUCUGAAAUGCCAAAUAGGAGGAACACCUGAAAUUAAAGUUUCAUGGUUUAAGGCAGAUGGGAAAGUGCGGUCUUCUGCUGCCUGCAAAAUGGAGUUCAGCAGAGGGAUUGCCUGCCUGAAAUUAUCUAAAGUUUGCAAAAGUGAUAUUGGUGAAUAUACUUGUAAAGCUGAAAACCGCAUAGGAUCUGCAUCUUCAAGUUGUCGCUUAACAGUGCAAGAGGCUAAAACACCACCUUCUUUCCCCAAGAAAAUAAUGAGCCUUCAGCAGACUGAAGGACAGCCAGUUAGAUUUGAAUGCCGUGUUGCAGGGUCUUCUCCUAUGGAAGUUUCUUGGCUUAAAGAUGGUGAAUCUUUACAACACGGUGAUGAAUACUCAAUGUCUUUUGAUGAUAAUUCCGCUGUUUUAACCAUAUCCAGAGGUGAAAUGAGACACUCAGGGGAAUAUACGUGUGUCGCUACCAACAGUGUUGGAACAGCAUCUUGUAGAGCCAAACUCACACUACAAGAACCAAGAUAUCCCCCGGUCUUUGAUAAAAAGCUGCAGCCCGUGGAAGUUUUGGUUGGAGACAGUGUAGAUCUUGAAUGUCACAUGACUGGAUCUUUACCAAUAAAAGUAACUUGGUCAAAGGAUCAUAAAGAUAUUCGUGCAGCAGGAAACUAUAAAAUCUCCUGUCUGGAAAACUCUCCACAUCUCACUAUUUUGAAAGCAGAUAAAGCAGAUUCCGGCCAGUACUCUUGCCAUGCGAGUAACGAUAUCGGAAAGGACUCUUGCACCACUCAGGUUUCAGUAAAAGAGCGCAAAAUCCCCCCAUCCUUUACAAAAAAGCCUUCGGAAGUGAUGGUGGAUGUUGAGGGGAAGGUGGUGAAGCUAGAAGGGCGUGUUGCUGGAUCUCAACCUAUGAGCAUUAGCUGGUUUAGAGACAACUGUGAAAUCUACAGUUCUGACAAUGUGGAGAUCUCCUUCAGAAGCAAUGUAGCUGUACUGAGUAUAAAGAAGGCUCAGCUCUCGGAUAGUGGCACUUACACCUGCCAAGCAAGUAAUGAAGCCGGUAGUGCCUCUUAUCAGGUCUCUCUUUCUAUCACAGAGCAAAAGAUGCCCCCAAUGUUUGAUCGCCCACUCAAAGCAGUAUCAGUUAAUGAGGGUGAGAGUCUGCAUCUGAGCUGUCAGGUUCGGGGAUCUCCACCUCUGACGAUCCAGUGGAUGAAGGACAGGAAAGAGAUAACAUCAUCAGCUAAUAUGAGAAUUACCUUUGUCGAAGGCACUGCGACUUUGGAAAUCAGCGCUACUUCUAAAUCAGAUGGUGGUGACUAUCUGUGCAAGGUCACAAAUGAUGCCGGAAGUGAAUUCUCCAAGUCCAGGGUGACCAUCAAAGAAAAAGCAGGUGUCGCACCAGCAGCUGCUGAAGCCAUGCCAGCACUUGCAAAACCUGUCAAGAAAUUGGAAAACCUGUUCUUCGUUGAUGAACCUAAGAGUGUUAAAGUAACUGAAAAGGGCACAGCGACAUUCUUUGCUAAAGUUGGGGGUGACCCCAUUCCCAGUGUCAAAUGGAUGAAGGGCAAGUGGAGGCAGAUCACUCAUGGUGGUCGCAUCACUGUUGAACAGAAGGGACAGGAUUGUAAGCUAGAGAUCCGAGAGGUGACCAGAACAGACUCUGGCCAGUAUAGAUGUGUUGCACUGAACAAACAUGGAGAAAUUGAAUGCAGUACUGACUUAAAGGUAGAGGAAAAGAAAGGAGCGACUCUUCUUGAGGGGGAUUUACGAGCUAAACUGAAGAAGACACCUUCCAAACAGAAGAGUCCGAAAGAAGCCCAAGAAAUUGACAUUGUUGCUUUACUGAGGAACGUGGAUCCAAAAGAGUAUGAAAAAUAUGCUCGUAUGUAUGGAAUUACAGACUUCCGUGGCCUCCUUCAGGCUAUUGAAUUUAUAAAGAAGGAGAAGGAACAUGAAACUGGACGUGUGGAAGUAGAACGUAGAGAAAGAGAAUCAGAUGAAGAUUUGGCCAAACUGAUGUCUGACUUGCAGCGAAGAAUGGAACAAGCUGAGCCCAUCACUCUGGUGAAGGACAUAACAGAUCAAACUACAUCCAAAGAUAAUGAAGCAGUGUUUGAGUGUGAGAUCAAGAUUAAUUACCCUGAGAUCAGCCUUUCUUGGUACAAAGGGACUCAGAAGCUUGAUACUAAUGAAAAGUAUGAAAUCAGAGUUGUAGGUGACCGUCACAUACUGAAAAUCAAAAACUGUCAAUCAGAAGACCAAGGAAAUUAUCGUGUUGUAUGUGGUCCACACAUCUCUGGUGCCAAAUUAACAGUUAGAGAGCGUGAAGUGGAGGAAGACAUAAAACCUGUUUCUGCUGCAAAAAUCCAUUUCACCAAGAGUAUCCAGAAUAUUGUGGUGAAUGAACGUCAGUCAGCCACCUUUGAAUGUGAAGUCUCCUUUGACAAUGCUAUUGUUACAUGGUACAAAGCCACAUGGGAACUCAAAGAAAGUCCAAAGUACAGCUUUCGAAGUGAAGGUCGCCGUCACUUUAUGAUCAUUCACAACGUUACAGCGGAGGAUGAAGGCAUGUAUUCUGUUAUUGUGAGAUUGGAACCAACGGGUGAAGCUAAAAGCACUGCUGAACUUUACCUUUACAGCAAAGAAGUUGAUGUAGAAAGGGCUGGUUUUGAUAUUCCUGAUUCAUCGGUCGAUGUUCCUGAGGUGUCAUCAGAAGUCACCUCAAAAGUUGAUACUUCCACUGUUUACUAUGAAGAGAAGAUUGAAAUGAGAGAGUUUGAAAGCUGGACAAUACAAGAAGAAAGAGUAAUACAGGAAAUAUCUACCAUACAAGCUAAGAUGCCUGUUGAUGAAACAGUUCCAAGGGCUGAAAUUGGAAUGAGAGACAAAGAGCCAGUAAAAGUUCCUGAGCCCUACAUAAAACCUGACCUUGGUGCUCCAACUGUGACAGAGGCCCCAACACCCACUCAAGUACCUGAGGCCAGGAUUCCUGUUCAAGAAGACAUCCCAGCAGUAGUUAUUCCUGAGCAAAGAUACCAUCCAAUGCCUAAAGAAUAUGAAGAGGUCAAGAAGCCUGUUCCUGAGGCUGCUCCUAUUCCUUCCAAGAUAGACAAAGAUCAGAUUACAUCUAAAAAAGAUAUACCUGAACCAGCCUUUGUAGCUCCUGAGCCAAAACUUCAUGUAACACGUGAAUCUGAAGCUGCAGCUGUAGCUGCAGCUAAAGUUGAACCUGAACCAAAGCCUCCACCUGCAAAGAAAGCCGAGGAACCUCCCUCUAGAGUUCCUGAUGAGGUUAAGAGACCAGAACCUGGGAAACCAGAGCAGCUAAAACCCAAACCAGAGCCAACAACUAUUGUUUCAAAGGAGGCUGCUCCAGAGAAAGUACCAGAAGCUCCCAAGAAACCAGAAGCAGCUGCAAUAACACCAAUAAGUAUUCCUAAAAAAGAGGAAGAGCCCAAGGAUGUACCUCCUCAAAAGAAAGAGGUCACUCCAGAAAAAGUCCCUGUUAAAGCAAAAACACCAGAGAUACCAAAAGAAGAGGCAGCUAGAAAACCAGACUUAGAGACUUGUCCACCAAAGGGGAUCAUUCCACUGGAAGGUAUGGAUUCUGGUCCCCUAUGGAAAAACAGUUAUUUUAUAGACUGUCAGUAUCUAAAUUUCUUCAUGUGUGCCUUUUUUCUUCAGUUUUUCAUAAAGAUUUGCCUUGUAUCUUCUCUCCUUCAUUCAUUAUUUCACACCUGUCCUAAAGAGAACCCUAUUUUCAGUGUUCAGGUGGCUGUUAAAGAGAAGGAAGCACCUGCUGAGAAAGUUCUUCCUGUGGUCCCUAAAAAGGAGCUGGAGGUGACUCUUACGAGAGGUAGGCCUGAGGCCAUAUCUGCUUUUCCAGCCUGGAACAUACACCUCAGUGAUAUCUUCGGUUUUCAUUACUUGUGUCUUUUGUUCAUUGUUUUAAUAUUUCCAGUUAUGUGUGUUUUGUGUCUAAAACUGCAGAUUUUAAGCAGGCCAUUUUUCCUUUUUGAGCUAAAUGUGAGCUAUUUUAAUAGUCUUUCAUUUCAAAAAUACCUAUUAAAGCCAGGUACAUUAGUAGCAAUUUCCAAGAAACCUGAACAAGUUCCAUCUGCUGUGAUUGAGAAAUUGGAGGAGGUCUCUUAUGGCAUAGAAGUGACCUCCCAAACAGAAGAAUUUCAUCUUCAAGAAGAAGUUUAUGAGAGUAUGGAGGGAUUCUCUAAGGAAAAAGAGAAACUCAGUUUUGAAGAUGUUUCACAUGUUUCAAGAGAUGAGAUUGCUUUGAAGAGAGAGGAAAUCCCUAAACCCAAAGUAUUCCUCCAAAAAACUGAAGAAGCACCAAAGGAAGUGCUGCCUUCAAAGAAAGGUGACACAAUCAGUGCAGAGGCUGUUACACCUCAGCAAGCAUUGGACGUUCCAAAGGACAAACAAGCUGCAAUGUCUGAGAUUCGAAAGAUGCAGGAGGUCUCAUUUGUCAAAGAAGAGGCUUCUUUUGAAGAUGCCAUUUCUUUCCAAAAAGAGAUGUAUGAGAGCACAGAGUUGAAUUAUAAAGACCAAGAGCUAAAAAGCACAAUGGAUGAUUCACAGAAGGUCCAGCAAGCUCCAUUUUUUGAAUAUCAAAAAAUGCACAAAGCCCUAUUUCUCAAAGACGAACCUUCACCUGAAGUAGGAAUUGCUGUCAAAAAAGAGGUCUAUGAGACCACAAAAUUCUCUUGUGAGGAAAAAGAGCUGAAAAGUACAGCCUCUGUUGCUGAUUCAGGAGAGAGGUAUUUGAAGAGUGAUAAAGCUCGAACAAUGAAAGUUUCAAAGAAAUUUAAGCAAACUCCAGUGUCUGAGACUGAAGAAAGGCGGGAGGUCUCCUUUGAUAAAGAGCAGGCUUCUCCCGUAGCAACAGUUCCACUCAAAACAGAUGUUUGUGAGAGCACAGAAUUGUCUUAUAAAGAGAAAGAGGUGAAAAGUAGGGAUGAUUACACAGAUUUACGAGAGAGUUCUUUGAAGAUUGAAGACAUCCCUGAAAGCAUGGCAACCCCCGAAAUGGCCGAUAAAGUAGUCCGAAAAAUGUUGCCUUCUGAGGAUGAGGAAGUAGUCAGUUUGAAAGCUGGCACUGCACCUUUUCAAGCAAUGAAAGUUUCAAAGAAGCCUAAGCAAGCUCCAGUGUCUGAGAUUCAAGAAAGGCAGGCAGUCUCCUUUGACAAAGAGCAGGCUUCUCCCGUAGCAACAGUUCCUCUUGCAAAAGAUAUUCUUGACAGCACAGAAUUGUCUUAUAAAGAGAAAGAGAUGAAAAGUAGGGAUGAUUACACAGAUUUACGAGAGAGUUCUUUGAAGAUUGAAGACAUCCCUGAAAGCAUGGCAACCCCCGAAAUGGCCGAUAAAGUAGUUCGAAAGAAGUUGCCUUCUGAGGAUGAGGAAGUAGUCAGUUUGAAAGCUGGCAUUACACCUUUUCAAGCAAUGAAAGUUUCAAAGAAGCCUAAGCAAGCUCCAGUGUCUGAGAUUCAAGAAAGGCAGGCAGUCUCCUUUGACAAAGAGCAGGCUUCUCCCGUAGCAACAGUUCCUCUUGCAAAAGAUAUUCUUGACAGCACAGAAUUGUCUUAUAAAGAGAAAGAGAUGAAAAGUAGGGAUGAUUACACAGAUUUACGAGAGAGUUCUUUGAAGAUUGAAGACAUCCCUGAAAGCAUGGCAACCCCCGAAAUGGCCGAUAAAGUAGUUCGAAAGAAGUUGCCUUCUGAGGAUGAGGAAGUAGUCAGUUUGAAAGCUGGCAUUACACCUUUUCAAGCAAUGAAAGUUUCAAAGAAAUUUAAGCAAACUCCAGUGUCUGAGACUGAAGAAAGGCGGGAGGUCUCCUUUGAUAAAGAGCAGGCUUCUCCCGUAGCAACAGUUCCACUCAAAACAGAUGUUUGUGAGAGCACAGAAUUGUCUUAUAAAGAGAAAGAGGUGAAAAGUAGGGAUGAUUACACAGAUUUACGAGAGAGUUCUUUGAAGAUUGAAGACAUCCCUGAAAGCAUGGCAACCCCCGACAUGGCCGAUAAAGUAGUCCGAAAAAUGUUGCCUUCUGAGGAUGAGGAAGUAGUCAGUUUGAAAGCUGGCACUGCACCUUUUCAAGCAAUGAAAGUUUCAAAGAAGCCUAAGCAAGCUCCAGUGUCUGAGAUUCAAGAAAGGCAGGCAGUCUCCUUUGACAAAGAGCAGGCUUCUCCCGUAGCAACAGUUCCUCUUGCAAAAGAUAUUCUUGACAGCACAGAAUUGUCUUAUAAAGAGAAAGAGAUGAAAAGUAGGGAUGAUUACACAGAUUUACGAGAGAGUUCUUUGAAGAUUGAAGACAUCCCUGAAAGCAUGGCAACCCCCGAAAUGGCCGAUAAAGUAGUUCGAAAGAAGUUGCCUUCUGAGGAUGAGGAAGUAGUCAGUUUGAAAGCUGGCAUUACACCUUUUCAAGCAAUGAAAGUUUCAAAGAAGCCUAAGCAAGCUCCAGUGUCUGAGAUUCAAGAAAGGCAGGCAGUCUCCUUUGACAAAGUGCAGGCUUCUCCCGUAGCAACAGUUCCUCUUGCAAAAGAUAUUCUUGACAGCACAGAAUUGUCUUAUAAAGAGAAAGAGGUGAAAAGUAGGGAUGAUUACACAGAUUUACGAGAGAGUUCUUUGAAGAUUGAAGACAUCCCUGAAAGCAUGGCAACCCCCGAAAUGGCCGAUAAAGUAGUCCGAAAAAUGUUGCCUUCUGAGGAUGAGGAAGUAGUCAGUUUGAAAGCUGGCACUGCACCUUUUCAAGCAACGAAAGUUUCAAAGAAGCCUAAGCAAGCUCCAGUGUCUGAGAUUCAAGAAAGGCAGGCAGUCUCCUUUGACAAAGAGCAGGCUUCUCCCGUAGCAACAGUUCCUCUUGCAAAAGAUAUUCUUGACAGCACAGAAUUGUCUUAUAAAGAGAAAGAGAUGAAAAGUAGGGAUGAUUACACAGAUUUACGAGAGAGUUCUUUGAAGAUUGAAGACAUCCCUGAAAGCAUGGCACCCUACCAAAAAAUUGAUAAAGUAGUUCGAAAGAAGUUGCCUUCUGAGGAUGAGGAAGUAGUCAGUUUGAAAGCUGGCACUGCACCUUUUCAAGCAAUGAAAGUUUCAAAGAAAUUUAAGCAAACUCCAGUGUCUGAGACUGAAGAAAGGCGGGAGGUCUCCUUUGAUAAAGAGCAGGCUUCUCCCGUAGCAACAGUUCCACUCAAAACAGAUGUUUGUGAGAGCACAGAAUUGUCUUAUAAAGAGAAAGAGGUGAAAAGUAGGGAUGAUUACACAGAUUUACGAGAGAGUUCUUUGAAGAUUGAAGACAUCCCUGAAAGCAUGGCAACCCCCGACAUGGCCGAUAAAGUAGUCCGAAAAAUGUUGCCUUCUGAGGAUGAGGAAGUAGUCAGUUUGAAAGCUGGCACUGCACCUUUUCAAGCAAUGAAAGUUUCAAAGAAGCCUAAGCAAGCUCCAGUGUCUGAGAUUCAAGAAAGGCAGGCAGUCUCCUUUGACAAAGAGCAGGCUUCUCCCGUAGCAACAGUUCCUCUUGCAAAAGAUAUUCUUGACAGCACAGAAUUGUCUUAUAAAGAGAAAGAGAUGAAAAGUAGGGAUGAUUACACAGAUUUACGAGAGAGUUCUUUGAAGAUUGAAGACAUCCCUGAAAGCAUGGCAACCCCCGAAAUGGCCGAUAAAGUAGUUCGAAAGAAGUUGCCUUCUGAGGAUGAGGAAGUAGUCAGUUUGAAAGCUGGCAUUACACCUUUUCAAGCAAUGAAAGUUUCAAAGAAGCCUAAGCAAGCUCCAGUGUCUGAGAUUCAAGAAAGGCAGGCAGUCUCCUUUGACAAAGUGCAGGCUUCUCCCGUAGCAACAGUUCCUCUUGCAAAAGAUAUUCUUGACAGCACAGAAUUGUCUUAUAAAGAGAAAGAGGUGAAAAGUAGGGAUGAUUACACAGAUUUACGAGAGAGUUCUUUGAAGAUUGAAGACAUCCCUGAAAGCAUGGCAACCCCCGAAAUGGCCGAUAAAGUAGUCCGAAAAAUGUUGCCUUCUGAGGAUGAGGAAGUAGUCAGUUUGAAAGCUGGCACUGCACCUUUUCAAGCAAUGAAAGUUUCAAAGAAAUUUAAGCAAACUCCAGUGUCUGAGACUGAAGAAAGGCGGGCAGUCUCCUUUGAUAAAGAGCAGGCUUCUCCCGUAGCAACAGUUCCACUCAAAACAGAUGUUUGUGAGAGCACAGAAUUGUCUUAUAAAGAGAAAGAGGUGAAAAGUAGGGAUGAUUACACAGAUUUACGAGAGAGUUCUUUGAAGAUUGAAGACAUCCCUGAAAGCAUGGCAACCCCUGAAAUGGCCGAUAAAGUAGUCCGAAAAAUGUUGCCUUCUGAGGAUGAGGAAGUAGUCAGUUUGAAAGCUGGCACUGCACCUUUUCAAGCAAUGAAAGUUUCAAAGAAAUUUAAGCAAACUCCAGUGUCUGAGACUGAAGAAAGGCGGGAGGUCUCCUUUGAUAAAGAGCAGGCUUCUCCCGUAGCAACAGUUCCUCUUGCAAAAGAUAUUCUUGACAGCACAGAAUUGUCUUAUAAAGAGAAAGAGGUGAAAAGUAGGGAUGAUUACACAGAUUUACGAGAGAGUUCUUUGAAGAUUGAAGACAUCCCUGAAAGCAUGGCAACCCCCGACAUGGCCGAUAAAGUAGUCCGAAAAAUGUUGCCUUCUGAGGAUGAGGAAGUAGUCAGUUUGAAAGCUGGCACUGCACCUUUUCAAGCAAUGAAAGUUUCAAAGAAGCCUAAGCAAGCUCCAGUGUCUGAGAUUCAAGAAAGGCAGGCAGUCUCCUUUGACAAAGAGCAGGCUUCUCCCGUAGCAACAGUUCCUCUUGCAAAAGAUAUUCUUGACAGCACAGAAUUGUCUUAUAAAGAGAAAGAGAUGAAAAGUAGGGAUGAUUACACAGAUUUACGAGAGAGUUCUUUGAAGAUUGAAGACAUCCCUGAAAGCAUGGCAACCCCCGAAAUGGCCGAUAAAGUAGUUCGAAAGAAGUUGCCUUCUGAGGAUGAGGAAGUAGUCAGUUUGAAAGCUGGCAUUACACCUUUUCAAGCAAUGAAAGUUUCAAAGAAGCCUAAGCAAGCUCCAGUGUCUGAGAUUCAAGAAAGGCAGGCAGUCUCCUUUGACAAAGUGCAGGCUUCUCCCGUAGCAACAGUUCCUCUUGCAAAAGAUAUUCUUGACAGCACAGAAUUGUCUUAUAAAGAGAAAGAGGUGAAAAGUAGGGAUGAUUACACAGAUUUACGAGAGAGUUCUUUGAAGAUUGAAGACAUCCCUGAAAGCAUGGCAACCCCCGAAAUGGCCGAUAAAGUAGUCCGAAAAAUGUUGCCUUCUGAGGAUGAGGAAGUAGUCAGUUUGAAAGCUGGCACUGCACCUUUUCAAGCAAUGAAAGUUUCAAAGAAAUUUAAGCAAACUCCAGUGUCUGAGACUGAAGAAAGGCGGGAGGUCUCCUUUGAUAAAGAGCAGGCUUCUCCCGUAGCAACAGUUCCUCUUGCAAAAGAUAUUCUUGACAGCACAGAAUUGUCUUAUAAAGAGAAAGAGGUGAAAAGUAGGGAUGAUUACACAGAUUUACGAGAGAGUUCUUUGAAGAUUGAAGACAUCCCUGAAAGCUUGGCACCCUACCAAGAAAUUGAUAAAGUAGUCCGAAAAAUGUUGCCUUCUGAGGAUGAGGAAGUAGUCAGUUUGAAAGCUGGCAUUGCACGUUUUCAAGCAGUGGACAUUCCAAAGAAAGCUGAACGAGCUUCACUGUUUGACGUUCAAACAAUGCAGGAGGUCUCAUUGGUGAAAAAGGAGACUUUUGGAGAGGCCAUUUCUUUCCAACAGGAUGUGUAUGAGUGCACAGAGUUGUCUUCUAAAGGCAAAAAGCAAAGAAGUGGAGAGGAAUUUGCUGCUUCGAGGGAGAGGACUUUGGAGAGGACUAAACCAGAAAAGAAGACUGUAACCCCUACUCCAUUCGCAGAAGUGUUUCCUCCAGAAGCUGAGAAGAAAGUUGUACCUGAGGGACCAAAACCUGCACCUGCUCAACCUCCAGAAAAAGUGCCCCAACCAGAAGAGCCAGAAAAGAAGACUACACCUGAUGUCAUCCCUCUUUCAGUCAAAGAAAUAGUUCCCCCAGAAGGUGAUGCCAUGGAACCUGUUACAGCACCUGGAGCAGCCAAAAAAGCUUUUAUUGCAUCAGACAAAGAACGUGAAACACGACCCAUUCUUAAACAAAAAAGCAAAAUUCCUGUAGAAGAGGAAACUUUUGAAAUGCCAGUUUUGAAGAAAAUGAGCAGGAGGCUAAAAGGAAAGGACGAAGAGAAAGAAACUGUUAAACUAAAAAAGAUACCUAAGGCCCCAACUGAUGAAAUGCCAGGGGAGCCAGAAAUCACUCUUCAGGAAGUGUUAAGUUAUGAAAAAGAGGAGUUGAUCCAUUCUGAAGCCAUUACAGAAGCUACAUUUACAGAAAGUCAUGAAGUUUUCAGAGGUGGGGAAAAGGAAGUAAUUGAACAGGUACAGUUGAUGAAACCUAAGAAAUUUCCCACAGAGGCUGUUUUUACUGAUGAAAAAGAGGUAGGUUUAAAAGAAGCUGUCAUAAUACCCAAAGAAGAAUCACCCAAAGAAACUAGUUUGACACUUAAAAAAGUGUUAAGAAUACCAACAAAAGAGAAAGAACAAGAAAAAGUGGUGCUAAAACCAAUUGAAAGACCUGCUAAGCCAGAAGAAGUGUUGAUGAAAGAAGUUAAAAAAGAGGUAGAAAGGGAACCCUUGGCUUUCAAAAAAAUUGAGAGACCACAAAAAGAUGAAGCAGUUAAAGAACCUGCUGUUCCUCGUGAGAAGGUGGAAAUUUCCUUGGAUGAAAAAGAAGAGGAGCCCAGUGUCAGACAAGCAGCUGAUAAAACACCCAAGGAUAAAAAACCCCAGGAACCAAGUAAACAGUUAACAAGAGUAAAAAGAGUUCCCACGCAUGAACAGGAAGGGGAAAAAGUGGAGCUGAAACCAUUUUCAAAAGUUCCUAAACCUGAAUUACCUGUACAAAAAAUCCCUUCAGUGUCAAAAGAAAAGGAAGAUACCUCAGUCAUGAAGCCAGUAAAAGCUGCAAAGGAUGAAAAACCAGUCGAUAUGAUUACUGCACCAAAGAAAGCUGAAUUGCCAGCAACACUGGAUAAGGAGCCACAAAAGUUUACAAAAACAGAAAGUCCCCAUGAACAAGAAAUGAAGCCUGUCACUCCUAAAGAAAUUCCUUUAAGAGAGAAGCUGAGUCCAAAAGAAGAUAGGAAACCAGUACCACUAAAAAAAGAGAUUUUGCCAAAGGAACCUGAUGAAAAAGAAAUAUUACUAAAACAUGUUGAGAAACCUAAACAAGAUGUACAACUGAAAAAGACUCCUUCUCCAAAGGUCACUUUAUCAAAACUGAAAGAACCUGAAUUGAGUCCUGUGGAAAGGAAGCCCAGCCUUGAUGCCAUAAAAAAGUUACCUCCAAAAAUCUCUCCAAAAGACUCCAUUGAAUCAAUUACCUUAAAAAAAGUACCAAAGAAACCAUCUCCUCCUGAAGAAAAAACUGUUGAAGGAGCUCCACUGAAAAUUGGGAAAGGAAAAGUACCCGUUAUGAAAGAAAUGUCACCUGAAACUGUGCAGCUUAAGAAGAUUCCUACUCAACAAGAGGAAGAAAUUUACAAAGAAGGACCAGAGAGAGAAGUGGAAGGUGAGGAGAGUUCUUUGGAAUGGGAACUCACUCCUCGUGAGAGUUAUGGGUCUUCAGAAGACUGGGAAGAAACUGCUUCAGAGGAGGGUGCACUUGAGACUCCAGGAAUGAAGGGUGACAGACGAGAAGGAAAACCCAAAGAGGAACCAGGCAAAGGCAGGGGCAUUAGAGCAAAACAAACCCCUUCACCUGCAGACAGUGAUAAGAGAAAAGGCUUAAAACCGGGUACUGGAGGUGAAAAACCACCAGGGGAUGCACCAUUUGGAUUCCAGCUUAAAGCUGUCCCUUUGAAAUUUGUAAAGGAGUUGAAAGACAUUGUGCUACAAGAAGCUGAGUCUAUUGGCUCUUCAGCAGUCUUUGAGUGUCAGAUUUCUCCUUCCACCGCUAUCACCUCAUGGAUGAAGGAUGGAAGCAACUUGAGGGAGAGUCCGAAAUACAAAUUUACUUCAGAUGGAAAGGAUCGUAAACUAGCAAUUAUUGAUGUGCAGCUGUCUGACACUGGGGAGUAUACUUGUGUUGCCAAGCUUGGCAACAAAGAAAAGACUUCAACUGCAAAACUCAUUGUUGAAGAACUGCCUGUCAGAUUUACAAAGAACUUGGAGGAGGAAAUUUCUGUCAUUAAGGGACAGCCAAUGUAUUUGACCUGUGAGCUGAGCAAAGAAAGAGAUGUUGUCUGGAAGAAAAAUGGCAUACCUAUUCAGCCAAUACCUGGCAAGCUGGCUAUUAAUGUCAUUGGACUACAGCAUGCUGUGACAAUUCAGAACUCAGAAGAUGAUGAUGCUGGUGUUUACUCAUGCGAGUGUGAAAACAUCAAGACUCAAGGAAAUGUGAAAAUCGUUGAAAUUAUCAGAGACUGGUUGGUAAAGCCACUGAGAGAUCAGCAUGUAAAACCCAAGGCCACUGCUACAUUCAAAGGGGAGCUUUUUAAGGACACUCCAAAUUGGAAAUGGUUCAAAGGAGAUGAAGAGAUUCCUAUUGAGCCCACUGAUAAGACUGAAGUAAAAAAGGAUGGAAACAUUCUCACUCUAGUCAUUAAGAAUGCAACUCCUGAUGAUGUUGGGGAAUAUUCCAUGGAGGUUGAAGGACAACGAUACUCAGCUAAGCUAACUCUUGGAGAGCGGGAAGCUCAGAUCUUGAAGCCUCUCUCAAGUGUGGAAGUCUAUGAAAAAGAGACUGCUAACUUUGAAACUGAAAUUUCUGAGGAGGACAUUCCAGGAGAAUGGAAACUUAAAGGCCAGAUUUUAACAAGAUCACCUACUUGUGAUAUCAAAGCAGAGGGACCAAAGAGAUUUCUCACUCUAAAAAACUUGGAAGUUGAGCAGUCUGGUGAAAUCUCUUAUCAAGCUCUCAAUGCCAUUACAACUGCAAUGCUGACAGUCAAAGAAAUUGAAAUGGACUUCACUGUUCCUCUGAAGGAUGUGUCUGUACCUGAAAAGAAACAAGCGCAAUUUGAGUGUACUAUCACAAGGGAUGUCCCCAAAGUGAUGUGGAUGAAAGGGACUGACAUAAUCACAAAAGGUAGAAAAUAUGACAUUAUUGAUGAUGGAAAGAAGCACAUACUAGUCAUCAACGAAUGUGAAUUUGAUGAUGAGGACCAAUACACCAUUGAAGUCCAAGGCAAAAGAUCAACAGCCAAACUCACUGUGGAAGGUAUACGGCUCAAGGUCACCACACCGUUAAAUGACCAAAUAGUGAAGGAAGGUAAAACAGCUCGGUUUGAGCUUGAGCUCAGUCAUGAAAAUGUACCGGUGACAUGGUACAAAAAUGAAACAAAAUUGCAUCCCAGCAGAACUGUACUUACCCAUGUUGAUGGAAAAAAACAUAUAUUAGAAAUCAAAGAAGUGACUCUAGAUGACACCUGCCAGAUUAAGGCAGAGGCCAAAGGAAUUCCCACGAUGGCUAACCUUACAGUUAUAGAGGCUGACCCAUACUUUACAGUUAAAUUACAAGAUUAUACUGCAGUUGAGAAAGAUGAGGUUAUCCUUGACUGUGAGCUAAGCAAAGAUGUUCCUGUGAAAUGGUACCAUAAUGAGGCAGAAGUCAAAGCCUCUAAGAUGGUCAGUAUGAAGGCUGAUGGCAAACGGAGGAUCCUUUCAAUCAAGAGAGUGGAUAACAAAGAUAAGGGAACUUAUGUUUGUGAUUGUGGAACAGACAAGACAGUUGCAGAGAUUAACAUUGAAGCUCGUGACAUCAAGGUCAUCCGCCCCUUGUAUGGUGUGGAGCUCUUUGAUGGAGAGACUGCACGUUUUGAGGUGGAAAUCUCUGAAGAUGAUGUACAUGGCCAGUGGAAAUUGAAAGGAGAAGUUCUAACGCCAUCUCCUGAUGUUGAAAUUAUUCAGGAUGGUGCCAAGCACAUCUUGACAUUGUACAACUGUAAAAUCCCUCAGUCAGGAGAAGUGGCAUUCCAGGCUGCUAAUGCCAAGUGUGCAGCUAAUUUGAAAGUGAAAGAGCUUCCACUUACCUUUAUCACUCCCUUGAGUGAUGUACACGUGUAUGAGAAGGAUGAAGCAAGGUUUGAAUGUGAAGUUUCUAGGGAAGCUAAGACCUUCCGGUGGCUAAAAGGAUCUCAGGAUUUGAAAACUGAUGAGAAAUUUGAAAUACUUCAAGAGGGCAGUCGUCAUAUUCUUGUGGUCAAAUCUGCUGCCUAUGAGGAUGAGGCCAAAUACAUGUUUGAAGCAGAAGACAAAAGAACAUCUGGGAAACUUGUAAUUCAAGGAAUUCGACUUGAGUUCAUCAAACCUAUCAAAGAUGUAACAGUAAAAGAAAGGGAAACGGCAGAGUUCAGUGUUGAACUGUCUCAUGACAAGGUACCAGUCACUUGGUACAAGAAUGAUGUUCGCUUGCACCCAAGCAAAGUUGUUCAUAUGUCAGAGGAUGGGAAGGUUCAUACUUUGGCCUUUAAAGAAGUUUCCAUUGACGACACAUCUCUCAUUAAAGCUGAAGCACUGGGGAAAAGUUCUGAGGCUAUGCUUACUGUUCUUGAGGGAGAACCGUACUUCGUCAGAAAAUUGCAAGACUACACUGCAGUAGAAAAGGAUGAAGUUGUCCUGAUGUGUGAACUGAGCAAGCCUUCUGCCGAAGUGAAAUGGUUCAAGGAUGGCAAGGAGAUCACUCCCUCCAAAAAUGUGUUCAUGAAAUCAGAUGGAAAGAAGCGCAUUUUAACUGUGAAGAAGGCAGAGAAGGGCAACAUUGGGGAAUAUACAUGUGACUGUGGUUCUGAUAAGACUGCUGCUAAAUUAAAUAUUGAGGAACGUGAUAUUAAAAUCAUCCGCCCUCUGUAUAGUGUGGAGGUGACAGAGACAGAGUCUGCUCGCUUUGAGACAGAGAUCUCUGAAGAGGAUGUCCAUGGUCACUGGAAACUUAAAGGAGAUGCACUUCACCAGUCUCCUGACUGUGAGAUUAAAGAAGAGGGCACCAAGCACAUUCUUAUCCUGUACAACGUGCUCAUGAGCCAGGCUGGUGGUGUAGAUUUCCAGGCAGCCAAUGCUAAAUCCAGUGCUCAGCUCAGAGUUAAAGCUCGGGUCAUUGGUCUGCUGCGACCACUCAAAGAUGUUACAGUUACUGCUGGGGAGACUGCCACAUUUGAGUGUGAACUGUCUUAUGAAGGAAUCGUUGUAGACUGGUACUUAGGAAAUACAAAGCUGGAACCAAGUGAUAGAAUUGUCACACGUGCUGAAGGCAGAGUUCACACCCUGACCGUUAGAGAUGUAAAGCUUAAUGAGGCUGGAGAAGUCAAACUAACAGCUAAGGACUUCCUUACUCAGGCCAGGCUCAUUGUUAAUGAACCACCAGUUGAAUUCACAAAGCCUCUGGAAGAUCAAACUGUUGAGGAGGAGGCUACUGCCACCUUGGAAUGUGAAGUGUCUAGGGAAAAAGCUGAGGUGAAAUGGUUCAGAGAUGGACAAGAAAUCCGCAAAACUAAGAAGUAUGAUAUUGUUGCUGAUGGACGGAAGAGAAAGCUCAUAAUUCAAGGCUGUACUCUUGAUGAUUCUAAAACUUACACCUGCGAUGCCAAAGAUUUCAAGACGUCUGCCUUCCUGAACGUUGAGCCGCUGCGUGUUGAAUUCACCAAGCCACUCCAUGAUGUUGAAGUCAAAGAGAAGGAUUCGGCCAGAUUUGAAUGUGAAGUUUCUCGUGAGAAUGCAAAGGUUCAAUGGUUCAAAGAUGGCAGUGAAAUUAGAAAAGGCAAAAAAUAUGACAUUAUUGCCAAGGGGGUUCAGCGCAUUCUUAUUAUCAACAAAUCAGUCUUUGAAGACGAAGCUGAAUAUGAAUGUGAUGCCAGGACUGCAAAAACCUCUGGAAUGCUUACUGUUAUUGAGGAAGAGGCUGUGUUUACAAAGAAUCUGUCCAAUGUUGAGGGUACCGAAACUGACAGUAUUAAGAUGAUCUGUGAGGUGUCAAAGCCCAGUGCAGAAGUGAGAUGGUUCAAAGGUGACCAAGAGCUGCCUGAGGGGGGCAGAUUUGAACAGAUUCAAGAUGGCAGAAAGAGGAUACUUAUUAUCCGGGACCUUCGUAUGGAUGACGUUGGAGAGUACAAUUGCCGAUUACCAAGUUCACAAACCUCAGCGACACUGAGGAUUAAUGAAAAGGCAGCCGAAUUCAUUACCAGGCCUCAGAGCCAAGAAGUGGUCGAAGGUGAAAAGGCAGAGUUUGUUUGCUCAGUUUCCAAGGACACUUACGAAGUUAAAUGGAUUAAGGACGACAAGGAACUCGAAAUCGGAGACAAAUAUGAUAUUGUUUGUGAUGGCAAGAGAAGAGCACUUAUUGUUAAGGAUUGUUUGCUAAAAGAUGAGGGUCCCUAUGUUGCCCUCAUUGGCUCUUCAAGAGCUACUGCAGAUCUUUUUGUGAUUGAAAAGCUAAGGAUUAUUACACCUAUCAAAGACACCCAAGCAAAGGAGGGUCAAGAAAUUGUCUUCAACUGUGAGGUGAAUACUGAGGGUGCUAAAGCUAAGUGGCUGAAAAAUGAUGAGACAAUGUUUGAGACUGGCAGAUUUGUUAUGACCCAGAAAGAUAAUGUGUUUUCUCUGAGAAUCAAAGAUGCUCAGAUGUCAGAUGAAGCUAAUUACACAGUCACUCUAACAAAUCACCGUGGAGAACAUGCCAAAAGCUCUGCUACACUCAGUAUACAAGAGGAAGACCUUAGGAUCAUUGAGCCCCUUGAGGACUGUGAGACCUUGGAGAAAAGGACUGUGACCUUCUCUUGCAAAGUUAACAAACCCAAUGUGACAGUAAAAUGGAUGAAAGGAGGACAAGAGAUUACUUUUGACAAACGAAUUUUGUACAAAGUGGACAAAAACAAACACACAUUGACUAUUAAGGACUGCAGUCUGGCAGAUGAGGCAGAGUAUUCGGUUGUUGCUGGUUCUGACAAAUCUACAGCUGAACUCAUCAUCAGCGAGGCCCCAACUGACUUCUUAACCCAGCUAAUGGACCAGACCAUCACUGAGUUUGAGGAUGCUGAGUUCUCCUGCCAGAUCUCUAAGGAAAGAUCAGAAGUCAAAUGGUACAAAAAUGGUCGUGAGAUCAGAGAAGGACCCAGGUACCGCUUUGAGAAAGAGGGCAAUACCUGCAGAUUGCACAUUAAGGAGUGUAGACCGGAUGAUGAAUGUGAAUACGCCUGUGGUGUUGAUGACAGACGUUCAAGGGCUAGGCUCUUUGUUGAAGAAAUCCCAGUUGAAAUAAUCAAACCCCCCAGAGAUAUAUUUGAUCCUCCUGGUUCAGAUGUUGUGUUCGAGGCUGAGCUCAACAAGGACAGAGUUGAGGUGAAAUGGUUAAGAAACAACAUGACCGUUGUCCAGGGUGAUAAAUACCAGAUGAUGAGUGAGGGCAAGGUUCACAGACUCCAGGUUUGUGAGAUCAGGCCUCGUGAUCAGGGUGAAUAUAGAAUCAUUGCCAAAGAUAAGGAUGCCACAGCCAAGCUGGAAUUAGCAGCUGUACCAAAGUUCAAGACAACAGAUCAGAACCUUGUGACUGAUGCUGGAAAGCCUUUUGUCAUGACAGUUCCUUAUGAUGCCUAUCCCCAUGCUGAGGCUGAGUGGUUUUUUAAUGAUGUUAGCCUACCAAGGAAAAAUUUUGACACUUCAGCUGACCAGACAGAGUACAGAUUGAAGGAUCCAAAGAAGUCUGACCAAGGUCGAUACAAAAUUGUCAUUCAGAACAAACAUGGAAAAGCAGAAGCUUUUAUUAACCUGGAAGUCAUUGAUGUUCCUGGACCUGUGAAAAAUCUCAGUGUGGUGGACACUGCUGAUGGUGAGGUCAGCCUUGCCUGGGAUGAGCCUGAGAUUGAUGGUGGUAGCAAAAUCAUAGCCUAUGUUGUGGAGAGGCGUGAUGUCAAGCGCAAGACUUGGACCAUGGCUACAGACCAUGCAGAAGGCACAGAGUAUUGUGUAACUGGGCUGCACAGGGACUCUAUGUACUUCUUCCGUGUUUGUGCUCGCAACAGAGUAGGAAGUGGCCCUAAUGUGGAGACAGACAAACCUGUCCAGGCCAAGAACAAGUUUGAUGUUCCUGAGGCACCACAGAAUGUCAUGGUUGGAAACGUGAACAAAUUUGGUGCCACUCUAUCCUGGGAACCCCCUGAGUAUGAUGGAGGAUCAGAAAUUACAGCUUACAUUAUUGAACUCCGUGACAGAACCUCUGUUAGAUGGGAACCAGCUCUUGUCACCAAACCAGAGGACCGGACAGUUGUAAUCAAUGAUGUUGUAGAGGACAAGGAGUAUAUCUUCCGCGUAAGAGCUGAAAAUAAGGCUGGAAUUGGCAAGCCAAGUGUUGCUACUGAUCCAGUGAAGAUCAUGGAUCCCAUUGAAAGACCAAGUCCACCACUGAACUUUGACUACUCUGAUCAGACAAAGAUCUCUGUCCUGCUGACAUGGGACACACCCUUGAGCAAUGGAGGUAGCCCAAUCACUGGCUACAUUAUUGAAAAGUGUGAGGAUGGAACCGACAAGUGGCUCAGAUGUAACGCCAGGCUUUGCCAGGACUUGUGCUACAAGGUGACCGGCCUAAAACAUGAGCAGAAAUAUCACUACAGAGUAUCAGCUGAAAAUGCAGCUGGUGUUUCAGACCCAGCCGAACAGAUUGGACCUCUCACAGCAGAUGAUCUACAUGUUGCCCCUACUAUGGACCUCAGUGCAUUCAGGGAUGGGCUGGAGGUGAUCGUUCCUCACCCUCUCACUAUCCGCAUACCAAUCACCGGAUACCCCCUGCCUACUGCACACUGGAGUGUUGCAGACAAGGAUUUGGUUGCUGGAGAUAGGGUCUCCAUGGUUACUAAAAACACCUUCACCGAGUUAGUCAUUACUCCCAGUGUCCGCCCAGACAAGGGUAUCUACACUAUACACCUUGAGAAUGAUGUAUCCACUGUCUCAGGAGAGAUUGAUGUCAACAUCAUUGCAUGUCCAAGUGCACCCAGAGACUUCAAGGUUGCAGAGGUGACAAGGCACCAUGUACAUCUUAUGUGGGAAGCGCCAGAACAUGAUGGAGGAAGCCCACUUACUGGCUACCAGAUUGAAAAGCGUGAAGCAUCUCGCAAAACAUGGGUUAAGGUUAUCAGUGGCAUACAGGACCAAGAGUAUACCAUCACAGAUGUCAUUGAAGGCAAGGAGUAUCUGUUUAGAGUUAUUGCCUGCAAUAAGUGUGGCCCAGGAGAGCCAGCAUACAUCGAGGAACCAGUCAAUGUGUCCUCCCCAGCAACUGUGCCGGACCCACCAGAGAAUCUGAAAUGGAGAGACAAAUCUGCAAAUGGAAUCUUCCUCUCAUGGGAGCCCCCAAAGUAUGAUGGUGGCUCUGUAAUCAAGGGUUACAUUGUUGACAAGUGCCAGCGUGGCACUGACAAAUGGGAGCCCUGUGGAGAUCCUGUGCCAGAACUAAAAUUACAAGUGACUGGCCUCACUGAGGGACAGUGGUAUGCAUAUCGUGUCAGAGCAUUGAACAGACUUGGUGCUAGCAAACCUUGCAGGGCUACAGAUGAAAUACUGGCUGUAGAUCCUAAAGAACCCCCAGAGAUUAUGCUAGAUGUAAAGCUGCUCGCAGGCUUGACUGCCAAGGCUGGAACCAAAAUUGAGCUUCCUGCAGAUGUUCUCGGAAAACCAGAACCAAAAGUCACCUGGACCAAGGCUGACCUUGUUUUAAAAGCCGAUGAUAGAGUGUCAAUUGAGACUAAGCCUGGUCAUUCCACAGUGUCUAUAGCGAAAACGAAAAGAGACGACACAGGCACUUACAUCAUUGAGGCUGUUAACAGCAGCGGCCGAGCUACUGCAACUGUUGACGUUAAUAUUCUUGACAAACCAGGCCCUCCAGCUGCUUUUGAUAUCUCUGAUAUCACCAAUGAGUCCUGUUUCCUGGCCUGGAACCUUCCCAGAGAUGAUGGUGGCUCAAAAGUUACCAACUACAUUGUUGAAAGAAAAGCCACAGACAGCCAAGUCUGGCAUAAGCUUUCAUCCACAGUGAAGCAAACCACUUUCAAGGCCACCAAUCUCGUGGCUCUGAAGGAAUAUGUCUUCAGAGUGUUUGCAGAGAACCAGUAUGGAAUUGGCCCCCCAGCAGAACAUGUACCCAUUGUUGCCAAGUACUCUUUUGACCCUCCUGGUGCACCAACUAAAUUGCAAGCUUCUGAUAUUGCAAAGGACUCUUUAACACUGACAUGGAAUGAACCUGAAGAAGAUGGUGGUAGCCCCAUUAGUGGAUACUGGAUUGAAAGACAUGAUCCAGACAAUGAUAGAUGGAUCAGAUGCAACAAGCUGCCAAUUACAGAUACUACAUUCAGAGUGAAAGGAUUGCCAACUAAGAAGAAGUACAAAUUCCGUGUCAUAGCUGAGAAUCUUGCUGGACCUGGAAAACCAAGCAAGGAAACUGACCCAGUUUUGGUUAAAGAUCCAAUUGACCCUCCUUGGCCACCUGGCAAACCUAAGGUUAAGGAUGUGGCAAAAACAUCUGCGUUCCUGCAAUGGACCAAGCCUGAGCAUGAUGGUGGGGCUAAAAUUGAGUCUUAUAGCAUUGAGCUGCUGAAAAGUGGAACUGAAGACUGGGUGCGUGUGGCUGAUGGUGUGCCCAUGCUUGAGCACUUCCUGAAGGGUCUGAUGGAGAAGCAGGAAUAUUCCUUCAGAGUCAGAGCUGUAAACAGUGCUGGAGAAAGUGAACCAAGUGACCCCAGUGAUCCAGUCCUCUGCAAAGAGAGACUCAAUCCUCCAUCACCCCCACGUUGGCUCAGUGUGGUCAGUGUCACUAAGUCUAAUGCUGAGCUUAAGUGGACAGCACCAGAGAGAGAUGGUGGCUCCCCCAUCACUAACUACAUUGUAGAGAAAAGAGAUGUGAGGCGCAAGGGUUGGCAGGCUGUGGACACUACAGUGAAGGAAACUAAAUAUACUGUUACUCCUCUGAAUGAAGGCUCUCUGUAUGUAUUCCGUGUGGCAGCUGAGAAUGCUGUUGGCCAGAGUGAUUUCUGUGAACUAGAGGACUCUGUCUUGGCCAAGGACACAUUCACUACUCCUGGACCACCUUAUGCUUUGAAUGUGGUGGAAAUUACAAAGACACAUGUUGAUCUGAAAUGGGAAGCUCCUAAGAAUGAUGGCGGUAGACCUAUCACAAGAUAUGUAAUAGAGAAGAAAGAGAAGCUUGGAACUCGAUGGGUGAAGUCUGCAAAGACAUCAGGACCUGACUGUCAGUAUAGAGUCACAGAUGUAAUUGAAGGAACUGAGGUGCAGUUCCAAGUUCGGGCUGAAAAUGAAGCUGGUGUUGGACAUCCAAGUGAACCUACAGAUAUUAUUACAAUUGAAGAUCCAACAAGUCCACCAUCACCACCCCUGGAACUGCAUAUCACUGAUGCCAGUAGAGAUCAAAUUUCUAUAGCUUGGAAGCCACCAGAGAACAAUGGGGGAAGUCCUAUAAUUGGUUAUCACAUUGAACUCUGUGAAGCUGGAACUGAGAAGUGGAUGAGAGUCAACUCUCGUCCUGUUAAAGAGCUUAAAUACAAGGCAGAAGAAGGCACCAUCCCAGAGAAAGAGUACAUCUUUAGAGUUCGUGCAGUCAAUUCCGUUGGAGUCAGCGAACCUUCUGAUAUAUCCGAGAAUGUCUUUGCAAAGGAUUCUGACUGCAACCCUACACUAGAGGUACAGACUCAAGACAUUGUCGUGGUGGAAGGAGAGAAACUGCAACUACCCAUUCCAUUCAGAGCAGUACCACAGCCAAAAGUGUCUUGGCACAAAGAUGGAAAGGAACUUAAGGCUGAUGAAAGGCUUACUUUCUCAUCUGAAUACACUUUUGCCAACUUAGAAAUUACAAGCUGUUUGCAUAAUGAUGCUGGUGUAUACACUAUUACACUAGAAAACAAGCUUGGAUCAACAACUGGAACAAUUCAUCUGAAAGUUAUUGGUCUUCCUGGACCAUGCAAGGAUAUUGUUGCCAGUGAUGUCACAAAGAAUUCAUGCAAAGUUUCUUGGGAACCUCCAGACAGCGAUGGUGGCAGUCCUAUUCUCCAUUAUGUUCUGCAGCGUAGAGAAGCUGGCAGGCGCACCUAUGUUGCAGUUAUGUCAGGAGAGAAUAAACUAAGCUGGCCAGUCAAAGACCUUAUUCCUAAUGGAGAGUACUAUUUCCGUGUUAAGGCUGUAAAUAAAAUUGGAGGUGGAGAGUAUGUGGAGAUCCGAAACCCUGUGAUUGCGGAAGAUCAAAAGCAACGACCGGAUCCACCAGUUGAUGUUGAAACCCACAAUCCUACUUCAAAUUCUCUAACACUAACAUGGAAACCUCCAAUGUAUGAUGGUGGUUGCAAAAUCAUGGGCUACAUUCUAGAGAAGGCAAUUAAGGGUGAAGAGAAGUUUGAGAGAUGCAACGACUUCCUUGUACCUGUACUUUCCUACACUGUAAAGGGCCUGAAAGAAGGCAAAGAAUAUCAGUUCCGCGUUCGUGCUGAGAAUGCUGCUGGAGUUAGUGAUCCUUCUCGCAGCACACCAUUGAUAAAGGCUGCAGAUGCUGUUGAUCCACCUAAAGUUUUUCUGAGCGGAAAUCUACAGUCUGGUCUAACUGUCAAGAGAGGUGAAGAAAUCAGGUUAGAUGCCUACAUAUCUGGAUCUCCAUAUCCAACUGUAACAUGUAGGAAGGGUGAAUCCCGUGCUGUUGUACGUGAUUCUAUCAGAAGUGAUCAUGGAGUCUUCAUGAUUAGGGUGGAGAAUGAUCACGGCAUUGCAUCUGCAACUUGCGAAGUUAAUGUGCUUGAUGUACCUGGACCUCCGGUUAAUUUGGUUUUUGAAGAAAUAAGAAACACCUCAGUCAUCUGCAAGUGGGACCCACCAGUAGAUGAUGGUGGCAGUGAAAUCCUGAACUACAUCUUGGAGAUAAAAGAUAAUUCAAAGGCUGAAAUUGGAUGGAUUACUGUGACAUCAACUCUCAGACGAUGUACAUAUCAUGUAACCAAACUGAUUGAAGGAAAGCAGUAUCUAUUCCGUAUCACUGCUGAGAACAGGUUUGGUCCUGGAGCCCCAUGUGUGUCUACACCAGUUGUUGCAAAGAAUCCAUUUGACCCACCUGAAGCCCCAGAAAAGCCUGAAAUUGAGGACAUCACUGCUAACAGUAUGCUUGUUACUUGGACUGAGCCAAAAGAUAACGGCAGUCCCAUUGUAGGCUACUGGGUUGAAAGGCGUGAAAUUAACAGUACGCACUGGGCCAGAGUAAACCGCAACUUGAUCAAUGCCCUUGAAGUAAAUGUUGAAGGUCUGCUGGAAGGUUUAACAUACAUCUUCAGAGUAUGUGCUGAAAAUGCAGCUGGACCUGGAAAGUUCAGCAUUCCAUCUGAUCCUAAAACAGCACAAGAACCUAUCUUGCCUCCUGGACCACCAAUCCCAAGAAUUGUUGACACCAGCAGUUGUUCUAUUGGAGUGGCCUGGGAUCCUCCUAAGUACAACGGAGGUGGAGACAUCCUAGGGUACCAUGUUGACAAAGUCCUAGCAGGAACAAAUGACUGGUCCCGCUGCACAGAGAGGCCAUGGAAAAGCUGCGAGUUCACAGUAUAUGGAGUUCGAGAAGGUGCAAAAUAUGCUGUCCGUGUCAUAGCUGUCAAUGCUGCAGGUGAAGGACCCCCUGGCAUUACUGAACCUGUUACAGUGAAGGAUCCACAAGAGCUUCCAGUUGUUGAGCUUGAUCUUUCAGUAAAGAAUGGUGUUACCAUAAGAGCUGGGGAGACACUGACCGUGCCUGCACAUGUAACUGGUAGACCUCCACCAUAUGUGAAAUGGACAAAAGAUGACAGUGCACCUAACAAAGAGCGUGUUGUUACUGAAAGUGUGGGGAAUGAUCAUGUUCUUACUGUAAAAAAUAUAACGAGAAAGGAUGAGGGCAAGUACCAGAUUAUUGCCUCAAACAGCAGUGGAACCAAAUCGGCUUGGACAAGAGUGGAAGUUUUUGAUGUUCCUGGCCCUGUGCUUGAUUUGAAACCUGUUGUUGUCACAAGAAAGCUGAUGAUGCUAAACUGGUCAGACCCUGAAGAUGAUGGUGGAAGUGAUCUCACUGGCUUCAUUGUAGAAAGAAAAGAUUCAAAGAUGCACACAUGGAGACAACCUAUAGAGACAAUACCAUCUAAAUGUGAGAUUGUAGGUAUCCUUGAAGGCCAGGAAUACACCUUCCGUAUUGUGGCGAAGAACAAGUAUGGCUGUGGCCCUGCAGUCGAAUUGGGCCCAAUCCUUGCAGUGGAUCCGAAAGGUCCUCCAACUUCCCCAGAGAGAUUCCAUUAUAUUGAACGGACCAAAUCCUCUAUUACUCUUACCUGGAGACCACCCCGUAAUGAUGGAGGCAGUCCAAUUCUUGGAUACUUUGUUGAAAAAAAGAGGCAAAAUGAAGCUGCGUUUGUGGUUGCCAACAAAGAUAUUUGCACGGAUCACACAUUGACUGUGGAGAAUCUCUCAGAGCUUCACAUGUAUGAAUUCCGCGUGAAGGCGGUCAAUGAAAUUGGGGAAAGCGAUCCUUCCAUUCCAUUGACUGUAGUAAUUCAAGAUGAUGAAGUGGCCCCAAUUGUGACCUUACUCAAGCACUUCAAAGGGGAUGAAAUCAUUGUGAAGAAAGGAGAGGCCAUUGAAAUUCCUGCUGAGGUGACAGGUCUUCCAAUGCCAAAGAUAGAGUGGUUGAAGAAUGAAAUUGUUAUUUCAAAAUCAACUAAAACCCUUAUAAUUGAAACGGCGGAGGUACACAGAACCAAAUCAGAUACCAAGCUUACCAUCCCUGAAACAAUCAGGCAGGACAAAGGCUGUUACACACUGACUGCUUCAAACCGUCUUGGAUCAGCUAGUCAUUCUAUCACGGUUGAAGUGCUUGACCGUCCAUUACCACCUCGAAAUAUUGUGAUAUCUAAUAUCAAAGCUGAGUCUUGCUAUCUUAAUUGGAAUGCUCCAGAAGAUGAUGGAGGGAGUGAGCUUACAAACUACAUUGUUGAGAAGAAAGACACACGCAGUGAAAAGGCAGAGUGGGAAGAAGUUAAUAAUGCUGUAAUUGACAGGAGAUAUGGGGUGUGGAAUCUGGAAACCAAUGGCACUUACAAGUUCAGAAUCAAAGCUCAGAAUAGAUAUGGUAUUAGUGAUAGCUGUGAAUCAGAAGAAGUCGUCAUUAAGGAUCCUUUUGGACUCCCUGGGCCACCAGGAAAGCCAGUUAUUGUCGACCACAACAAGGACGCCAUGCUAGUUACUUGGGAACCUCCCUUGGACAAUGGGGGAUCCACAAUUACAGGCUACUGGAUUGAAAAGAGAGAAAAAGGAGCAUCUUACUGGGCUCGUGUGAGCAGAGCUGCUGUCACAAAACGUGGUUUGAAGGGUUGGGAAUUCAGUGUUCCUCGUCUUAUUGAGGGUGCUGAGUACCAGUUCCGUGUGAUGGCUUGCAAUGCUGCUGGCGUUGGUCCCCCAAGUGAUCCCUCUGAUCCUGCACUUGCCAUUGAACCUCUUUAUCCUCCUGGUAUGCCGUCUACCCCAGAAGUUACAGGGAAAACAAAGAAUAGUGUUACUCUUUCCUGGAAUCCACCAGAAAAAGAUGGUGGUAGCCCAAUCAAGGGGUACAUUAUUGAGCUUCAAGGUGAGGGCACAUCUGAGUGGACCAGAGUGAAUGAGCCAGAUGCACUGCAUCCAACCACUGAGUUCACUGUUCCGAAUCUUCCUGAGUUGAAGAGGUACCGCUUCAGAGUUAUUGCAGUCAAUGCUGUUGGGGAGUCUGAGCCAAGCCCGUCAACCGCAGAAGUUCUUGUCAAGGAGCUUCAAGUGGAGCCUAAAAUCUUUGUUGACGUCAAUUCUCUUGAGUUAUUGUCCUGUCGGGCUGGUACUACUAUUAGAAUACCUGCAGUAAUUGAGGGGCGCCCUACUCCAAAGGUUACUUGGGAAUUUGAAGGGGGGGCAAAAACAGAAACGAAAGAUCGACUUCAUGUACUUCCUGUGGACUCAGAGAUUCAGUCAACUGACACAACUUCAACCAUCACAAUCAAUGACUGCAAACGAAACCAUUCAGGCAGAUACACUAUCACAGCCAAAAACAAAGCUGGACAGAAAGUUGUUAAUGUCAGAGUAAAUGUACUUGAUGUACCAGGACCUCCAAAAGAGCUUAAAGUCGCAGACAUUACACGAAACACAUGUAGACUUACAUGGAAGCUACCUGAUAAUGAUGGUGGUGAGAGGAUCAAGAGUUACUUUAUUGAAAAGAAAGCUGUUGGAAGCCACGCUUGGACAAAAGUUAACCCAGCUUGUGCCAGUCAGGCUUUUGUGGUCCCUGACCUUCUUGAGGGUGAGGAGUAUUUGUUCCGUGUCCGGGCAGAGAAUCGCUUUGGCAUGGGGCCACAUGCUGAGACCACUGAACCUGUAAAGGCCAGAGAUCCCAUUUAUCCUCCUGAUCCUCCUACAAGAGUCAAGAUUAACUUGGUGACCAAGAACACAGUAACUUUGACAUGGGCCCCCCCAAAGAAUAAUGGUGGUGCUCCAGUGAAACACUACAUCAUUGAGCGUCUGAGCUGGGACACAAGUGGAGCAGAAAAGGAGACCUGGAAACAGUGCAAUAAGCGUGAUGUUGAAGAGACCACGUUCCAGGUUGAAGACCUCAAAGAAGGUGGAGAGUAUGAGUUCCGUGUUAAGGCUGUGAAUGAGGCUGGUGCAAGCAGACCCUCUGCUACUGCUGGACCAAUUGUCGUGAAAGACCAGACAUGUGCCCCUACCAUUGACCUCAAAGAGCUGAUGGAAGGUGAAGAGGGAACUGAUAUCAGCAUUGUUGCUAAAAUUAAAGGUUGUCCAUUCCCCACCCUUACUUGGCAGAAGGCCCCAAUUAAUAAGCCUGAUGACAAGGCAGAAGUUCAGUAUGAUCAGCAUGUCAAUAAGCUUGUAUCUGAUGAUCGCUGCACUCUAUUAAUAAAGCAGUCCAAGAGAGACGAUACUGGCCUGUAUAAAAUUACAGCUUCCAACACCUUUGGCAAGGCAUCCAAGGAAAUAAGACUCAGUGUUCUAGGAUGUCCUGGACCACCUGUUGGACCUGUUAAAUUUGAGGAAAUCUUUGCGGAGAGAGUUACUUUGUCCUGGCUUCCUCCUAAAGAUGAUGGUGGCUCGAAGAUUACUAAUUAUGUAAUUGAGAAACGUGAGGACAACCGGAAGACCUGGGUGCAUGUCUCAAGUGACCCAAAAGAAUGUGUAUACACAGUACAAAGACUGACAGAAGGUCAUGAAUAUGAAUUUCGUAUCAUGGCGCAAAACAAAUAUGGAGUUGGACCCCCUCUUAACAGUGAACAUGAGAAAGCCAGAAAUCUUUUCACUGUUCCUGGUCAGUGUGAUAAGCCAACCAUCACAGAUGUAACCUCUGACUCCAUGACAGUCAAUUGGGAAGAACCAGAAUAUGAUGGUGGGUCUAUGGUCACUGGAUAUUGGCUAGAACGCAAAGAAACAACAUCUAAGCGCUGGACCAGAGUGAAUCGAGACCCCAUCAAAAUCAUGCCCCUUGGGGUUUCAUAUACUGCAACUGGUCUCAUUGAAGGAUCUCUGUACCAGUUCAGAGUGAUUGCCAUAAAUGCAGCAGGAUGCGGGCUACCAAGUUUACCAUCAGAUCCUGUCUGUGCCAGAGACCCUAUCACUCCUCCUGGACCUCCAACCCCCAAGGUCACUGACUGGUCAAAGUCAACAGUGGAUGUGGAGUGGAUUCCUCCACUGAAUGAUGGUGGAUCAAAGAUUACUGGAUACAUUAUUGAGUAUAAAGAAGAGGGGAAAGAAGAAUGGAAAAAGGCUAAAGACAAGGAAGUAAGAGGAACAAAAUUUGUAGUUUCUGGAUUGAAAGAACUUGGCCUUUACAGAUUUAGAGUAAGAGCAAUAAAUGCUGCAGGUGUUGGUGAACCUGGUGUUGUCUCAGAAGUCAUUGAAGUCAAAGAUAGGACAAUUGCUCCAGAGAUAGACCUGGAUGCUACUGUGAAAGAGAAGAUUGUUGUUCAUGCUGGUGGUGUAAUUCGCAUCAUAGCAUAUGUGUCAGGCAAACCACCACCACAGAUCACAUGGAAUAGAGACGAUAGUGCAUUACCAGAGGAAGCUGUAAUUGAGACGACUGCCAUUAGUUCUGCUUUAGUAAUCAAGAACUGUAAAAGAAAACAUCAAGGGAUUUAUACUCUGAUUGUUAAGAAUGAAGGAGGUGAACGAAGAAAAGCCAUUAUUGUGGAAGUACUAGAUGUCCCUGGUCCAGUUCGUACACCAUUUGUUGGGGAAAAUCUUACCAAUGACUCCUGCAAAUUAACAUGGUACUCACCUGAAGAUGAUGGUGGCUCAGCCAUCACUAACUAUAUUAUUGAGAAACGUGAAGCAGAUCGAAGGGGUUGGACUGCUGUAUCUUACACUGUUACAAGACACAGUGCUGUUGUGCAGGGUCUACAUGAGGGAAAAGCCUAUUUCUUCAGAAUUGCUGCUGAAAAUAUCAUUGGAAUGGGUCCAUUUAUUGAGACGACUGCACAAGUAUUGAUCAAGGAUCCUAUUUCUGUACCUGAACGACCUGAAGAUCUCAAAGUCACAUCAGUAAAGAAGGACUCAAUCAGCGUAACUUGGAGACCACCUAAGUAUGAUGGAGGCUCUGAGAUUACCAUGUACAUUCUUGAGGCUCGUCUUAUGGGAAAGGACAGUUUUACCCGCCUCUCAAAUGAGAAGCUGAUGGAUAGGAAAUACACCUAUGAAGGUCUUAAAGAGGGUGACAGCUAUGAAUUUCGAGUUAGUGCAGUAAAUGAAAUUGGUCAAGGCAAGCCCUCUUUCUGCACUAAACCAGUUACUUGCAAGGCUGAACUUGAACCUCCAACCAUUGAUUUGGAUUUCCGUGACAAGGUACUUGUUCGUGUUGGAGAGACUUGCACUCUCCAAGGUCGCUAUACAGGGAAACCAACACCAACCGUUGUAUGGUGUAAAGAUGAUGAAGAGCUAAAAGAAGAUGACCAUAUCUUAUUCAGAAAUACAAGUUCAACAUUAUGCCUGAACAUAAUCAAUGCUAAACGUGAAUACAGUGGAAGAUACUCUGUGGUUGUGGAGAACAGCAAUGGUUCUUGUAAAGGCAUUUGCAAUGUUAUUGUUGUUGACCGGCCACAGCCUCCAGUGGGUCCAGUUGUCUUUGAGGAAGUUUUCAGAAAUUAUAUGGUAAUUUCUUGGAAGCCUCCUCUUGAUGAUGGUGGCUCUGCCAUUUCUAACUACAUUGUUGAGAAGAGGGACAGUAACAGGGAUCUUUGGAUGCCAGUGACCUCUACUUGUACAAGGACAACAUGCAAAGUUCCCAAACUAAUUGAAGGAAGGGAGUACAUCAUUAGAAUUUGUGCUCAAAAUAUGUAUGGCAUUAGUGACCCACUGCUUUCUCAGGAAAUGAAAGCUAAAGAUAUAUACAAAGUGCCAGAAGCCCCUAAACAACCUGUUGUGAAGGAGGUAUACAAAGAUUCUGCUCUUUUGACCUGGGAACAACCUCGUGAUGGUGGCAAGCCCAUUACUAACUACAUUGUGGAAAAGAAGGAGACCAUGUCAAAUAGGUGGUCACGUGCAGUAAAAGAUCGUAUAUACCCUGAGACUGAGUACUGGGUACCAGACCUUCUGAAAGGAUGUGAAUACGAAUUCCGUGUCAUGGCAGAAAAUGAAAUUGGUGUUGGUGACCCUAGUCCUCCAUCCAAACCUGUUUUUGCCAGAGAUCCUGUUGUGAUACCAGGUCCUCCAGUCCUACUAGAAGCUGUUGACAAAACAAAGAAUUCAGUGACAUUGUCCUGGCAGCCGCCACAUUAUGAUGGAAGGGGAAAAAUACUUGGCUAUCUUAUUGAGUAUCAGAAAGCUGGUCAGGAGGAAUGGAUAAAGGCCAAUCAAACACCUGACUCAUGUCAGGAGACAAAGUUCAAAGUCAUCAGCCUAGCAGAUGGUGAAUUGUACAGAUUCAGGGUUAUGGCAGUGAAUUCUGCUGGUGUAUCUGAACCCGCAUAUGUCCCGGAGCCAGUGAGAGCACAGGACAGACUUGAACCUCCAGAACUCUUGCUUGAUGCUAAUAUGACUCGUGAAGUCCGUGCCAUGGCCGGAACCCAUAUCGUCCUUCGUGCUGGAAUAAAGGGAAUGCCUUUCCCUAAGGUUACAUGGAAGAAGAAUGACGCAGAUGUUCCUCCCAGAGCUGAUAUUAAGGUCACGGGUGUGGGAACUAAACUGGAAAUGCGCUAUUGUGUCCGUUCUGACAGUGGUGAUUACACACUAACUGUGGAAAAUCCAGCUGGGUCAAAGACAGCCACGUGCACAGUGCUGGUCUUAGAUAAACCUGGUCCACCCCACAGUCUGAAAAUUUCUGAUGUUAGAAGUGAUUCAGCUUAUCUGUCAUGGAAGGACCCAGAAGAUAAUGGAGGAGCUCGAAUUACCAACUUUGUUGUUGAAAAGAAAGAUAUUGCAUCUGCACAGUGGGUGCCUGUCUGCUCUUCAUCUAAAAAGCGUAGCAUUACAGUUAAGCAUUUAAUGGAGGGAACUCAGUAUAUGUUCCGUGUUGCUGCCGAAAACCAGUUUGGCAGAAGUGAAUAUGUGGGAACAACAAAACCUAUUAAGGCUAUGAAUCCUUUGUUCCCCCCUGGGCCACCAAAAAAUUUACAUCAUGUCGAUGCUGACAAAACUGAAGUUUGGCUUCAGUGGAACUGGCCAGAUCGCACAGGAGGUAGCGAUAUUACUGGUUUCUUAGUUGAAUACCAAGAAGAGGGUGAAAAAGACUGGAUUACCUUCAAGACUGUUAGCAUUCCUGAAAGCCACGUGACUGGACUUCAGGAGGGAAAAACAUACAGAUUCCGUGUCAAGGCAGAGAAUGCCGUUGGUCUGAGUCGUCCGGAUACCACUGUACCAGUUCUUUGCCAAGAGAAACUUGUGCCACCGAUUGUUGAAGUCGAUGUGAAGCUAAUUGAAGGUAUCAUUGUGAAAGCUGGGAGCACAAUCAGGCUGCCUGCAAUAAUGAGAGGAAUUCCCAUACCAACUGCUAAAUGGGUCAUUGAUGGUACAGAGAUAAAAAGUGAAGGCAAAGUGAAGAUUGACACUGACAACUAUUCAACUGUAUUAAGCAUCAAUGAUUGCACCAGAAAUGACAGUGGAGUUUACCUUCUUACAGUCUCAAAUGCUGCUGGAAGCAAGACGGUUGCUUUGAAUGUAACAGUUCUUGAUGUCCCAGCACCCCCCAUUGGCCCAGUCAAGAUACUUGAAGUUGCUCCUGAGUACAUGAUCAUUGAAUGGCGCCCCCCUAAAGAUGAUGGUGGAAGUCCAGUAAUGAAUUACAUUGUUGAAAAAAGAGAAUCUAGCAAAGAAACAUGGGGAGGAGUGAGUUCUGGUAGCACUAGUACAAAAGUUAAGAUUCCACGUCUGCAAAAGGGCUCCGAAUACAUUAUACGUAUUCGCGCAGAGAACAAGAUUGGUAUUGGUGCUCCACUUGAAAGUGCCCCAACAGUUGCUCAGCAUAUGUUUGAGCCUCCUGGACAUCCAGGCAAACCAAAUGUUUCUGAAGUUACAGAAAAUGCUGUAACAGUUGGUUGGACUAUGCCAUUGUUUGACGGUGGAAGUCCUAUUAGUGGAUACAUUAUUGAACGGAGACACCAGGCUGGCAAAUGGAUUCGUGUGAACAAGACACCAGUACAGGAUCUCAGAUACAGAGUUCUUGGGCUUUUUGAAGGAAACAAUUAUGAAUUUAGAGUUUUUGCAGAAAACAUUGCUGGCUUCAGUGGACCUUCUCCAGUGUCAGACCCAGUUAAACCUUCUCGUCCAGUCACUGUUCCUGGACCCCCAGUGAACCCCAAGCUAAAGGACUGGAGCAAGUCCUACGCAGACUUAGUGUGGACUAAGCCUACAAGAGAUGGAGGCAGCCCAAUUUUAGGAUACAUUGUUGAAUAUCAAAAGUCAGGUAGUACUGAAUGGGAAAGAAUAAAUAAGGAUGAUCUUAUCAAACAGUGUGCAUUUAGAGUACCAGGACUGACUGAAGGCUCAGAAUACAGAUUCCGAAUUAGAGCUUCAAAUAUGAUUGGAGAUGGUGAGCCAAGAGAGCUUCCAGAAUCAGUUGUUGCUAAAGAUAUUCUUGUCCCUCCAGAGAUUGAUAUUACUUCACAUGACCGAUUAACUGUCAGAGUAGGGCAUAAUAUUAAUCUUGUUGCUUAUGUUAAAGCAAGACCUGAUCCCGAGAUUACUUGGAUCAAGGAUCAAAAGGUUAUAGAAAAAGACAAACGUACAGCAAUAAAUCUCAAUUUUCCGCUUGUCCAUAUGUUCAUCAAAGAAGCAACAAGAGCAGAUCAUGGAAAGUAUAUCAUUAAAGCAACAAAUGACAGUGGUGAGGCGCAAGCCACUAUUACAGUGAAUGUACUUGAUAGGCCUGGACACUGUCAGGGUCUGAAGGUGACUUAUGUGACAAAAGAUUCUUGUAUGAUAUCUUGGGAAAAUCCAGAAGACAAUGGAGGCACUGAAAUUACAAAUUAUAUCAUUGAGUGCCGUGAACCUAGCCAAAGGGCUUGGUCAAUGAUUUCCUCUGAUUGUACCAAUCGUGUUGUCAAAGCAAAACUCAUGGAACAUCAUGAAUAUUUCUUCCGUGUUUGUGCAGAGAACAAAUGUGGUCCUGGACCCACAACUGAAACUAAAACACCAAUCCUUGCUAUUGAUCCAGUUGCGAAACCUGGUGAACCAGAGAAUUUCCAUGUAACUGAUAUUGGCAAGAAUUUUGUCUCUCUCAGAUGGAGAAAACCAGAUUAUGAUGGUGGCAGCCCAAAUCUUGCCUAUCAUGUAGAAAGGAAAGCAAAAGAUGCUCAGGAGUGGGAGAGGCUUCAUAAGGGUGCUAUUAAAGAAACAUACUUUAUGGCUGACAAAUGUGCUGAAAACCAAAUAUAUCAGUUUAGAGUACAAACAGUGAAUGAGGGAGGAGAAAGUAACUGGGUGAAGACAGGGGAAAUUCUUGUCAAGGAAGAAGUACAAAAACCAGUACUUGAUAUCAAGUUAGCUGGUGUGCUUGUAGUAAAAGCUGGUGAAUCAAUCAGAAUUGAAGCUGGCCUCAGAGGAAAACCACAGCCUGAGGUUAAAUGGGUGAAAGACAAAGAUACAGGGGAUUUCAACAAAAGCCCAAGACUUCACAUUGAAACUGGUUCUGAUUACUCUAAGUUCCUCUUGACUAAGUCCAAACGAGAAGACUCUGGAAAGUAUGUAAUAACUGCAACAAACUCAGCAGGAACCUUUACCGCAUAUGCCACAGUGAAUGUGCUUGAUGUGCCAGGUCCUGUUAGAGACCUGAAAGUAUCUGGAAUUUCAGUGGACAGGUGUAGAGUGGUGUGGGAUCCCCCAGAAGAUGAUGGUGGUUGUGAAGUUCAGAGCUACAUUUUGGAAAAGUGUGAGACAAGAAGAAUGGUGUGGUCUACUUACUCUUCAUCUGUCAUCAAUAGUUAUGCCAAUGUGACUCGUCUUGUGGAGGGAAAUGAAUACGUCUUCAGAGUACGAGCAGAAAACAAGAUGGGAACAGGUCCUGCAAUGGAAAGUAAGCCUAUCAUUGCCAGAACUCAGUUCAACAGACCUGGUCCACCUGAUCCACCAGAGGUCACUAAAAUUGGCAAGGAGGAAAUGACUGUUGUAUGGGCACCUCCUAAACAUGAUGGAGGAAAAUCCAUUACUGGGUAUAUUCUUGAAAGGAAAGAGAAACGUGCUGUCAGAUGGGUUGCAGUUACUAAGAGUCCUAUCCCAGAAAGGCGGAUGAAAGUUACUAACUUAAUUCCUAAUCAUGAGUAUCAAUUCCGUGUCAAAGCUGAAAAUGAAGUUGGAUUGGGAGAACCUAGCAAACCUUCAAAACCCAUUGUUGCAAAAGAUCCAAUAGAACCUCCUGGUCCUCCUGGAAGUUUGAAGGUGGUUGACAGCACCAAGACCUCAGUCACACUUGGCUGGACAAAGCCAGUGUACGAUGGAGGUGCUCCCAUAAUUGGAUAUUUGGUGGAAAUGAGACUGAAGGUAGAAGGUGAUAAACAAGAAGAAACCUGGAAGAAAUGCAAUAUCAGCACACAGCUCGUACUGACCGAAUUUACCAUUACUGACUUGGAUGAGAAGCAGGAAUAUGAAUUCCGAGUUUCUGCACAAAAUCAGGUUGGGAUGGGUCGUCCUGCAAAUCUUAAGGAUGCUGUGUCACCUAAAGAAAUACUUGAAGCACCAGAGAUUGAUUUGGAUGCCAGUCUCAGAAAGGGUCUCACUGUUAGAGCAGGUUGCCCUAUCAGACUCUGUGCUACAAUCAGAGGAAGACCUUCACCCAAAGUAACAUGGAAAAGAACUGGUGUUGAUAACGUUGUAAGAAAGGGUCAUGUAGAUCAAAUUGACACUAUGACAUUUCUCGUCAUCCCUGAAAGCACACGAGAAGACUCUGGAAAGUAUUCUCUGACACUUUCCAGCCCUGCUGGGGAAAAGGCUGUAUUUGUACAUGUUAAAGUACUAGAUACUCCUGGACCUGUGGGAGGGCUUGAAGCUUCGAAUAUCACUAAGACCUCCUGUCAGCUUUCGUGGUCUCCUCCUGAGAAUGAUGGGGGUAGUCCAAUAUUAAACUAUAUAGUUGAAAAACGUGAAGUUGACAGAAAGACUUGGGCAAAUGUGAUCAACGAUUUGAAGAAGACAAGUUUUAAAAUCACUAAUCUUGCACCUGUUACUGAAUACUAUUUUAGAGUCACAGCAGUCAACAAGUAUGGUACUGGUGUUCCAAAAGACUCUCCGAAAUCAUAUCUGGCAACUGAUCCCAUCACUGAACCGGAUCCACCAAAGAAGGUGGACAUUCUAGAGAUUACAAAAAAUAGUGCAGUGCUUGGGUGGGUAAAACCUCUGAGAGAUGGUGGAGCUAAAAUCAAUGGAUAUGUGGUUGAUUACCAGGAGGAGGGUCAACCUGAGGACAAAUGGACACCAUACUCUGUUGUCAAAGAUUUAAGCAUUGUUGUUGUUGGGCUAAAGGAAGGCAAGAAAUAUAAAUUCAGAGUGGCUGCAAGAAAUCCAGUAGGUUCCAGUCUGCCAAGAGAAGCUGAGGGAAUGUUUGAGAUCAAAGAGCAGCUGUUGGCACCAAAGAUCCUUAUGACUGAUGUUGUGACAGUAAAAGCUGGAUCAAAACUGAGAGUGGAAGCUGUUGUGUCUGGAAAGCCAGCUCCAUCUUGUAAAUGGAAACGAGGAAGCGAGGAUGUUGUGACAUCUAAUCGCAUUUUUGUGGAAAAAUCUUUGAAUUGUUGUGCUCUUAUGAUCAAAGAUGUCUCAAGAAAGGACAGUGGUUAUUACAGUCUUUCAGCUGAAAACAGUACAGCAAAAGUGGAUCAAAUAUUGCGGGUUAUUGUUAUGGACAUCCCUGGCCCACCAGAGCCACCAUUUGAAAUUACUGAGGCAGACAUUGAUGGCUGCACGCUCAGUUGGCACACACCACGUGAAGAUGGUGGAAGCAACAUAACUAACUAUGUGGUUGAGAAAUGUGAUGUGAGCCAUGGAGAUUGGGUCACUGCUGUUACCUCCUGCACCAGCACUAACUGUAGAGUGGGGAAACUAACACCUGGAAAAGAGUAUUACUUCCGUGUCCGUGCUGAGAACCGCUUUGGAAUCUCAGAACCAACUGUGUCUGGGAAGAUGACUGCAAGAUACCCAUUUGAUGUGCCUGGUGAACCAAGGAAUUGUCAUGUCUCCAAAGUCUUCAAGGACAGCAUGUUGGUAGCCUGGGAAAGACCAGUAACUGAUGGUGGAAGUCCAAUCACUGGAUACUGUAUUGAGCGCAAAGAGAGAAACAGCAUUCUUUGGGUUAAGGCCAAUGAAUCAAUUGUGCGUAACACAGAAUACUCAUGUUCUGGCCUCAUUGAAGGUCUAGAAUAUACUUUCAGAGUAUCUGCUUUUAACCGUGCUGGACAGGGAAAACCAAGCAAACAGACAGAAUUUUUCACAGCAAGAACACCAGUUGAUCCACCAGGGAAACCAGAAGUCAUUGAUGUUACCAAAAAUUCUGUUUCUCUGGUGUGGAGCCAACCAAAGCAUGAUGGUGGCAGUCGGAUUAUAGGAUAUUAUGUUGAAGCUCUAAAGCUUCCUGGAGAUAAAUGGGUACGCUGCAACACAAGCAGCCAAAGCGUACCCAGAGAAGAAUAUAUUGCAACGGGACUGGAAGAACAUGCCCAGUAUCAGUUCAGAGUCAUUGCUAAGACUGCAAUAAACCUCAGUUUACCAUCUGAACUUUCUGACCCGGUCACUGUGAUUGCAGAAAAUGUCCCACCAAGAAUAGAGAUUGGACUUCAUAUGAAGAACCUCAUAAUAGUUAAGGCUGGAGCAAAUGUUUGUCUUGAGGCAGAAGUGUUUGGAAAACCAAUGCCAAAGGUUACAUGGAAGAGGGAUGGUCAACCACUGAAACUUGCUGAGGGGAUGAAAUUUUCACAGAAGAGACAUCUUUUCCUCUUGGAAUUGUUCUCCGUGACAAGAAAGGAAACGGGAGAAUACACUAUUCUGGCAGAAAAUGCAAGUGGCUCCAAAUCUGGGAACAUUAAGCUGAAGGUUCUGGAUAAACCUGGGCCUCCAGCAUCUAUAAAGAUUGUCAGUGUGUAUGCAGAUUGUGUCAAGAUGAGGUGGGAACCACCUCUUGCAGAUGGAGGUUCAGAAAUCACCAACUACAUUGUAGAUAAACGUGAAACAAGUAGAGCAAACUGGGCUCAGGUGACCGCUAAUAUAAGUGGCCAGCUCACUGACUGCUCUGUAGAGAGACUAAUUGAAGGCCAUGAGUAUCAGUUCCGUGUCAGCGCUGAAAACAAGUACGGAAUUGGAGAUCCCAUCCUGACUGAUCCCAUUUUUGCUAAGAAUCCUUACGAUGUUCCUGGGCCUUGUGAUCCUCCUGUUAUUACCAAUAUUACUAAAGAUCAUAUGACAGUUAGCUGGAAGGCACCUGCUGAUGAUGGACAAUCCACCAUCCUCGGAUACAUGGUUGAAAAACGUGAAACCCAAGAUGUUAACUGGGUUAAAGUCAACAGAAAACCAGUGAUAGACAGAACUAUUAAAGCUGGAGGUCUUAAUGAGGGAGCUGAGUAUGAAUUUAGAGUUAUUGCCUUCAACAAAGCUGGUUUGGGCAAGCCAAGUGAUCCAUCUAGUGCUGCUUAUGCACUUGAUCCUCUGUACCCUCCUGCCCCACCAGCUUUCCCAAAAGUAGUUGACACAACACACAGCUCAGUUAGUCUGUCCUGGACAAAGCCAGCCUAUGAUGGUGGCUGCGAAAUCUUGGGUUACCUAGUUGAGUGCAAGAGAGCAGAUGCUGAGGAUUGGAUAAAAUGUAAUAUCCCCAAGAAUCUCAAACAGACUAAAUUCCUUCUCACUGGACUUAUUGAUAAUACAGAGUACCAGUUCCGUGUCACUGCUGUGAACAAGAUUGGGUACAGUGAGCCAAGUGAAGUUCCUGGAAAACACCUUGCUAAGGACAUUUUAAUUGCUCCUGAAGCAGAACUUGAUGCAGAUCUUAGAAAGGCAUUGGUGCUGCGUGCUGGAACCACUAUGAGGCUUUAUGUUCCUCUGAGGGGCAGACCUGCUCCAAAGGUCACAUGGGCUAAGAUAAAUGCAAACUUAAAGGAGAGACAAGGAAUCUUGAUCAAAACGUCUGAGUGGGACACAAUGUUGUAUAUUGAGGAUAUGAAUAGAUAUGAUGCAGGCAAAUAUACAUUGACACUGGAGAACAGUAGUGGAACAAAGACCUACACGAUUGUUGUGAAAGUUCUUGAUACCCCUGGACCACCACUUAAUCUUAUUGUCAAGGAGACCUCCAAGAACCAUGCAUCAAUAACUUGGGACCCUCCUCAAAUAGAUGGUGGUAGUCCAAUAAAAAGUUACAUUGUUGAAAAGCGUGCUGCAGAGAGAAAAGCAUGGUCCACAGUUUCAACUGACUGUCCUAAAACAUCUUUCAGAAUUACUAAUUUGGAAGCAGGCAAGGCAUACUGCUUCAGAGUUUUGGCCGAGAAUGAAUUUGGUAUUGGGGAGCCAUGUGAGACCCCAGGUGCUGUUAGAGCAUCGGAAAAACCGGGACCAGUGGUGGACUUCAAAGCUUUAUUGAUUACAAAGGAUUCAUGUACCCUUGGUUGGAAAAAACCAAUCAGUGAUGGCGGAAGUCACAUUAUUGCAUAUGUAGUGGAAGUAAUGGAAGGCGAGGAUAAGUGGAAAAUGCUGAUGAAAGCUAAGAAUAUGCAAUAUAAUGCCAAGGAUUUAGAAGAUGGAAAGGAAUACUCAUACAGAGUGAAAGCAGUGAAUGAAGCUGGGGAGGGUCCAGCUAUAGAGCUAAGUAUAAUGGCUAAAGACCAAAUUGUUCAACCUGAAUGUGACUUGAGAGGCUUGCCAGAUAUGUGCUAUAUUGCAAAAGAAGGAAGUACUGUCCGACUAAGUAUUCCCAUUACUGGCAAACCUGUCCCUACUGUUACAUGGAAGAAAGGUGAAGAUCUUACCUUGACUGACAGUGGCAGAGUCUCUGUUGAGUCAACUGCUGUAAACACCACCUUGCUAAUUCGUGACUGCCAGAGAACUGAUGCUGAAAAGUACACAAUUAUUCUGAAGAACAGUGCUGGAACCAAAGAGUCCACAAUAAAUGUCAAAGUGGUUGGAAAGCCAGGAAUACCCACUGGGCCAAUCAAGUUUGAUGAAAUCACAGCAGAUGGAAUCACACUGGAGUGGGGUCCUCCAAAGGAUGAUGGAGGGGCAGAAAUAUCCAACUACAUUUUGGAAAAAAGGCAUUCCACUGCUAAUAAAUGGGUUACUUGUGCCUCGGCAAUACAGAAGACCAGUAUGAGAGUUACAAGACUCCAUGAUGGAAUGGAGUAUAUCUUCAGAGUCUAUGCAGAAAACAAAUAUGGAGUUGGUGAAUGCCUCAAAUCUGAUCCUGUUGUGGCUAGACAUCCAUUUGAUGUACCUGAUGCGCCACUUCCUCCAGAAAUUACAUGCAUACAUCAAGAGUCAGCAAUGCUGGUAUGGUCUGAUCCAAGAAACACUGGAGGCUCCCCUAUAACUGGUUACCAUGUUGAAUUCAAGGACAGAAACAGUCUACUGUGGAAGAGAGCAAGCAAGACACCUCUGAGAAUGAAGGAGUGCAGAGUAACUGGUUUAACUGAAGGCCUUGAGUAUGAAUUCAGGGUCAUGGCUAUUAAUGUGGCAGGAAUUGGAAAACCAAGCCGACCCACAGAGCCUCAGGUUGCGCUGGAUCCAAUUGAUCCUCCUGGUAAACCUGAUGUGAUUAGCAUUACACGAAGUACAGUUACACUGAUAUGGACUGCACCAAAGUAUGAUGGUGGUCACAGACUAACAGGUUACAUUGUUGAGAAACGGGAGCUACCUGGGAAGGUUUGGAUGAAGGCUAACCAUGUAAAUAUUCAGUCUUGCGCAUUUACAGUAACAGACUUGCAAGAAGGCAGCAAGUGUGAAUUCAGAAUAAGAGCAAGAAAUGCAGCUGGGGCAAUUAGUCCUCCAUCAGAGCAAACAGAUACCCUUGUAUGCAAGGAUGAAUAUGAGCCACCAGCUAUAACUAUUGACCCAGAAAUGAAGGAUGGUCUUACAGUUAGAGCUGGUGAAACUAUUGUGAUAAGAGCAUCAAGUAUCAUCGGAAAGCCUCCACCAACUGCUGUGUGGUCUAAAGGAGGAAGAGACUUUAAGCCUUCAGAUAUUUGCCAGAUUACAAGCACACCAACAUCAUCUACUUUAUCAAUCAAGUAUGCAAGCAGAAAGAACACUGGAGAAUAUACAAUUACAGCUAGCAACCCAUUUGGAAUUAAAGAAGAACAUGUGAAAGUAAAAGUUCUGGAUGUUCCUGGACCUCCAGGACCCAUUGCAGCCAGUAAUGUGUCUGCUGAGAAAGUCACCUUGACAUGGUUACCACCAGAUGAGGAUGGAGGCUCUCCAAUCAAAUCCUACACUCUAGAGAAGAGGGAAACCAGUCGACUUCUUUGGACUAUGUUAGCAGAAAAUAUUAUGGAUUGCCGCUUUAUUGCUAGUAAAUUAAUCCAAGGCAAUGAGUACAUUUUCCGUGUCUCAGCUGUAAACCAGUAUGGUAUUGGUGAUGCAACGCAGUCACUACCUGUGAAAAUGGUGGAUAGCUUUGGUCCACCAGGUCCUCCUUCAAAACCAGAAAUUGACAAUGUGAGCAAGUGCUCUGUCACAAUUUCAUGGAAGAGACCAGUUCAUGAUGGAGGGAGUGAUAUUCAGGGCUAUACUGUUGAAAGAAAAGAAAGAAGAGGUCUGAGAUGGGUCAGAGCAUCAAAAAAGUCAAUAUCUGAUCUCCGUUAUAAAGUACAAGGCCUUAAUGAAGGAGUUGAAUAUGAAUUUAGAGUCACGGCGGAAAACAAAGCUGGGUUUGGAGAACCCAGCGAACCAUCACAGCAUGUGAUGACUAAGGAUGUAUCAUAUCGGCCUGGACCUCCAUCUAACCCACGAAUUACUGACACAACUAAAACUACUGCAACAUUCAAGUGGGGAAAACCUCACUAUGAUGGUGGACUGGAAAUUACAGGAUAUAUUGUUGAGCACAAAAAGGAAGGCGAUGAUGAUUGGAUUAAAGACACAACAGGGACUCUGCUGAGAAUUACUGAAUUUGUUAUUGCAAACCUUCAGCCUGGAGGAAAAUACAGUUUUAGAGUUAGUGCAGUAAAUGCAGAAGGUACUGGAGAACCAGCUCAAGUUGAACAACUUGUUGAAGUUGUGGAUCGAGAAAAAACUCCUGACUUUGAACUCGAUGCAGAACUAAGGAGAACCCUUGUUGUCAGGGCUGGUGGUUCAAUACGUAUCUUUGUGCCAAUAAAAGGUCGGCCAACACCUGAUGUCACCUGGAUGAAAGAGGAAAUACCUCUUAAGGGUCGUGCCCACAUUGAUACCACAGAAUCAUACACUCUCUUAGUUAUCCCCGAAUGUACAAGAAAUGAUGCUGGAAAAUACAUCCUGACAUUAGAAAAUGUUGCUGGGAAAAAAUCUGGAUUCGUAAAUGUUAGAAUUUUGGACUCUCCAGGACCACCUAUUAACCUGAAGCCAAGAGAAAUAACCAAAGACAGUAUUACUCUUCAGUGGGAAAUCCCUGUUAUUGAUGGAGGUUCAAAAAUUACUAAUUACAUUGUUGAGAAACGUGAUUCCACUCGAAAGGCAUAUUCAACCAUCAUUACAAAUUGUCAGAAAUGUUCCUUUAAAGUUCCGAAUCUCACAGAGGGCUCAGAAUAUUACUUCAGAGUAACAGCUGAAAAUGAAUAUGGAAUUGGUGAGCCUGCAGAAACCUCUGAACCAGUUAGAGCAUCUCAAGCACCCACUGCUCCCGAAAGCCUUAAUGUUACAGACAUUGGAAAGGAUUCUGCAACACUUGCAUGGACAAAACCAAAACAUGAUGGAGGUAGCAGAAUUACUGGAUAUGUACUAGAAGCUCAAAGGAAAGGUGCUGAACAAUGGUCACACCUGACAGUUGUGAAAGCUCUUGAUUAUACAGCAAUGCAUUUAACAGAAAAUGAAGAGUAUGUUUUCCGUGUCAUGGCUGUUAACAGCUCAGGACGAAGUGACCCUCGUGAAAGCAGACCUGUAGUUAUUAAGGAACAAACCACUGCACCUUAUUUUGACCUACGGGGAGUAUACCAAAAAGUAGUAAUUGCCAGAGCAGGUGAUAAUGUGAAAGUUGAAAUCCCUGUUCUGGGUCGACCAAAACCAGUUGUCUCUUGGAAGAAAGAAGAUCAAGACCUUAAGCAAACACAAAGAAUAAAUAUUGAAAAUACUCCCACUUCAACUAUAUUAAAUAUAAGUGAAUGCAAAAGGAAAGAUGGUGGACAGUACUCAAUGACAGGAAAGAAUAUUCUUGGAACAGUGACAGAGAUUAUUACAGUUCAAGUACAUGAUAUUCCUGGCCCUCCUAAAGGACCGAUUAAGUUUGAUGAGAUUUCUUGUGACUACAUCAUAUUGUCCUGGGAUUCCCCUGAAAAUGAUGGAGGGGUGCCAAUUAACAAUUACAUUGUUGAAAUGCGGGAAACCACAGGAACAUCAUGGGUUGAAUUAGCUGCUACGGUAAUCCGUACAACUUUUAAAGCUGCUCGUCUUACCACAGGAGUUGAGUAUCAAUUCCGUGUUAAAGCGCAAAACAGAUAUGGAGUUGGACCAUCAAUUAUAUCUGAACCAGUAGUUGCAGCAUAUCCAUUCACAGUGCCAGGACCACCAGAUACUCCACAAGUCAUAGCCUUCACUAAGGACUCCAUGACAAUUACUUGGAAUGAGCCAAACUCUGAUGGUGGUAGCCAUAUUUUAGGAUAUCACAUUGACAGGAAAGAGAAAAAUAGUAUAUUGUGGCAAAAAAUCAGCAAAGCCCUGGUUGUAGGAAACAUUUUCAAAUCUGCAGGACUUACAGAUGGAAUUGCUUAUGAAUUCCGAGUUUCAGCUGAAAAUAUGGCUGGUGUGGGUAAACCGAGCAAAUCAUCAGAGCCAGCAUUCGCUCUUGAUCCAGUAGAUCCACCAGGUCAGCCAGUAGCUAUUAAUAUUACUAGGCAUGAGGUGACACUUCACUGGACAAAGCCUGAAGGUGAUGGUGGGUUCCCUAUUACUGGGUACACAGUGGAAAAGAAAGACUUACCAAAUGGACGCUGGCUUAAGGCAAACUUUGGCAAUAUUCUUGAGACAACCUACACUGUAACUGGACUCAAAGAAGAUGCCUCAUAUGAAUUCCGUGUUAUUGCCCGAAAUUCAGCUGGUGCUAUUAGUAAACCAUCUAAACCAUCUGAAGCAAUUACAUGCAGAGAUGACAUUGAAGAGCCAAGAAUUAAUGUUGAUGCCAAGUUCAGUAAUGUUGUAGUGCUAAAAGCAGGGGAAGUCUUUAAACUUGAAGCUGAUGUUUUGGGCCGACCAUUACCUACAAUGGUUUGGACAAAAGAAGGAAAAGAACUUGAAGAUACUGCAAAAUUAGAAAUCAAAACAACAGACUUCAGUACAGCUUUGAUUAAUAAAGACUCUUCAAGAACAGAUGGAGGUGCUUUCACACUAACUGCCAGUAACCCUGGUGGCUUUGCUAAGUAUGUCUUCAAUGUGAAAGUUCUUGAUAGGCCAGGCCCACCUGAUGGUCCACUUGCUGUUACAGAUGUCACUUCAGAGAAAUGUAUUCUGUCCUGGUUGCCACCUUCACAUGACGGUGGUGCGAAGAUUGAAUAUUACAUAAUUGAAAAGCGUGAAACAAGCAGACUUGCAUGGACUAAUGUAGCAUCAGACUUGCAGGUUAGCCGAUUCAAAGUAACUAAGUUGCUCAAAGGAAAUGAGUACAUCUUUAGAGUCAUGGCAGUUAAUAAGUAUGGUGUUGGUGAACCCCUUGAGUCUGAACCAGUUAUUGCAACUAACCCAUAUGUGCCUUCUGAUCCUCCACAAACUCCUGAAGUAACAACAAUCACUAAGGAUUCAAUGGUUGUUUGUUGGGGACAUCCUGAGAAUAAUGGUGGAAGCAAUAUUUCCAACUACAUCAUUGAAAGAAGAGACAAAACUGGUCUUCGUUGGGUUAAAUGCAACAAAAGAACAGUUACUGAUUUGAGGUACAAGGUAUCUGGACUUACACCAGGACAUGAAUAUGAAUUCAGAAUUAUUGCUGAAAAUGCUGCAGGCUUAAGUAAACAAAGUCCCUCAAGCCCAUUUUACAAAGCCUGUGAUACUAUCUUCCAGCCUGGCCCACCUGGAAAUCCAAGGGUAUUAGACACAACUAAAUCUUCUAUCACUGUCGCAUGGAACAAGCCAGUAUAUGAUGGUGGUUCUGAUAUUACAGGUUAUAUUGUUGAGACCUGCCUUCCAGAGGAGGAUGAAUGGACAAUCGUUACUCCUAAAGAAGGAUUAACAGCUACAUCAUUUACUAUCACUAACUUGAAGGAAAAUCAAGAAUAUAAAAUAAAUAUUUCAGCUCUUAACUGUGAGGGAGUUGGAGAACCUGCCUGUGUUCCUGGAUCACCAAAAUCAGAAGAUAGACAGAUUGCACCAGACAUUGAACUUGAUGCAGAUCUUCGUAAAGUUGUUAACAUCAGAGCUUGUGGCACAUUAAGACUAUUCGUACCCAUAAAGGGAAGGCCUGUUCCUGAAGUGAAAUGGUCCAGAGAAAAUGGAGAACCACUUGACAGAGCAACUAUUGAAAGCACAUCAUCAUUUACAUCACUUCAAGUAGAUAAUGUAAGCAGGUUUGAUAGUGGAAAAUACAUGUUAACAGUAGAAAAUAGCUCGGGAAGUAAGACAGCCUUUGUUAAUGUUAGGGUAUUGGACACUCCUGGAGCACCACAAAAUCUGAAGGUCAAAGAAGUUACCAAAGAGUCGGUAUCAAUCAUCUGGGACCCACCUCUCAUUGAUGGUGGUUCUCGAAUAAGAAAUUACAUUGUAGAAAAACGUGAGUCAGCUAGAAAGGCUUACUCAACAGUUACUACUAGUUGCCAUAAAACAAGCUGGAAAAUCAGCCAGCUGCAGGAAGGAAGCAUGUACUUUUUUAGAGUUUUGGCUGAAAAUGAGUAUGGAGUUGGGCUUCCAGUUGAAACUAGUGAGUCAAUCAAAGUUUCUGAAAAGCCACUUCCCCCUGGCAAAGUCACUGUUCAAGAUGUUACAAGCAACAGUGUUACUCUGACAUGGGAGAGACCAGAUCAUGAUGGAGGCAGCAGAAUUACAGGGUAUAUUGUUGAAAUGCAGAGCAAAGGCAGUGAAAAAUGGACUCAGUGCAUGACUGUAAAAGGCAAUGAAGCAGUUGUUGUAGGUUUAACACAAGGCGAAGAGUACUUGUUCCGUAUAUCAGCAGUAAAUGAAAAAGGAACUAGUGAUCCUCGGCAACUUAAUGUACCUGUCAUUGCCAAAGAUCUUGUGGUUGCUCCGGCAUUCAAACUCUUGUUCUCUACGUUCAGUGUUUUGGCUGGAGAUGACUUGAAGGUAGAUAUUCCCUAUGUUGCUCAUCCAAAAGCUGUUGUAUCAUGGCACAAAGAUGGUGUCCCUCUGAAGGAAACCACUAGAGUUAAUGCUGAGACAACAGACAUGCAUUUGUAUCUUGUUAUCAAAGAGGCCUGCAGAGAAGAUGUUGGGCAAUACACUAUCAAAAUUUCAAACAGUGCUGGAGAAAAUACAGCAGACAUUGGCAUUGUUGUUCUCGAUAAACCAGGUCCACCAACUGGCCCAAUUAAGAUAGAUGAAGUGACUGCUGACAGUAUGAUUUUAUCAUGGCAGCCUCCAGAAUAUGAUGGUGGCUGUUCCAUCAAUAACUACAUUGUUGAAAAGAGAGACACAUCAACUACAAACUGGCAGAUUGUGUCAGCGACUGUAGCCAGAACGACAAUUAAAGCAGCAAGACUGAAGACUGGCACCGAAUAUCAAUUCAGGAUUGCAGCUGAAAACAGAUAUGGAAAGAGUUCUGUUCUUGUCUCUGAGUCAGUGAUUGCUCAAUAUCCAUUUAAACUUCCUGGCCCUCCUGGCGAACCCUCUGUACAAACUUCUUCUAAGGACAGUAUGCUAGUUGUGUGGAACAAGCCUUCUGAUGAUGGAGGAAGCAAAAUAUUGGGAUAUCACUUAGAAAGUAAGGAACGAAACAGUAUUCUUUGGAUUAAGCAAAACAAAACGCUUAUUCAGGACACAAGGUUUAAGGUUACUGGCCUUGAAGAAGGUAUUGAAUAUGAGUAUCGAGUUUAUGCUGAAAAUAUUGUGGGUAUAGGUAAAGCCAGCAAAUUAUCAGAAGUCUGUGUUGCAAGAGAUCCAUGUGACUCUCCAGGCACCCCUGAAGCUGUUAUCAUCACACGAAAUUCUGUUACACUUAGAUGGACAAAGCCAGAGUAUGACGGAGGAAGCAAAAUUACUGGGUACAUUGUUGAGAAGAAAGAGCUUCCUGGAGGUCGCUGGAUGAAGGCUAGUUUCACAAAUAUAAUAGAAACGGAAUUUGUGGUAACGGGUUUGGUUGAGGAGCAGAGAUAUGAAUUCCGUGUCAUAGCAAGAAAUGCAGCAGGUGUUUUCAGUAAUCCAUCUGCAAGUACUGGGGCUAUAACUGCAAAGGAUGAAGUAGAUCCCCCUCACAUCAACAUAGAUUCUCGAUAUACUCAAACAGUUGUUAUAAAAGCAGGGGAAAACUUCAAGAUUGAUGCUGACAUUUCUGGAAAACCUAUACCUACAAUUCACUGGAUGAAAGGAGAUGAAGAACUAGUAAAUACAGCUCGUCUGGAAAUCAAGAACACAGACUUUACUACAACUCUGAGUGUUAAAGAAGCUAUUCGCAUUGAUGGAGGCCAGUACACACUACUGCUGAAGAAUGUUGGUGGACAGAAAUCAGUCCAUGUUAAUGUUAAAGUCUUAGACAGACCAGGUCCACCUGAAGGCCCAGUUUCUGUUUAUGGAGUGACAAGUGAUAAAUGCUCCAUUGCUUGGAAACCACCCCAGCAAGAUGGUGGCAGUGAUGUAUCUCACUACAUUGUUGAAAGGAGAGAAACAAGCAGAUUAGUUUGGACUGUUGUUGAUUCUAAAGUACAGACUCUAAAUUUAAAAAUCACAAAACUUUUGGAGGGAAAUGAGUACAUUUUCCGUGUGAUUCCUGUGAAUAAAUAUGGGAUAGGUGAACCACUUGAAUCCGAGCCAGUGAUUGCAAGAAAUCCAUUUGUAGCCCCUGAUUCACCUACAGCAGUUGAAGUUUCAAAUGUCACAAAAGAUUCUAUGGUUGUUACUUGGGAAAGACCUAUUAAGGAUGGUGGUAGUCCAAUUAUUGGAUAUAUUAUUGAAAAACGAGAUAAAGAAGGCGUGAGGUGGACCAGGUGCAAUAAGCGUACAGUAAGUGAAUUGCGCUUUAGAGUCACUGGACUUCUUGAAAGCCGCAGCUAUGAAUUUAGAGUUUCAGCAGAAAAUGCUGCAGGAAUUGGAGUACCAAGUGCUUCAUCUAUUUACUACAAGGCCUUAGACCCAAUUUUCAAACCAGGCCCUCCAAAUAAUGUUAAAGUGACCGAUGUUUCUCGGACCUCUGUUUUCCUUACAUGGGGUAAACCUAUUUAUGAUGGUGGUUGUGAGAUUCAAGGAUAUAUUGUUGAGGUGUGUGAGGCAACAUCUGAAGAAUGGACAAUGUGUACUCCACCAACAGGCAUUGCACAGACAAGAUUUGAAGUGAAGAAAUUACAAGAAAAACAUGAAUAUAAAUUCAGAGUCUGUGCUGUCAACAAGGCUGGUGUUGGUGAGCAUGCCGAUGUCUCAGGAACAGUCAUUGUAGAAGAAAAGAUGGAAUCACCGGACCUUGACCUUGAUCCUGAACUCAGGAAGAUGAUCACUGUAAGAGCUGGAGGAUCACUAAGAUUAUUCAUUCCACUCCGAGGACGACCUGCCCCUGAAAUUAAAUGGGGAAAAGCUGACGGUGAAAUCAAAGAUACAGCUCAGAUUGACACCACAAGUAGUUAUACAUCUCUUGUGAUCGAACAUGUUGACAGAUUUGACAGUGGGAAAUAUACUGUAACUGCAGAAAAUGCCAGUGGAGUAAAAUCUGCUUUCAUCAGUGUCCGAGUACUUGACACACCAAGUGAACCCAUAAACUUUAGAGUGAAAGAGAUCACAAAGAAUUCUGUAACACUUACAUGGGAACCUCCUGCAUUGGAUGGUGGAGCCAAAAUUAAAAAUUAUAUUGUUGAGAAACGUGAGAGCACAAGAAAGGCAUAUUCGGCUGUUGUCACAAACUGCCAUAAAAUGUCAUGGAAGGUUGAACCCCUUCAAGAGGGCUGCAACUAUUUCUUUAGAGUUCUUGCAGAAAAUGAACAUGGAAUUGGGCUGCCUGCAGAAACAGCUGAACCUCUGAAAGUGUCAGAGGUUCCCCAGCCUCCUGGAAAAAUUACUGUCAUUGAUGUGACACGUAAAAGUGUUACUCUUGCCUGGGAAAAACCUGAACAUGAUGGAGGCAGCAGAAUUCUUUACUAUGUAGUCGAAAUGCAAGCUAAAGAUGCUGAGAAAUGGUCUGUUUGUGCUCAGGUUAAAACACUUGACACUGUUGUCAGCAAUUUAGCUCAGGGAGAAGAAUAUAUCUUCCGAGUUAUGGCAGUUAAUGACAAAGGAAUGAGUGACCCAAGACUGCUUGCUACUCCAGUUCAAGCAAAGGACCUUGUUAUUCCUCCAGAUGUAAAGCCUGCAUUCAGCAAUUACAGUGUACAGGUUGGACAUGAUCUGAAAGUAGAAAUCUACAUUGCUGGGCGUCCUAAACCUAAUAUUAUUUGGACAAAAGAUGGCUCACCUCUUAAACAGACAACAAGAGUUAAUGUUGUUGACAGUGAACAUCACACAACUCUUAAUAUUAAAGAAGCAACAAAAGAUGAUAGUGGUUUAUAUACUGUUUCUGUGUCCAGUGUUCUUGGGCAAAAGGAGGCAACUUUUGAAAUUAUCACACUUGAUAAACCUGGGCCACCAAGUGGCCCAGUAAGGUUGGAAGACAUUAGUGCAGAAAGUAUCACUGUUUCAUGGGAUCCACCAAAGUACACCGGUGGUUGCCAGAUUUCAAACUACAUUGUGGAAAAGAGGGACACAACCACUACUAAUUGGAUGGUGAUUUCUGCCACAGUAGCAAGAACUACACUAAAAGUAACUAAUUUGAAAACAGGGGCAGAAUAUCAGUUUAGAAUAUUUGCAGAAAACCGAUAUGGCAGAAGUUAUGCUAUUGACUCUGAGCCUGUUAUUGCACAGUACCCGUACAAGGAACCAGGCCCACCUGGCACUCCAUUUGUCUCUUCACUGUCAAAGGAUCACAUGGUUGUUGAGUGGCACAAGCCAAUUUCAGAUGGAGGCAGUAGUAUUAUUGGGUAUCAUCUGGAGAGAAAAGAGAAAAACAGUAUUCUUUGGACAAAGAUUAAUAAAACACUUAUUCAGGAUACCCGUUUCAAAACAACUCCUUUAGAAGAGGGUAUUGAAUAUGAGUUCAGAGUGUAUGCUGAGAAUAUUGUUGGAAUUGGAGCCUGCAGCAAAGUCUCUGAAGGCUAUGUGGCAUGUGAUCCAUGUGAUCCACCUGGUAAACCAGAAGCUAUCAUCGUUAAUAGACACUCAGUCACACUCCAGUGGACAAAACCAGAAUACGAUGGAGGCAGUAUGAUUACCGGUUACAUUGUCGAGAAACGAGACCUUCCAGAUGGACGGUGGAUGAAAGCCAGUUUUGCAAACAUUAUUGAAACUCAGUUCACUGUUACUGGUCUAACCGAAGACUCCAAAUAUGAUUUCAGAGUUAUUGCAAAGAAUGCAGCUGGGACUGUUAGCAAGCCAUCUAACAGUACAGGAUCAAUAACUGCAAAGGAUGAAGUUGAGCCUCCAAGAUUUGAAAUUGACCCUGAGUUCAGCCAGGUUGUUGUUGUAAAUGCAGGGGACACAUUUAAACUUCACGCUGAUGUACAAGGAAAGCCUGUACCAACAGCUCUGUGGUUCAAAGGUGAUAAAGAAAUGGAAAACACAGCAAGAUGUGAGAUCAAGAAUACUGACUUCAAAGCAAUAAUUAUCAUUAAGGAUGCAAUAAGAAUUGAUGGUGGCCAAUAUAACUUGCAGCUAAUCAAUGUUGCUGGGACUAAAACUGUGCCAUUCAAUGUUAAGGUCCUGGAUAGACCAGGACCAUCUGAAGGACCACUUACUAUAACUGGAGUAACUUGUGAGAAGUGCACGCUAUCAUGGCUUCCUCCUCGACAUGAUGGAGGCAAUGCUGUUUCUCACUAUAUCAUUGAGAAGAGAGAAACUAGCCGUCUUGCUUGGACUGUAGUUGCUAAUGACUGUAGAGCUACUAUGUUUAAAGUAACAAAACUUUUAAAGGGAAAUGAAUACAUUUUCCGUGUAAUGGCUGUGAACAAGUAUGGUGUUGGUGAACCACUUGAAUCAGCACCUGUGAUAAUGAAAAAUCCAUUUGUUCCACCUGGUCCACCACAGGAACUUGAAGUAACGAACAUUACAAGAGACUCAAUGACUGUUUGCUGGAUCAGACCUCUGUCUGAUGGAGGGAGUGAAAUUGUUGGUUACAUUAUAGAGAAAAGAGAUAGAGCUGGAGUCAGAUGGACAAAAUGCAAUAAACGCAGAGUCACAGAUCUACGCUUCAGAGUAACAGGUCUGACAGAAGAUCAUGAAUAUGAGUUUCGGUUAUCUGCAGAAAAUGCAGCAGGAGUUGGACAACAGAGUCCACCAACUCUAUAUUAUAAAGCCUGUGAUCCAGUGUUCAAGCCUGGUCCUCCAACUAAUGUGCAUCUACUUGAUACCACCAAAAAUUCAGUUUUGAUUGCUUGGAGCAAGCCAAUUUAUGAUGGUGGUUGUGAUAUUCAGGGAUAUAUUGUGGAGAUCUGCAAAGUGGAUGAAGAGGAAUGGACAAUGUGCACACCACCAACUGGCCUGACUGUCAGUAUAUUUGAAAUUACUAAACUUGUUGAACAUCAAGAAUAUAAGAUUCAAAUAUGUGCCAUCAACAAAGUAGGAGUUGGUGAACCAGCAUCUCUACCUGGCACUGCAAAGCCCGAAGAUAAAAUGGAGGCUCCAGAAAUUGAACUUGAUUCUGAACUACGAAAAGGUAUUGUGGUCCGUGCUGGAGGGUCCAUGAGGAUCAAUAUACCUUUCAAAGGGAGACCAGUUCCAGAGAUUAGCUGGUCCAAAGAUGAAGGGGAAAUACCGACUAGAGCACAGAUUGAGAAAGGUCCAGAUUUCACUCAGCUUUCAAUUGAUAUCUGUGACAGAAAUGAUGCUGGAAAAUACACCCUAAAUUUAGAAAAUAGCAGUGGAUCCAAGUCUGCAUUUGUGUCUGUCAAGGUAUUGGAUACACCAGGAGCACCCCUGAAUCUUGAAGUGAAGGAUAUUACUAGGGAUUGUGUUACUCUUGUAUGGGAGCCACCACUUAUUGAUGGAGGAGCAAAGAUUAAAAAUUAUGUGAUUGACAAACGUGAGUCAAACAGACCUGCAUACUCAAAUGUUACUACCAAAUGCACCAAGACAAGCUUCAGAGUAGGGAAUCUCACUGAGGGAGGCAUUUAUUACUUCAGAGUUAUGGCUGAAAAUGAAUUUGGAGUUGGCCUACCUGUAGAAACUCAGGAUGCAGUGAAAGUAUCUGAAGCUCCCUUGUCUGUAGGAAAGGUCACUUUGAUUGAUGUGACUAAAUCAAGUGCGUCGUUGGCAUGGGAAAAGCCAGACUAUGAUGGUGGUAGCAGAAUUAUUGGCUACUUAAUUGAAAUGCAGCCAAAAGGAACAGAAGAAUGGGUGGUUGCAACAACAUCAAAGACAUGUGAAGGCACUGUUACAGGGCUGAGUUCUGGCCAGGAGUACCUUUUCCGUGUUGUUGCUUAUAAUGAUAAAGGAAAGAGUGAUCCAAGGCCUUUAGCUACUCCCGUUGUUGCCAAAGACAUAACCAUUGAACCAAAAUUUAAACUGACAUUCAACACAUACAGUGUUCUAUCUGGUAAUGAUCUCAAAAUUGAAAUCCCAGUAAUUGGACGUCCAAAGCCCAAGAUCACUUGGAAUAAAGAUGGGCAACCACUGAAGGAGACUACAAGGGUUAAUAUUUCUACCAUACCAAAUGCAACAGGCCUUUGUAUAAAAGAAGCAAACAGAGAUGAUUCUGGAAAGUAUGCAGUAACUGCUGUGAACAGCACUGGGACAGUAACAGAGGAAAUAGUUAUUAUUGUUCUUGAUAAGCCUGGCCCACCAGCUGGACCUGUGAAAAUUGAUGAAGUAAGUGCUGACUUUGUAACAAUCUCAUGGGAACCACCAAUUUAUACAGGAGGUUGUCAAAUAAACAACUAUAUUGUCGAAAAACGAGAGACAACAACCACAAACUGGCAGACUGUCUCUGCAACUAUUGCAAGGACAACUAUCAAAAUUUUAAAGCUGAAAACAGGUUCAGAAUAUCAGUUCCGGGUUUUUGCUGAAAACAGAUAUGGAAAAAGUUCUUCACUGGACUCAGUACCAGUUAUGGUGCAGUAUCCUUACAAAGUACCGGGUCCACCAGGUACCCCAUUUGUUUCAUCAGUAACAAAGGACCACAUGCUUAUUGAAUGGAAACCACCAAUUAGCAAUGGUGGAACUGAUAUUAUUGGUUACCAUCUUGAACGGAAAGAAAAAAAUAGCAUUUUGUGGACUAAAUUGAACAAGAUUCUCAUUGCUGACAAUCGAUUUAAGACAAAUGACCUUGAAGAAGGUAUUGAAUAUGAAUACAGAGUGUACGCUGAAAACAUUGUUGGCAUUAGUGUUCCAAGUAAGGUUUCUGAAUGCUAUGUUGCCCGUGACCCCUGUGAUCCACCUGGAACCCCUGAAGCUAUAGUUAUCACAAGAAACUAUGUCACACUUAAAUGGACAAAGCCUCAGUAUGAUGGUGGUAGUAAAAUCACAGGAUACAUUGUUGAAAGGAAGAAGCUACCUGAUGGUCGCUGGAUGAAAGCUAGCUUUACUAACAUUAUUGACACAGAAUUUACUAUCACAGGGUUAACAGAAGAGCAACGGUAUGAGUUCAGAGCCAUUGCAAAGAAUGCAGCAGGCAUUUUCAGUGAACCCUCUGAAAGUACUGGACCAAUUACUGCUAAAGAUGAAAUUGAAGCUCCCACAGCUUCAAUGGAUUCAAAGUUUAAGGAUGUUAUUGUGGUUAAUGCAGGAGAAACUUUUACAAUUGAUGCUGACAUUUUUGGAAAGCCAGUGCCUGAUAUUAUAUGGCUAAAAGAUGGAAAAGAAAUUGAUAAGGCAACUCCAAGAAUGGAAGUUAAAACGACCCUACAGCGAACAGUGCUGACAGUGAAGGAUUGCAUUAGAGUUGAUGGUGGACACUAUGUUCUUAGCCUUAACAAUGUUGGUGGAACAAAAACUAUACCUGUAAAUGUAAAAGUUUUAGAUAGACCUGGUCCACCUGAUGGCCCUCUUAAAGUCACUGGUAUCACUGCAGAGAAAUGUUAUCUUUCCUGGAACCAUCCUUCACAUGAUGGAGGCGCUAGUGUUUCUCAUUAUAUUAUUGAGAAGAGAGAAACUAGUAGGUUGUCAUGGACUGUAGUUCAACCUAAAAUUCAAGCUGUAAGUUACAAAGUGACCAAACUAUUACCUGGAAAUGAGUAUAUCUUCAGAAUUAUGGCAGUUAACAAAUAUGGAGUAGGUGAAGCACUUGAAUCUGAGCCAGUGUUAGCAUGCAAUCCAUUCAAACCACCAAGUGCACCAUCAGUACCUGAAGCUAGUGCUAUAACUAGAGAUUCUAUGGUUCUUACAUGGGAACGGCCUGAAUAUAAUGGAGGGUCUGAAAUUGAGGGCUAUAUCCUAGAGAAGCGAGACAAAGAAGGCAUCCGAUGGACAAAAUGCAAUAAGAAGAGAUUGAAUGACUUACGAUUUAGAGUAACUGGACUUACUGAUGGUCAUUACUAUGAGUUUCGUGUUUCUGCUGAAAAUGCUGCUGGUGUGGGAGAGCCUAGCAAACCGUCAGAACUCUACAAAGCUUGCGAUGCUAUAUACCCACCUGGACCUCCAAACAAUCCUAAAGUAACUGACUACUCAAGUACCUCUGUCUCUCUUGCUUGGAGCAAACCUAUUUACGAUGGUGGUGCACCAAUAAAGGGAUACAUUGUUGAGAUGAAAGAAGUUGCUGAAGAUGAGUGGACUACAUGCACACCUCCUACUGGUGUAGAAACAACUCAAUACACAAUAAAACAAUUAAAAGAAAAUGCUGAGUACAACUUCCGCAUCUGUGCUCUAAAUGUUGAAGGAGUUGGAGAACAUGUUGAUGUUCCUGGGUCUGUGGUUGCAGCUGAAAAACUUGAAGCACCAGAGAUUGAUUUAGAUGCAGAGCUCCGGAAAGUUGUCUCCGUACGAGCAAGUGGAACCCUUCGCUUGUUUGUCACGAUCAAAGGAAGACCCGAACCUGAGGUUAAAUGGGCAAAGGUGGACAGUGCCAUGGCUGAGCGUGCGCAAAUUGAAGUAACAAGUUCAUACACUAUGCUUGUUAUUGACAAUGUCAACAGAUUUGAUAGUGGAAAAUAUGUUUUGACCCUUGAAAAUAACAGUGGUACAAAAUCAGCAUUUGUCAAUGUUAGAGUGCUAGACUCACCAAGUGAACCUCUUAAUUUUGAAGUCAAAGAUGUCAAGAGAGAUUCAGUAACACUUUCUUGGGAGCCUCCUCUAAUUGAUGGUGGAGCAAAGAUAACCAAUUACAUUGUGGAGAAACGUGAAUCUUCAAGAAUGGCAUACACCACUGUUACAAACAAUUGCAUCAGGAAUUCAUUUAAAGUUGAUGAGUUACAAGAAGGACAUAUCUACUACUUCCGUGUUCUGGCUGUCAAUGAACAUGGUGUAGGUUUGCCAACAGAAACAAAAGAUCCAGUCAAAGUAUGCGAGGCACCUUUGGCACCAGGCAAAGUUACGCUUGUGGAUGUAACUCGAAAAAGUGUUACUCUUUCUUGGGAAAAACCAGAUCAUGAUGGUGGCAGCAAAAUCACAAGCUACAUAAUAGAGAUGCAAACUAAAGGCAGCGAUAAAUGGACUGUAUGUGCCACAGUUAAAGGACUAGAGACAACCAUUGAUGGUCUAACAUCAGGUGAAGAAUAUUCUUUCAGAAUCAUUGCUGUGAAUGACAAGGGAAAAAGUGAUCCCAAGCCACUUGGAGUAUCUGUGAUUGCAAAAGAUAUUCAGAUUGAGCCUGUCAUUGAUUUGUUAUUCAACACUUACAGUGUGAGGGCUGGAGAUGACCUCAAAAUUGAUGUUCCAUUUAGAGGUAGACCACUACCAGAGGUAUCAUGGAAAAAAGAUGGUCAUUCUUUGAAACAAACAACUAGAGUGAAUGUUCUAUCAUCUAAGACCUCAAGCAAAAUUGUAAUUAAAGAUGCUACAAGGGAAGAUGCUGGAAAAUAUGAAAUUACUUUAACCAACACAAUUGGCACUAAAUCAGCUGAAAUAAAUAUUGUUGUCCUUGACAAACCUGGUCCACCAGGUGCAAUCAGAGUAGAUGAAGUUAGUGCUGACAGUAUAUCAUUAUCCUGGGAUCCACCAGAUUAUGAUGGUGGUUGCCAAAUCAAUAACUAUGUGGUAGAGAAAAGAGACACUACUACAACAACAUGGCAAAUUGUUUCAGCCACUGUUGCCAGAACUUCAAUUAAAGUUUCCCGUUUGAUCCAAGGUUCUGAAUAUCAGUUCCGUGUUUGCUCAGAGAACCGUUAUGGAAGGAGCCACUUUGUAGAUUCAUCACCAGUUAUUGCCCAGUAUCCAUUCAUGUUGCCUGGUCCACCUGUAAAUGUACGUGUUGCUGAGGCAACCAAGACGCACAUGCUUGUUACAUGGAAUAGACCAGCUAGUGAUGGUGGAAGUGCAAUCCUUGGAUACCACUUGGAAUGUAAAGAACCAAGCAGCAUUCUCUGGACAAAGAUUAACCGAGGUCUUAUUACAGAUACACAGUUUAAAGUAUCUGGCAUUGAAGAGGGCUUGUUCUAUGAAUACCGUGUUUAUGCAGAAAACAUUGCAGGUAUUGGGAAAUGCAGUAAUGCAUCUGAACCUGUGGCAGCAAGAGAUCCAUGUGAUCCUCCUGGUCAACCUACAGUCACAAACAUCACUAGAACAUCAGUUUCAUUGUCUUGGACAAGGCCUGAGUAUGAUGGUGGGGCUAAGGUCACAGGUUACAUAAUUGAAUGCAAGGAGCUUCCAGAUGGCAGAUGGCUGAAAUGCAAUUUCACUAAUGUCCAAGAAACAUAUUUUGAUGUUACAGGCCUUACAGAGGAUCAGCGAUAUGAUUUCCGAGUCAUUGCAAAGAAUGCUGCUGGGCUGUUCAGUGAGCCAUCUGAUAGCACAGGCCCUGUCACUGUGAAGGAUGAUGUUGAUCCACCAACCAUCAUGAUGGAUGACAGGUUCAGACAGUUAGUAGUUGUGAAAGCUGGAGAUGUCCUCAAAAUCAAUGCAGAUAUUGCAGGCCGGCCACAUCCAGUAGUUUUAUGGGCUAAAGAUGGAAAAGAAAUUGAAGCUAAAGCUAGAGUUGAGAUCUCCUCUUCAAACUUCUGCACUACUAUAAUUGUCAAGGAUUGCAUCAGAAGAGAUUCUGGGCAAUAUGUUUUAACUUUACAAAAUGUUGCUGGAACAAGAUCAGUAGCAGUAAACUGUAAAGUGCUUGAUCGGCCAGGACCUUCAGCUGGACCACUUCAGGUAACUGGCCUAACUGCCGAAAAAUGCACUUUGUCCUGGGGCCCACCUCAAGAAAAUGGUGGUGCAGAAGUUUCCCACUACAUUGUGGAGAAGCGUGAAACAAGUCGUCUUACAUGGACAUUAGUAUAUGGCGAUAUGAAAGCUACAACAUGCAAAGUUACCAAACUUCUCAGGGGCAAUGAGUACAUAUUUAGGGUUUUGGGUGUGAACAAAUUUGGAGUUGGUGAACCUCUUGAAAGUGAUCCUGUUAAAGCUGUGGAUCCAUUUACAGUCCCACCUGCACCCACAAAUGUUGAAGUUACAAGUGUAACAAGUGAGGCAAUGACAAUAUGCUGGGAAAGACCUGCUUCUGAUGGAGGUAGUGAAAUUCUUGGUUAUGUAAUUGAAAAGUGUGAGAAGUCAGGUCUGCGUUGGGUUCGUGUAAACAAAAAACCUGUGUAUGACCUAAGAGUUAAAGCUUCCAAUUUACGGGAAGGAUGUGAAUAUGAGUUCCGUGUUUAUGCAGAAAAUGCUGCUGGUUUAAGUCUUCCAAGUCAACCCUCAUCUCUAACUAAAGCUGAAGACCCACAGUUCUUUCCAUCCCCACCUACUAAGCCAAAAAUAAUUGAUUCAACCAAGAGCUCUAUCACAAUUGGAUGGUGUAAACCAUUGUUUGAUGGAGGAGCACCAAUCACUGGAUACAGUGUGGAAUACAAGAAAACUGAAGAUGAAGACUGGACGGUUGCUGUUCAAAAUACAAGGAAUACAGAAUAUACUGUUGUUGGACUGACAUCUGGAGCAGAAUAUGUGUUCGUUGUAAAAUCUAUUAACAAGAUUGGACUUAGUGAUCCAAGCCCUGCAUCUGACCCUCAAGUUGCAAAGGAGAGAGAAGAAGAGCCAGUUUUUGAGGUUAGCAACGAGAUGCGCAAGACUUUGAUUGUCAAGGAUGGUAGCUCCUUUACCUUGACUGUGCCAUUUAGGGGAAAGCCAGUGCCCAAUGUGAUGUGGAAUAAAGCUGAUGUUGAUCUUAGAGUAAGAGCUUCAAUUGACACAAGUGAUACCUGCACAUGUAUUACGGUAGAAAAAGCAACAAGAAAUGAUUCUGGAAAGUAUACUGUGACAUUACAGAAUGUUGCUGGGACAUCCACUUUGACACUGGUUGUUAAGGUACUUGACUCUCCUGGGCCACCUUCACAUGUUGAGAUCAAGGAAGUCACUAAAAACUCAGCGACAGUGACAUGGGAUGCACCAGAAAAUGAAGGGGGUGCUCCUGUUAAAAACUACCAUGUUGAUAUACGAGAGGCAAAUAAAAUGGGAUGGACAAAAAUCACUGACAGCUGUCACCGCUUGACUUAUAAAGUUACGGAAUUGCAAGAGGGAGGGGUAUACUAUUUCAGAGUUACUGGUGAAAAUGAAUAUGGACUUGGUGUGCCCUCUGAAACCAAAGAAGGAACAAAGAUUACAGAAAAACCAAGUCCUCCUCCUAAACUUGGAGUUACUGAUGUCACAAAGGAUAGUGUCUCACUAGCAUGGUGUAAACCAGAACAUGAUGGAGGGAGCAGAAUAACCAGCUACUUGAUUGAAGCUCUUGAAAAAGGCCAGGAUAAGUGGGUGAAAUGUGGUGUGACCAAAGCUACACACUUUGCAGUCUAUGGCCUGAGAGAAAACGUAGAAUAUUUCUUCAGAGUCCGUGCUGAAAACCAUGCUGGCCUCAGUGAACCCAAAGAAAUGAUUCUUCCAGUAGUUGUAAAAGAACAGCUUGAAUCACCAGAGAUUAACAUGAAGGACUUCCCACACAAUACUGUAUAUGUCAAAGCAGGGUCGAACUUAAAGUUUGAAAUUCCUGUUACUGGUAAACCACUUCCAAAAGUUUCACUAUCAAAGGACAAUGUUGUUGUGAAAUCUACAAUUAGAUUCAACUCUGAAGUAACUCCUGAAGGCCUCAUUGUCACUCUUCGGGAAAGCAUUGCUCAUGAUGCAGGCAGGUAUGACAUUACUGCCUCUAAUUCAAGUGGAACAACAAAGUCCUUUGUUAACAUUGUAGUACUGGAUAGACCAAGUCCUCCUCUUGGUCCAGUUGAAAUUAGCGACAUCACUGAAGACAGUGUGAGUCUCAAGUGGCUUCCUCCUAUGUAUGAUGGUGGCAGCCCAGUUACUAACUUUAUUGUACUCAAACGUGAGACAACCACUGCUAAUUGGACAGAAGUAUCAUCUGCAGUAGCAAGAGGAACAAUAAAGAUCAUGAAGUUGACAACAGGGGAGGAGUAUCAGUUUAGAAUCAAGGCUGAGAAUCGCUUUGGCAUCAGUGAUCAUCUGGAUUCUCCAGCUGUCAGAGUGGAACUGCCAUAUACAAUCCCUGGACCUCCAUCAACACCAUGGGUGACAUCAGUAACAAGGGAAAGUAUCACCGUAAACUGGAAGGAACCUGUGUCAGAUGGAGGAAACCAUGUGUUUGGAUAUCACUUACAGAUGAAAGACAGAAAUAGCAUCUUAUGGCAGAAGGUUAACAAAACUGUUAUCCGAGCUACACAUUUCAAAGUAACAAACGUCAGCCCUGGUCUGAUCUAUGAAUUCAAAGUUGCAGCAGAAAAUGCAGCUGGCAUUGGUGAAAUCAGCAAAGCAUCUGAUGCAGUACUUGCUAUUGAUGCAUGUGAACCUCCAGUGAAUGUACGUAUUUCUGACAUUACAAAGAAUUCCAUCAGCCUUGUCUGGGAAAAGCCACCAUAUGAUGGUGGUAGCAAGAUUACUGGGUACAUUAUUGAGAGCAGAGAGUCACCAAAGGGGAGAUGGUCAAAGGCCAACUUAACCAAUAUUGCUGACACAAAAUUCACAGUGUCAGGUUUGAACCAGGAUGAGUCCUAUGAAUUCAGAGUCUUUGCAAGGAAUGCAGUUGGCUCUGUCAGCAACCCAUCUCUUACUGCUGGUCCAGUCACAUGUGUUGAUACAUAUGGUGCCCCUGAGAUUGACAUACCACCAGAGUACUUGGAUGUUGUCAAAUAUAAGGCAGGAACUGAUGUUCAUCUGAAGCUUGGAAUUAUUGCAAAGCCACGACCAACUAUUGAAUGGUAUAAAGAUGGGAAGGAACUGAAAUCUAAUGCACAGCUGUCAAUUGUGAGCACUAAAGAUGACUCUAGCAUUUUCAUCAAGGAUGUUAGUCGGCUAAACAGUGGAACAUAUGAAAUGAAAAUCAAGAAUUCUUUGGGAUCCACAUCUGCAGCAAUCAGAGUUCAGAUAUUAGACAAACCAGGACCUCCUGUUGGAUCUAUACAAUUCAAGACCAUCACUGCAGACAAGAUUACCAUAAUGUGGGAUCCUCCAGUAGAUGAAGGAGGUGCAGUGGUCACCCACUACAUUGUGGAAAAACGAGAAACAAGCAGAGUAAUGUGGUCUAUCAUAUCAGAAAAACUGGAAGAAUGCAUUGUAUCUGUACAAAGGCUGAUUAAAGGAAAUGAGUACAUUUUCCGUGUAAGGGGUGUAAACAAGUAUGGAGUUGGAGAUCCUUUGGAGUCUGAACCUGUUGUUGCAAAGAAUUCAUUUGUGACCCCUGGAAAACCCACUAAGCCUUCAGUAACAAUGAUUACCAGGUCAACAAUGACAGUGAUAUGGGAGAGACCAGGUGAAGAUGGUGGCAGUGAUAUUGAUGGAUAUUACUUAGAAAAACGUGAAAAGAAGAGCCUAAGCUGGUUUAAAGUCAUCAAAGAUCCCAUUCGUGAUACAAGACAGAAAGUUCAAAAUCUGACAGAGGGAAAUGAGUAUCAGUAUCGUGUUUGUGCUAUCAAUAAAGCUGGAGCAGGACCUUACUCAAAUGUGUCUGACUUCUACAAAGCAAAUGACCCAGUUGACCCUCCAAGUGAACCCACUAAACUUAAAGUUGUUGAUUCAACCAAGACAUCCAUUACGCUUGGAUGGGUGAAGCCUGUGUAUGAUGGAGGCAGUGAGAUUACUAGCUACAUUGUUGAGCAGAGAGUGUCUGAUGAGCAAGACUGGGUUGUUAUUAGCUCCCGAGAUGAAGUGAGAACCACAGAGUAUGUUGUGUCUCAUCUUAAACCUGGGAUCUACUAUUUCUUCCGUGUCUCUGCUGUUAACUGUGUUGGAGCUGGACAACCAAUAGAGAUGGGCCAACCUGUACAAGCUAAAGAUAUUCUUGAGGAAGCUGACAUUGAUCUCGAUGUUACAAUGACAACUCAGUAUACGAUCAAGGCAGGAAGAGAUCUUGAAAUCAUUAUUCCACUGAAGGGAAGACCUGCACCAAAUGUCACUUGGAGAAAGGCAGACAAGAACAUUAGCAGUGAUCCAAAGUACAACAUUCAUAAUACUGAAUCAUCAACUGCUCUUGUGAUUCCAAAGGUCACCCGAGAUGACUCAGGCAAAUAUCUUCUAGAGAUUGAAAAUGGUGUAGGUGAACCCAAGUCAAUUACUGUAUCUGUUAAAGUACUCGACACUCCAUCAGCUUGCCAGAAACUAGUAGUGAAAAAUGUUACUCGUGGCAAGGCCACAUUGAGCUGGGAGCCACCUCUUAUAGAUGGUGGAUCUCAAAUCACAAAUUAUAUCAUUGAGAAGAGAGAUGCAACAAAAAGAGCUUACUCCAGCGUGACUACUGAGUGCUCGAACACAACAUAUAAAAUUGAAGACCUCUCUGAUGAAAUAUGCUACUUCUUCCGUGUUUCUGCUGAGAAUGAAAAUGGAGUCGGUGAUCCAUGUGAGACAGCAGAGCCUGUAAGGGCCACAGAAACACCUGGUCCUGUAAAAGAUCUCGUCAUGAAAGAUACCACCAAAUCAUCUGUAAUACUACAUUGGACAAAACCUGAUCAUGAUGGUGGAAGUCACAUAACUGAUUAUGUAAUUGAGAAAAAAGCAAGGGAUGAAAAACAGUGGACAGUAGCUGGCACCUCUAAACGGUGUCUCUAUGAGGUAACAAAUCUUAAUGAAUUUACAGUCAUGGAUUUCCGAGUCUUUUCCAGGAAUGAGAAGGGGCAAAGUGACUUUUCACAAAUUGGGCCUAUCACAGUGCAAGACUUAAUUAUCCCGCUGAAAGCAAACCUUGCAGACUAUCCAGGAGGUGAAGUCAGUGUACGUAUUGGACAAAAUGUAAAUAUUGAACUCCCAUACAUGGGUAAACCAAAACCAGCCAUUCGGUGGUUUAAAGAUGAUAUUCCACUAAAAGAGAGUGAGCAGGUACGCUUCAAGUUGACUGAGAACAAAGCUGCUUUUACAAUUAGGAAUGUAAGAAAAGAUAAUGCGGGGAAAUACACACUGACACUUGAUAACAAAAUUAGUAAAGAAUCAUUCCACAUUCAAGUUGUCACUCUCGGUCCACCAUCUCCCCCUAUUGGACCCAUACGGUUUGAUGAAAUCAAAGCACAAAGCAUUAUUAUAUCCUGGGAUCAACCAAUUGAUGAUGGUGGAGGAGAAAUAACAUGCUACAGUGUGGAGAAAAGAGAAACUUCUCAUGCAGCUUGGAAAAUGGUUUGCUCAAGUGUAGUUAGGACAACAUUUAAAAUACCAAACUUGGUUAAAGGAACAGAAUACCAAUUCAGAGUACGUGCAGAAAAUAAAUACGGAGUAAGUGAAGCUCUGACUUCGCAAGAUGUCAUUGCACAACAUCAGUACAAACCACCAGGACCUCCAGGAAAGCCUGUUGUUUAUAAUGUCACAAGUGAUGGAAUGACAGUUCAGUGGGAUGCACCUGCAUAUGAUGGUGGUUCACCAAUUACUGGCUAUCAUGUGGAGAAGAAGGACAGGAACAGCCUCCUCUGGACAAAAGUAAAUUCUUCUGUGAUCUCUGGAAGAGAUUACAGAAUCAUUGGUCUUAUUGAAGGUCUGGAAUAUCAGUUCCGAGUAUAUGCACAGAAUAAUGCUGGUUUGAGUAUUGCCAGUGAAACAAGUAAGCACACUCUAGCAAUAUCUCCAGUCGAUCCCCCAGGCACACCAAAUUGCAUUGAUGUGACAAGAGAAUCUGUUACGCUGAAAUGGAGUGCUCCGGAACGUGAUGGAGGCAGUAGAAUUGUUGCCUACAGCGUUGAGAGACGCCAAGGAAGGGGCCGUUGGUUAAGAUGCAACUUUAUUGAUAUUAGUGAAUGCCAGUUCACAGUGACAGGUCUUGCAGCUGGAGAUCGAUAUGAGUUCAGAGUAAUUGCAAGAAAUGCUGUAGGCACUGUUAGUCCACCGUCACAGUCCUCUGGGUAUAUAAUGACCAAAGAUGAAAGCAUUUCUCCAAGCAUCGAGUUCAGUGCAGAGAAAUGUCUUACAGUUAAAGCAGGAGAAAAUAUCACAAUUAAUGUCAAUAUCACUGGGCGACCUGUACCACAAGUAACAUGGUACAAGGAUGGAAAAGAAAUUGACAAAAAGAUGAUGAUUGACAUCACAACAACCAUUGGAUCAAGCACUCUCUUCAUCAGAGAUUCUGACCGUGAUCACCGUGGAAUAUAUACUGUUGAAGCUAAAAAUAGCUCUGGAACCAAGAAGGAGGAUAUUCUUGUCAGAGUCCAAGAUACACCUGGGCCACCUCACGGACCAAUACGAUUCACAAAUAUCUCAGCUGAGAAAGCAACAAUAUGGUGGAGUCCUCCUGACAAUGAUGGCUGUGCUGCCAUUACUCAUUACGUUAUUGAAAAGCGUGAAACAUCAAGAAUUUCCUGGGCCCUCGUGACAGACAAGUGUGACGCCUGCUCUUUCAAUGCCACAAAACUGAUCCAAGGCAAUGAGUACCAGUUCCGUGUUUCUGCAGUCAACAAAUUUGGUGUUGGUAGACCACUGGAUUCUGAUGCCAUUAUUGCACAAAUGCAAUUCACUGUACCGGAAGCUCCUGGUACCCCUGAUGCAACCCAUGUGACUGGCGAUAGCAUUACACUUACAUGGACAAGACCAAGAUCAGAUGGGGGAAAUGAAAUUAAGCAUUAUAUUCUGGAAAGACGUGAGAAGAAGAGCCUAAGAUGGGUGAAGGUUUCAUCUAAGAGGCCCAUCACUGAGCUUAGAUACAGGGUAACAAACCUUACUGAAAGCAAUGAGUACGAAUUCCGUGUAAUGGCUGAAAAUAGUGCUGGAAUAGGACCAGCAAGCAGCACAUCAAGACUUUUUAAAUGCAGAGAGCCAACAAGUCCUCCCAGUGCUCCAACUGUAGUGAAGGUCACAGAUUCAACAAAAACUUCUGUCAGCUUGGAAUGGACAAAACCUGUAUUUGAUGGGGGUAUGGAGAUCAUAGGCUAUAUCAUUGAGAUGUGCAAGGCCAGCUUAGAAGAAUGGCACAGAGUUAACUCAUCAACAUGCAUCAACACGAAUUACACAGUUACUGAUCUGGAAGCUGGUGAAGAAUAUAAAUUCCGUGUGUGUGCUGUUAAUGGAGCUGGAAAAGGAGAAACAUCUGAGAUUCCUAAUUCAGUGAAAACUGUGGACAGGCUUACUUCCCCAGAAAUUGACAUUGAUGCAAAAUUCAAACAAACACAUAUUGUGAAGAAUGGAGGGACUGUUUGUCUUCAUAUUGCCUUCAGAGGAAAACCAGCUCCCCUUGCAACAUGGGCAAAGGUAGAUGGAGAGCUUGGGGUGAUGGUUGAUAUCAAUACUACAGAGACCUAUAGUACCCUGACCAUUGAGAACUGCACAAGAUAUGAUGCUGGAAAAUAUACACUCAGUCUUGAAAACAACAGUGGCCGCAAAUCUAUUACAUUUACUGUAAAGGUGCUAGAUACGCCAGGGCCACCAGGACCUAUCACAUUCAAGGAUGUAACAAGAGGAGCUCUGACACUGAUGUGGGAUGCCCCAACGAAUGAUGGAGGAGCCCGUAUUCAGCAUUAUAUUGUUGAGAAACGUGAGGCUAGCCGCCUUAGUUGGCAGGAAGUAAGUACCAAAUGCUCUCGUCAAAUACUGAGAGUUACCAAUCUUGCAGCAGGCAUUCCAUACUUAUUUAGAGUUAUAGCAGAAAAUCAGUAUGGCCAGGGUGAACCAUAUGAAAUGUCAGAUCCUGUCAUUGCCACUGAAGAACCUGCUCCACCAAAAAGACUGGAUAUCAUUGAUACAACAAAUUCCACAGCCACUUUAGCCUGGUUAAAACCUGAGCAUGAUGGUGGAAGUCAUAUCACAGGCUAUGUUGUUGAAACAAGAGCUAAAGGCUCAGAUCAUUGGGUUUUUGGAGGUCAAACAAAAUCUUUGCACUUGGUUAUCGAAGGCCUUGUUGAGAAUACAGAGUAUGAAUUUCGUGUCAAGGCUAAGAAUGAUGCUGGCUUCAGUGACCCGCGGGAAGCUUUUGCCUCUGUAAUCAUCAAAGAGCCUCGCAUUGAGCCAACUGCUGAUCUUAGUGGUAUCACUAAUCAGCUCAUUACAUGCAAAACUGGAAGCACUUUUACCAUUGAUGUUCCAAUCAGUGGGAGACCAGCUCCUAAGGUAACUUGGAAACUUGAAGAAAUGAGACUGAAAGAAACUGAUAGGAUAUCAGUGAAGACCACCAAGGAAAGGACCACACUGUCAGUGAAAGAUUGUAUAAGAGGUGAUAGUGGAAAAUAUUACCUUAUUCUUGAAAAUGUCGCAGGCGCUAAGACCUUUACUGUCACUGUCAAUGUUGUUGGAAGACCUGGUCCUCCCACUGGGCCUGUUGAAGUUUCAUCAGUUUCUUCUGAGUCUUGUGUGCUGACAUGGGCAGAACCUGAAGAUGAUGGUGGUACUGAUGUCACCAACUACAUUGUGGAAAAACGUGAAUCUGGUUCAGCCACAUGGCAACUUGUGAACUCCAGCGUGAAACGCACAACUAUUAAAGUCACUCAUCUUACCAAAUACAUGGAGUACACUUUCCGUGUCUGUGCUGAGAACAGAUUUGGUGUGAGCAAACCAAUUGAAUCUCAGGCCAUUGUGGCUGAGCAUCCUUUUGUUCCUCCAAGUCCACCGUCUCGACCAGAAAUAAUAUCCGUUACUGCAAAUGCUAUGACUAUUUGCUGGGAGGAGCCAUAUCAUGAUGGCGGCAGUAAAGUGACUGGAUACUGGAUUGAGAAGAAAGAGCGCAACACCAUCCUUUGGGUCAGGGAGAAUAAGAUUCCAUGCUUGGAGCGCCACUUCAAAGUGUCCUCACUCAUUGAAGGCCUUGAAUAUCAGUUCAGGGUUUAUGCAAUGAACAUUGCUGGCUUGAGCAAAGCUAGUGAAGCCUCAAGACCAGUAGUAGCUUUGAAUCCUGUUGAUCCACCUGGUAAACCAGAAGUUACGGACGUUACCAAAUCCACUGUAUCAAUCAAAUGGACAGAACCAUUAAAUGAUGGUGGCAGCAAGAUUGUAGGAUACAUAGUUGAACGCAAGCUUUUCAGUGAUGAAGGAGAAGGUCGUUGGCUAAAGUGCAACUAUACAACCAUCACAGAAACUUACUUCACUGUAGCAUCACUAGGGGAUGGAGAUAUCUACGAGUUUCGUGUCAUUGCAAAGAAUGGAGCUGGAGUACACAGUAUGCCCUCAGAAUCAACAGGACCAGUCACAUGCAAGGAUGAAUACACUCCUCCGAGGGCAGAGCUUGAUGACAAACUUGUUGGCGAGACGGUCACAAUCAGAGCUGGGUCUGACCUUGUUCUUGAUGCUGCAGUUGGUGGCAAACCUGAGCCAAAGGUCUUCUGGGCUAAGGGUGAAAAAGAACUGGAGCAUGGUGAAAAGUACUCACUGCAAUACACCAGUACACGUGCUAUGGCUAUCAUCAAGUCCUGUGACAGAAAUGAUUCUGGAAAAUACAUUCUAACUGUCCAAAAUGCUAGUGGAAUCAAGACAGCUGCAGUCAUUGUAAAAGUUCUUGAUACACCUGGGCCUUGUGAGGGUAUGAUUACAGUUAGCAGAGUAACAGAAGAGAAGUGCACUCUUUCUUGGAAAAUGCCACUAGAGGAUGGUGGCGACUCCGUCUCCCACUACAUUGUUGAGCGACGUGAAACCAGUAGACUCAACUGGGUACUCAUGGAAGCUGAGUGCAAGACCCUUUCUUGCGUUAUUACAAGGUUGAUCAAGAAUAAUGAGUACAUCUUCCGUGUCAGAGGUGUAAACAAAUAUGGACCUGGUGUACCACUUGAAUCUGAGCCUGUUAUUGCCAGAAAUGCAUACACAAUCCCAUCGCCUCCUGGUGUACCAAAUAUUGUUGCUGUAGGAAAGGAACAUGUCAUUAUUGAAUGGAUGAAGCCUGAGAGUGAUGGUGGCAGUGAAAUUAAAAACUAUCUGGUUGACAAACGUGAAAAGAAGAGUGUUAGGUGGACCAGAGUUAACAAAGAGUACACAGUUUAUGAUACGAGACUUAAAAUUACUGGACUUCUGGAGGCCAGUGAUUAUCAGUUCCGUGUGACAGCCAUGAAUGCAGCUGGAAACAGUCAGCCAAGCGAAGCAUCAGAAUAUGCUCUAUGCAGGGAGCCAACAUAUACUCCAGCUCCUCCAUCAGUUCCUCGUGUUACUGACACCACCAAACACAGUAUUAAUCUGUCAUGGACAAGGCCAAUGUAUGAUGGUGGUUCAGAUGUAACUGGAUAUAUUGUUGAGAUGCUGGAGGAAGGUACAGAGCAGUGGUACAGGGCACAACAAAAGAUUGUGAAAACCACAGAAUACACUGCUGGUGGUCUUGCAAGCAACAAAAAGUAUAGCUUCAGGGUUGCUGCUGUUAAUGCCAGUGGUAUUGGUGAAUUCAGUGAACCUUCUAUAGAAACAGAGCCUCUGGAAAGAAUUGAAAUACCUGAUCUUGAACUUGCUGAUGAUUUGAAGAAGACUGUCUGCAUAAGAGCGGGAGGAUCUCUUCGACUAUUUGUUGCUGUAUCUGGCAGACCAACACCUGUAGUAACCUGGAGAAAGCCAGGUGUAGAUCUCCAGAGUCGAGGGUUUAUUGAUGUUACUGAUAGCUACACAACCCUAACAAUUGAGAAAGUACAUCGAUAUGAUGCUGGAAAAUACACCAUUGAAGCUGAGAAUCCUUCUGGCAAGAAGUCAGCAACCAUUCUUGUUAAGAUUUAUGAUACUCCUGGACCACCAGGUUGUGUUAAGGUUAAAGACUAUACAAGAGACUCUGUGGUUAUUACAUGGGAUGUCCCAAGUAUUGACGGGGGAGCACCUGUAAAUAAUUACAUCAUAGAGAAACGUGAAGCAUCCAUGAAAUCUUACAAAACAGUUACAUCCAAAUGUAAUAAAACCUUGUAUAGAAUCACCGGACUGACUGAGGGAACUCUGUACUUUUUCAGAGUUUUACCUGAGAACAUAUAUGGUGUUGGUGAGCCUUGUGAAAUAAGUGAUGCGGUGUUAGUAUGUGAUGUUCCAAUGAUUCCUCAAAAAUUGGAAGUUUUAGAUGUAACAAAGUCUACAGUAACACUGGCAUGGGAGAAACCACUUCAUGAUGGUGGCAGCAAACUUACUGGAUAUAUUAUUGAAGCUUGUAAAUUUGGAACAGACAGAUGGAUGACUGUUGCUACAUUAAAGACAACGGUGUUUGAGCACACUAUUGUUUCUCUGAAUGAAUCUGAGCAAUAUCUCUUCAGAGUCAAAGCUAGUAACAGCAGGGGAAUCAGCGAGCCCAGAGAGAUUGUAUCACCUAUAACCAUUCAAGAACAGAGAGUUAUGCCAAAGAUUGAUCUAGCCGGUAUUCCACAGAAGACUGUUAAUGUACCAGCUGGCAAACCAAUUGAGCUCCACAUUCCCAUCUCUGGGAGACCACCACCAGUUUGUUCAUGGUUCUUUGGUGGCGCUAAAAUAAAGGAAGUUGAUCGUGUAAAGAUUGAAACUACUGGAAAAUAUACUAAACUAGAAGUUCGUGAAACCACAAUUGAUGAUACAGGUGAAUACACACUUGAGGUAAAAAAUGUCACAGGAAUCGCCACAGAGAUCAUCAAAGUCAUCAUUCUUGACAAACCUGGAGUGCCAGUAGGACCUUUGAGAAUUGAUGAAGUUGAUGCUACAUCUGUCACUGUUAGUUGGGCACCACCAGAGAAAGAUGGAGGUGCGAAUAUCAGUGGCUAUGUGGUUGAACAGCGUGAUGCUCACCGUCCUGGAUGGCUCCCUGUAUCUGAAUCUGUUACCCGGCCAACAUUCAAGUUCACUAGACUUACAGAAGGAACUGAAUAUGUGUUCCGUGUAGCUGCAACAAAUCGCUUUGGCAUUGGAUCAUUCUUGCAGUCAGAAAUUGUGGAGUGCAGAAGUGGCAAGACUGUACCAGGAGCUCCUAGUAGACCUGAGGUGUUUGAUGUAUCUCAUGAUGGAAUGACUAUUACAUGGCUACCACCAGAGGUAGAUGGUGGUUCCCAGGUGUCUGGAUAUAUCAUUGAACGCAAAGAGGUCAGAUCUGACAGAUGGGUGCGUAUUAAUAAGAAUCCAGUAACAAUGACAAGAUACAGAUCUACGGGUCUGAUUGAAGGCCUUGAAUAUGAGCACAGAGUCACUGCUAUAAACUCCAGAGGCCAUGGAAAACCCAGCCCUACCUCUAAACCUGCUGUGGCAAUGGAUCCCAUUGCUCCACCUGGGGUACCACUGAAUCCAAGAGUUAUAGAUACCACUCGGACAUCUGUCUCUUUGGCUUGGAGUCCUCCUGAAGAAGAGGGUGGAUCAAGUAUUAUUGGCUACUUGAUUGAAAUGCAGAAGAUUGAUCAGAUUGAAUGGACCAAAUGCAACACUACUCCAGUAAAGAUUUGUGAAUACACUCUGACGCACAUGCCCCAGGGAGCUGAAUACAGAUUCCGUGUUAUGGCAUGCAAUGCUGGAGGCCCUGGCGAACCAGCAGAAGUCCCAGGAGCUGUUAAAGUUACAGAGAUGCUUGAAUAUCCUGAUUAUGAGUUGGAUCCCAAGUACUCGGAAGGAGUUGUGGUCAGACAGGGAGGAGUCAUUAGGCUCUCUGUUCCUAUUAAAGGAAAGCCAAUCCCAAUAUGCAAGUGGACAAAAGAUGGCCGUGACAUUUCUCAUAGAGCUAUGAUUGCUACCAGCGAUGAGCUCACAGAACUUGUAAUUAAGGAAUCUCACAGGGAUGACACUGGUACUUAUGACCUUGUGUUAGAAAAUAAGUGUGGCAAAAAGGCAGUGUACAUAAAAGUCAAAGUUAUAGGAUGGCCAGAUGCACCUGAAGGUCCACUGGAAUUUGAUGACAUCCAGGCUCGCUCUGUCAGAGUGAGUUGGAGAGCUCCUUCAGAUGAUGGUGGCUCUGAUAUUCUUGGUUACAUUGUUGAAAGACGAGAGGUUCCCAAAGCAGCUUGGUACACUGUGGACUCAAGGGUGGGAGAAACUUCUCUGGUUGUGAAAGGACUAAAAGAAAAUGUUGAGUACCACUUCAAGGUGUCAGCUGAGAAUCAGUUUGGUGUCAGUAGAUCACUGAAAUCUGAACAGUCAGUCACACCAAAGACACCGUUAUGUCCACCAGAACCUCCCAGCAACCCACCAGAAAUUAUGGAUGUCACAAAGAGCACUGUUGCCCUAUCUUGGUCCAGACCUAAAGAUGAUGGUGGUUCUCGCAUUACUGGCUAUUAUGUUGACAGAAGAGAGAUGUCCACAGAAAAGUGGGUGCGACACAACAAAACUCAAAUUACUACGACUAUGUACACUCUUACUGGACUCAUACCUGAUGCAGAAUAUCAGUUCCGCAUCAUUGCCCAAAAUGACGUUGGUCAGAGUGAGCCUGGACCCUCCUCAGAGUCAGUCGUAUGCAAAGAUCCAUUUGACAAACCAAGUCAACCCGGUGAAAUAGAUAUAAUCUCUGUCACAAAAGACUCCAUCACCAUUCACUGGCAACGUCCUGAGUGUGAUGGUGGAAAAGAGAUCUUAGGGUACUGGAUUGAGUACAGACAGUCUGGUGAAAGUGCCUGGAAGAAAUGUAACAAAGAACGCUCGAAGGAUAGACAAUUCACCAUGGGUGGUCUCAUGGAGGCAACAGAAUAUGAAUUCCGGGUUCUUGCUGAAAAUGAAAGCGGCUUAAGCAGACCACACAGAACAGCUAUGGGCAUUAAAACUAAACUGAGUGUUGGAGAAGCACCAAGUCUCAAAGAAGAAAUGGAAGAUGUCACCACAAAACUUGGACAAUCAGGCACACUGAAAUGUCAAAUCAUUGGUAGACCUCUUCCUGAAAUCAAGUGGUAUAGAUUUGGAAAAGAACUGAUUCAGAGCCGAAAAUACAAGAUGAGUUCAGAUGGUCGGAAUCAUUCACUCACUGUUGUUACAGAUGAGCAGGAGGAUGAGGGUCUCUACACUUGCAGAGCUAUAAAUGAUGCAGGUGAAAUAGAAACCAGUGGCAAGCUCUUCUUGCAGGCAGCCCCUCAAUUUCAUUCUGGAUUCCCACUGAAAGAAAUAUAUUAUGCAGGAUGUGGUACGAGCCUACGUUUACAUGUUGUAUAUAUUGGACGCCCUGUGCCACAGAUCAUGUGGUUCUAUGGCAAGAAACCUUUAAAGCCUUCUGAUAAUAUCAUCAUUGAAAACACUGAAAAUUAUUCCCACUUGGUAGUUAGAAAUGUGCAGCGCAAAACCAAUGCAGGAAAAUACAAGGUCCAGAUGAGCAACAUCUUUGGAUCAGUGGACACGGUACUUCGUGUUGAAAUCCAAGACAAACCAGCUAUGCCAGAAGGACCAGUUGUUGUUGAUGCACUGUUGAAGAACUCUGUGAUAAUUAGCUGGAAACCACCAGCAGAUGAUGGUGGAGCAAUGAUUACAAACUAUGUUGUGGAAAAGCGUGAGGCCAAAGAAGGCGAGAAGUAUCACCUCGUAUCUUCGUCAAUCUCUGGAACAUCUUGCCGAGUUCCAAACCUUCUUGAAAGUGCUGGGUAUUACUUCCGUGUUUCUGCACAGAAUCAGUUUGGAAUCAGUGAUCCUCUUGAGAUUCCAUCUGUGGUCAUCAUUAAGAGUCCAUUUGAAAAGCCUGGAAUUCCUCAACAGCCAGUUGUUACUGGAGUGACAAAGGACUCUUGUGUUGUCACGUGGAAACCACCUACAAGUGACGGAGGUGCCAAGAUUAAAAAUUACUACCUUGAAAAACGUGAGAAGAAACAAAACAAAUGGAUUGCUGUAACAACUGAGGAAAUUCAUGAAACAAUGUACAAUGUCAAAGGUCUCAUUGAAGGCUUUGAAUAUGAAUUUCGUGUGAAGUGUGAAAACAUUGGAGGUGAAAGUGAAUGGAGUGAAGUGUCAGCACCUGUUGUUCCAAGAUCAGAUACAGCUGUGCGUGCUCCUGGAUUUAAAGAAGAACUGAGAGAUAUGAGUGUCAAAUAUAAGAGUAAUGCAACAUUUGUAUGUAAGGUCACUGGGCAUCCUAGCCCUGUAGUUAAGUGGUACAAAAGUGGAAAAGAAAUUCUGCCUGAUGGAAAGAAAAUCAUUGUGCAGGAAUUCAAAGGUGGCUAUCACCAACUGGUUAUUUCUGCUGCUGAUGAAGAAGAUGCCACCACCUAUCAGAUCAGAGCUACAAACCAGGAAGGAUCUAUUUCAACUACUGUCACCCUGGAGGUUGAAGUUCCUGCAAAGAUUCACUUGCCAAAGCAUCUGCAAGGAAUGGGAGCAGUCCAUGCUCUCCGUGGAGAUGUUGUAACCAUUAAGAUUCCAUUUAGUGGCAAGCCUGAUCCUGUCAUAACAUGGCAAAAAGGACAAGAAAUUAUUGAUAACAGCGGACACCAUCAAGUCAUUAUUACAAGAUCAUUCACAUCACUUGUUUUCCCCAAUGGAGUUCAAAGAAAAGAUGCUGGGUAUUACAUUAUUUCUGCCAAAAAUAGAUUUGGUGCUGAUCAGCAGACAGUUGAACUUGAUGUUGCAGAUGUACCUGAUGCACCAAAGAAUAUAAUGAUCAGUGACCUUUCCAGGGAUUCUGUCACUCUGACCUGGUCUGCACCUGCCAGUGAUGGUGGAAGUCAGAUUAUCAGCUAUAUUCUAGAGAAGUGUCCUACUUCAGGAGAUAGAUGGAUCCGUGUAGCCCAGACCCAGGACACUCAUUACACAGUCAGUGUAAUUGGUAAAACACAGUAUCAAUUCCGUGUUAUUGCUGAAAACAAGUUUGGUCAGAGCAAACCAUCUCAACCAACUGAACCUGUGGUAACAAAGGAAGACAAGUCAAUAAUUCGAAAUUAUGAUGAAGAAGUUGAUGAAACCAGAGAAAUUACUAAAGAGGAAGCCCCAAGUUCAAGUAUGAAGACACUAUCUGCUAUGUAUUCGAUUGCUGAAGAGCUUGGGCGUGGACAGUUUGGCAUUGUUCAUCGUUGUGUUGAAACAAGCUCCAAGAAAACAUUUAUGGCUAAAUUUGUCAAAGCAAAAGGUCUGGACCAAGCGUUAGUGGAAAAAGAAAUUGAAACAUUCAACAUGGCUCGCCACAAGAACAUCUUAUAUCUCCACGAGACUUUUGAAAGUCUCCAAGAAUUAGUAAUGAUCUAUGAGUUCAUCUCAGGAGUGGACAUAUUUGAACGUCUUGGCACAGCUAACUUUGAUCUCACAGAACAAGAAAUUGUGAGGUACAUUAGACAGGUGUGUGAAGCUCUUCAGUUCCUACACAGUCACAAAUAUGCUCAUUUUGACAUUAAACCAGAAAACAUUAUAUACACUACAAGAAAAAGCAGUAAUAUUAAAAUAAUUGAGAUGGGUCAAGCUAGACUCCUAAUACCUGGAGAGAAUAUCAGAAUUCAGUUCACUGCCCCUGAAUACUGUGCACCUGAAGUUCACCAACAUGACAUGGUUAGUACUGUUACUGACAUGUGGUCAGUAGGUGUUCUAACCUAUGUUCUUCUAAGUGGACUCAAUCCAUUUACAGCUGAAAAUGCUGAGAAAAUGAUUGAGAAAAUUUAUAAUGUUGAGUACAGUUUUGAUGCUGAGGCCUUUAAGGAUACAAGUCUUAAUGCAAUGGACUUUGUUGACCGGCUUCUAACUAAAGAUCGCAAACACCGCAUGACUGCAGCUGAAGCCUUGGAACACCCCUGGCUGAAAAUGAAGACAGAACAACUUAGCACCAAAGUAAUAAAGACUCUGAGGCACAGAAGAUACUAUCAUACUUUAGUGAAGAAAGAAUAUAACUUUGUUGUUUCAGCAGCUCGAAUUGCCUAUGGUGGUGCUAUUAGAAGUCAGCGAGGCGUCUCAGUUGGCAGAGUAAAGAUAGCACCGUAUGAACAAGGUGUGAAAGCUGGUCAAAUCAUGCAUGGUGUUGCUGAAGAAGGAGGACAUGUCAGAUUUGUCUGCCAUAUUGAGAACUAUGACACGACUACAGAAGUAACAUGGUAUUUUGGAGCUAGACAACUAGAGGCAAGUCACAAGUAUGAAAUCAGCUACUCAAAUGGAGUUGCUGUAAUCUAUGUCAAAGACAUUGCUGCAGCCGAUGAUGGUACCUACAGAUGCAAAGUUGUUAAUGAGCAUGGAGAAGACAGUGCUUAUGCAGAGCUCUUUGUUGAAGGUGUAAGAUCAUAUCGUGAGUACUUCAUGGAACGCACUGUGAAAAAAGUGAAAAGAAGAAUAGACACAACAAGACUAAUUCAAAGACCACCAGAGUUCACCUUACCCUUAUAUAACCGAACUGCUUACACUGGUGAAAAUGUACGCUUUGGUGUAACCAUAACAGUGCACCCAGAGCCCCAAGUUACAUGGUUGAAGUCUGGACAGAAGAUUGUUCCAGGAGAUGAUGACAAGAAGUAUACCAUUACAAGUGACAAGGGUCUGUAUCAACUUGUGAUUCACAAUGUUCAGACUGAGGAUGAUGCUGAAUAUACAGUUGUUGCUCAAAACAGAUUUGGUGAUGACAGUUGUACAGCACGGUUGACUGUUACACCUCAUCCGAUUAUUGCAGACACAAUGAAGCCACUUUUCAAACGUCUCUUGGCAAAUGUAGAGUGCACCGAGGGUGAAAGUGUCCGCUUUGAACUGAGAGUGACAGGAAGUCCAACACCUGCCUUAAAAUGGGAGAAAGAUAAUUUGACAUUGGCAUUUGGCCCCAAAAUUGAAGUUAUUCAGGAGGACUUGGAAUAUUAUGUACUGCACAUACGAGAAACACUUCCUGAAGAUUCUGGCACCUACAGAGUCACUGCUUCAAACUCUGCUGGAUCUGCAAGCUGCCAAGCUACACUAAAAGUGGAUCGUGUCACAUAUGCAAAGAGAGAGUACAGAAAUGAGGAGGAGAGAGAGAAAUAUGUUCAGAGACAAAUUGGAAAGACCCUGAAAUUAGCUCAGUACCUCUCAAGCACUGAAGUAACUCCACUUAAUCCUGUUGCACAAGAGGCAUUGAAAGAAGCUGCACAUCUGUAUAAACCAGCAGUGAGUACCAAACAUGUACAAGGUGAAUUUGAUAUUGAAGAGGAGCAAGAAGAAAGGAAAAUCCAGAUAGAAGAAAAGAGAAUUCGUAUGCCAUAUGAAGUUCCAGAUCGUCGUGUCCAUGCUCCAUCUGCCCUUGAAGACAAGAGAAUUAAACACUUUGUACCUCUGUCUGAAAUGAAAUGGUACAAAAAACUGAGCGACCAAUAUCAAAUACCUGAGCGAAUGGAAAGAUAUGUGCAGAAGCGACAAAAACGUAUUCGUCUCUCAAGAUGGGAGCAAUUUUAUGUUGUUCCACUACCAAGAGUAACAGACCAGUACAAGCCUAGAUGGCGUAUUCCAACAAUUUCAAGAGAUGAUCUGGAAACUGUAAGACCUUCUAGGCUUCGUACACCAUCUCCUGAGUCUGAGUCUUUGUAUCGACUGAGAAGAAGAUCCCUUGGUGACCUCUCUGAUGAAGAGCUUCUUCUUCCUGUUGAGGAUUACUUAUCAUUGAAGAGGACUGAAGAGGAACGACUUCGGCUUGAGGAUGAACUUGAGCUUGGCUUUUCUGCAUCUCCACCUAGUCACAGUCCUGUACGCUUUGAGUUGUCUUCACUUCGGCGUUUAUCACCAAGGCAAAAAACAUAUGAAGAAGUGGAAGAAGAAGAGGCUGAAUUGCACCGUCUGCACACUAAACAGAAAGCCACAGGAAAAAGACAUGCAUCUUACAAAGAGAGGGAAGCACAUGUUUCUUCAGUAACAAAGGAGACUUUGAAAGCAGUUGAACAAGUUCAUACUACUCCAUCAGUUUCACACUUUCUGAGGAGGCGGAGAUCAUUGUCUCCUACAUACAUUGAACUAAUGCGUCCUGUGUCUGAACUUAUUAGGCCUUCACGUGCACAUCUAGCACUAGAGACUGAGGAUGAAGCUUCUGAGAGAAGAUCCCCUACUCCUGAAAGAACACGCCCUCGCUCCCCAAGUCCAGUUUCCACCGAGAGAUCAUCAAGAUCAUCUUCCAGAUUUGAAAGAUCUGCAAGAUUUGACAUCAUGUCCAGGUAUGAGGCAAGAAAAGCAGCUCUCAAAUCAGAAAGAAAGUAUGAAGUUGUGAUUCAGCAACCUUUCAGUCUUGACCAUUCCCCACGCAUAACUGUAAGAAUGCGUUCUCAUCGGGUUCCUUCUGGUCAGAAUACCAAAUUUACUUUGAAUGUUCAGGCUAAACCAGAAGCUGAAAUUAAAUGGUUCCACAAUGGACAACAGAUUCAAGAGAGCAGCAAAUAUCAUUUUACCAACAUGAGUGGAGUUUUGACUCUCCAGGUGUUUGAUUGCCAGGCUGAAGACAGUGGUACUUACCGUGUUGUUUGCACAAACUCAAAGGGAGAGGCUUCAGAUUACGCCACUCUUGAUGUUUCAGCCGGAGAAUAUUCGACAUAUUCUUCUCGUCGAAAAGAUGAAGAACCACCUGCAACCUUUUUUCCAGAAAUGACCAAGACCGAUUUUUACCAUGUCUCUUCCUUAAAGACAGCUUCCACAUCUGAAACACACAUAGAAGUGAAAGAAACUAAGUCAAAGCUCACAGAAACACAUGCAGUUCAUGCAUAUGCAUCUUCAGAAAAGAAGGAAAAAAUUAUGGAAGCCAAGAAAGAAGAAGAAAUAACUUUUCACAUGAAGGGGAAAGCCACAAUGCCAGCCAGAAUACUUACAAAACCACAAUCUCUGACUGUGUCAGAGGGCGAGACUGCUAGGUUUACAUGCGACAUUGAUGGGGAACCAGCAGCUUUUGUCACUUGGAUGCAUGAAGGGAGAACAAUUGUUUCAUCUCAUCGUUACCAUGUUACUACAACACAAUAUAAGUCUACUUUUGAGAUUUCUUCUGUUGAGUUAUCUGAUGAAGGCUCUUACACAGUGACGGUCCAGAACUCUGAAGGCAAACAAAGUGCACAAUUCAAUCUAAGCAUUCGCCGGGCAGUACAAAAAGAAAAGAUAGCAUCAUCACAUAAGGUAAAGUCACCAGAGCCUAGAGUGAAAUCUCCAGAACCUGCAGCUGCCAGGUCCCCAGAACCUCAUGUUAAGUCACCUGAACUUAUAAAAUUAUCUAAGGUUAAGUCACCUGAGUCCAGGCUAAAGUCUCCAGAACCCACAGCCACUAAGGGUAUAGAAUGUCAAAUCAAGUCACCUGAACCCUUUAAAUCUCCCAAGAGAAUAACAUCUCCAGAACCAGAUACCUCACCACAGAAGAUUAGAUCCCCUUCUACACUCAUAUCUCAAAAGGGUAAAAUUCCUCCAAAAAUUAUGCAGCAACUUAAGGCAGAAGCAUAUGAGGACAAAGUGAAGAUGUCUUGUGUUGCUGAAAGCAGUAUAAAUGAAGUUGUAUGGUACAAAGAUGGGAAGAAACUGACGCAAGGCAGUCACUAUCACUUCCAUAACUCUGCCGAUGGCACUUGCAGUCUUAGUGUCCAUGACAUUAAUGAGAGUGAUCAAGGGGAAUAUGCAUGUGAAAUCAUUGCUGAAGGAGGGGUCUCAAGAACAUCAUUUUCAUUUGUUGGUCAAGUAUUUCACACUAUAUACACAAAAAUCACAACUUUCAUGGAGACUAAAAAAUCUUUUCAGAAAAAGGAAGUGGAUUCCUCUGCAAUAACAAGUCUAAAAUAUGCCAAAGCACUUCAAACAGAAGCUCAGAAAGAAGCUGUUUCAGCAUCUCAUAAGAAAACAGAGGUCAAAGAACAAAUUGUAAAAAAGGAGAUUUUUUAUGAAGAAGUUCAGUCUUACACGGAAGUAAAAGCAUCUCACACUGAGGUGACAAUGCAAGAGGGUCAGUCUCUUACUUUAAAAGCAAACAUCCCUGGAGCAUCUACUGUAAGAUGGAUCCUGAAUGGAGAAGAGCUGAUUAAUUCAGGGGAGUACAGAUAUGGUGUAUCUGGGAAUGACCACACUUUGACUAUCAAAAAUGUCAGUCAGCGUGAGGAAGGAAUCAUAACAUGCGAAGCUAAAACUGAAGAGGGCAUUGUAAAAUGUCAGUUUGACACCACUGUCACUUCGAAACGUGCAAAUGCCCCUUCAUUUCUAGUACAACCAAAGUCACAGAAUGUCAAUGAAGGACAAAAUGUGAUUUUCACAUGUGAAAUAACAGGAGAUCCCACUCCUGAAAUUGAGUGGCUUAAGAAUAAUGUUCUGGUUUGCUUGUCAUCCAAGCUGAAACUGAGCCGUUCUAAAAAUGUUUACACCCUGGAGAUUAAAGAAGCUUCAAUUUCAGACAGUGGGAAAUACACAGUAAAAGCAAAGAAUAUGUAUGGACAGUGUUCUGCCACUGCAUCAUUAAAUGUUCUUGCUCUGGUUGAAGAACCCACAAAAAUGAUAGUUUUGGAGAAAAGUGCUACAGCUGCCAGUGUGCACGAGGGUUUCUCUACCAAGGCAGUCCAUAUGGCCACCUCUAUGCAGGAGGCCUCCUUCAGAAGCUCCAGCAUGGCUGAGGUUAAAAUUGAAAGCAUGUCUGCAACUAGCAUGUCCUCAAUGACAUCUGAGUCAAUGGUAGCUAUGAGCUCCAGCAGUAGAAUGGAAAUGUCAAGUCAUUCGCACAUAGAGGGGUCUUCUCUGAGAACCAUUAAACACAGUCAUCAAGGUUCACCACCUAAAAUUGAAGCUCUUCCUGAAGACAUCAGUAUUGAGAAAGGAAAGGUCCUUACUAUAUCUUGUGCUUUCUCUGGAGAUCCUGUGCCUGAGAUUGAGUGGACUCGUUCAGGGAGGACACUGCCCAGUGCAGAGGACAGUGGCAGGUUCCAUGUUGAGACCGCAGAAGACCUCACAACUCUUAUCAUCACUAAUGUGAAGGAAAAGGAUGCUGGAGCUUACACCCUCAAACUCUCCAAUGAAUUAGGAUCUGACACUGCAACAGUAAAUAUCAGCAUUCGCUCCCUGUAAAAAAAUAAUUUCUACUUCCCCUUUCACUCCUUCAAUGCCUUUUUAUGUUUUAAAUGAAAAAAUACAGUCACUCAAUGCUAAAGAUAUGAAUUUCUGUUCUUGUAAAUAGGAUUAUUUUUCUGUCUUUUUUUUUUAAACCAAACUUGACAAUAACUUGUACCAGACUAGACUGAAGUCUAAAAUUGUUAUAAAAUGUGCACAUUGGAUCUUAUUAACUAGGAUUUUUAAACCAUUUUUCUGUGACAUGUACAUAAUGUAUAUAGCCGAGUAUACCGGUUAUGGAGAAUGUAUUCAAUGUUAUUUAUGACAAUGUUAACUGCAACAAAUGGAACGAAACGUUUCACAGGAGAAAGUUUCACAUGAAACGAAUACCCUGGAAAAUCUGAAACUAAACUAUGUGCCUCAACAAAAAGUUGAAGUUUUAAGAUUGCCUCAGCAGGUAGAGAGGCUCCCUGCUGAAGUUUUACUAAAUCCAGGAGACAAAUUUAUGCAGCGUAUGACUAUACGUGCAGUAUCAUAUUACCAUUCUCGUAUGAAUUGUUACAUGACCAUAAGACCCUGAGUGCUGUUUGCAUUAUACCCUCAUGUAAAUUGCACAACUAGGUCUUGUGCUCAGACUGAAUAUGUCAUAUCACCAUUUUAAUGGCAUGCUCAAAGUGCGAGCGGCCUGCACUUUUUGAGCCACUUUUUUAAUGAGCGCUGUUUCUAGCAAAGGACUUCUUGAAUAAGCUUUCAAUAACACCACCUGGCCAUUUUCAUGUAAAGUAAUUCAAGAACUUCUUUGCAGAAGCAGAGCUAACUCUUGGAGGAUUGCUUGGGUGCAUUGUUUAUGUGUAUGUGUGUGUUUGUGUGUGUCUGUGUUUUAGAUUUAGAAAUUCACUUUGUCAGUAGUCAGGGCAAUCACAAAGAAAGUGCACCACAGCAAGGUUACCUGCUGUGCUCAAAGAAAACAAAUGCAGUCAUUUUAUGCCCUCCACUUUGGAUUUAUUGAAAAUUUCAGUGUAGUAAAACCUAUAUAUGCAACCUCCUUGAGAUGUAUUACCUAUUAAUUAAAUAAAGCAUGAUUUCAGCACCUUGAA